CUUCCCAGCCUACCUCGGCUGGAGGACUACACGGGGGUGUAGUUUUGUCUUUUAGGGUGCCCAUCUUUGAGGACAAACUCGGAGGAUCACGGAACCGCUUGGCUUCAUCGGGGGGCUCCGUCCCAACAUCGGCAGGCGGCCUUUCACGCUGCCAAGCAAACAAGAAGAAGAAGAUGUCGACACAGGCGCCGACCUUCACGCAGCCGCUUCAGAGCGUGGUGGCACUAGAGGGUAGUGCUGCCACCUUCCGGGCGCAAGUGAGCGGUGCUCCGGUUCCCGAGGUGUCCUGGUUCCGCGAUGGCCAGGUUCUGUCGGCCGCCGCGUUGACCGGCAUUCAGAUCUCGUUCAGCGACGGCCACGCUGUUCUGAGCAUCGACGCCGUCAAUGCAACGCACAGCGGGAGGUUUUCGGUCCGGGCCACAAACGGAGCCGGACAAGCCACCAGCACCGCAGAACUCGUUGUUACAGCCGAGACGUCGCCUCCCAGUUUCCUUCAGAGACUUCAGAGCUCGACGGUGCGGCAGGGCAGCCAGGUGAGACUCAGUGUGAGAGUCACCGGCAUCCCGUCACCUGCGGUCAUGUUCUACCGGGAGGGUGCUGAGAUCCAGAGCUCGGCCGACUUCACCAUUGUCCGGGACGGAGACCAGUACAGUCUGCUGAUCGCCGAGGCCUUCCCGGAAGACUCCGGGACGUACUCCGUGACGGCCAGCAACAGUAGCGGUCGAGCCACGUCCUCCGCCGAGCUGCUGGUUCACGGCGAGGAAGUUGUCCCGGCUAAGAAAACCAAGACCCUCGUUUCCAGCUCACAGAUGAGUCGUCAGACCAGAGUGGAGCAGAGGACGGAGGCCAGUUUUCAGACCAUGGCUACCAUGGAGAUGCAGGUGGAGGGCGUGGAGCUGACAGAGCUCCUGGCCCACAAAACUGCACCCAGAGUGGCUCCCAAACCAACAUCCUUGUCGCCAACUCAGCCGUCAGCCAUCAGCAGGGCGACGGUGGCACGGCAGCAGUCACCCUCGCCUGUCAGACACGUCAAAGCGCCUACGUCUACGCCUGGCAGGGCCGUCAUGUCCCCAAUGGGCACGCACCAGUUGGGCGGCAGCUCUGACAUCCUCCCCCCCUGGAAGCAGGCGGGCUUCCUGAAUGAGGCAGGCUCCAGCAGCAGCGUGGCCCAGCUGGACCAGGACCAGCAGCUCAUCUAUGUCGCACAGGUGGUAGAAGAAGCCGUCGCAACGCCCCACGGUGACAGCGCGGUCCCGCCGGCUUUGGUUUCUGCUUUGAAUAACACAAACGUGACCGAAGGUGAGUCUGUGACGCUGGAGUGCCAGAUCAGCGGCCAGCCCGCCCCCGUAAUCAUGUGGUUCCGAGAGGACUACAAGAUCGAGAGCUCCACAGACUUCCAUAUCAGCUACCACGACGACGGGUGCGCCCGCUUGUUGAUCCGUGAAGCAUUCGCCGAGGACAGCGGACGCUUCACGUGCACCGCCACUAACGAGGCAGGAACCCUCAGCACCUCCUGUUACCUGCUCGUCCAGGUGUCUGAGGACAUCGAGAGCCGAGAGGAGGUUGCUGAGGAAUCUGAAGAGAAACUAGUAACUGAAGAAGAGCCCAUGUCUCAGGUGAGCUUGGUUGAUUCUGAGACCUCCGCCGUUGCUCCUUUCUUCGUCAAGACUCCUGGCGUCCAGAAGCUGGUUGAGGGGGGAAGCGUUGCCUUUGCAUGCCAAGUCGGUGGAAGCCCCAAACCACACAUCAUCUGGAAGAAGAGCGGCGUUCCGCUCACCACCGGAUACAGAUACAAAGUUGCCUACCAGAAGGAGACCGGAGUGUGUCACCUGGUGAUCUCUAUGACCUUUGCUGACGACGCCGGAGAAUAUUCUGUUUUUGCCAGGAACCAGCUGGGAGAGGUGUCCGCCACCUCUAGCCUGCUGGAGGAAGAUGAAUAUGAAGCCUAUGUGAAGAAACAGGUGGUGACCUUGAAGACAGAAGUAGAAGCCCCAAUGCAGGAGCCCCUAGUCGGAGACACUGCACCUACCAUGACGAUAACGGAGAAGAUGACCACCACUCUUUUCUCUGGACAGGACUUCCACCUCUCGAUCAUGGAGCAGCGCAUCAUGCAGGAAAUUGAGCUGAGCAUCCUGAGGAUUAGUUACAGAGAACUGGUGGCGGAGGACGAGGAGCCGAUGGUGAGCGCCGCAGAAGACGAGGCCGUGCCACCUACCUUUGACACGCUGGUAAAGAACUAUCGAAUCGUGGAGGGAAUGGGCGUCACUUUCCACUGCAGGAUGGUUGGAGCGCCGCUGCCCAAGAUUGCUUGGUACAAAGACGGACAGCGGAUCCGAGCCGGCGGACGCUACCAGGUAGAGGUUCUUCUGGACGGACGUGCCAGUCUGCGACUGCCCGUGGUUCUGCCCGAGGAUGAGGCCGUUUACAGUGCCCUGGCCAGCAACAUGAAGGGAAAUGCCGUCAGCUCAGGGAAGCUCUACGUGGAACCUUCUGGAAGCAUGUCGCCUCAGAGAUACACACCGCAGCCAGCCGUGCAGAGGAUCUGGUCCACGUCUCCUCGCUCGCUGAGCCGCUCACCGGGCCCUUCUCUCAGUCGUUCUCCCAGUCAUUCUCCCGGACGUUCUCCCGCCCGAAGGCUCGACGACACAGACGAGGCUCAGCUGGAGAGACUCUACAAGCCUGUCUUCGUCGUGAAGCCCGUCUCAUGUAAAUGCUCCGAGGGGCAAACUGCUAGAUUUGACCUGAAGGUGGUAGGCAGACCCAUGCCGGACACCUACUGGUUCCACAACGGACAACAAGUGGUCAGUGAUUACACUCACAAGAUUGUGAUUAAAGAGGACGGUACUCAGUCCCUGAUCAUCACCCCAGCCAUGCCACAUGACUCUGGCGAGUGGACAGUGGUAUCUCAGAACAGAGCUGGACGCUCAUCUAUCUCUGUCACGCUCACCGUCGAUGCCAAAGAAACCUUGGUGCGUCCACAGUUCACAGAGAGGCUGAGGAACAUUAGCGUGAAACAAGGAACUCUGGUUGAACUGGCAGUCAGAGCCAUCGGAAAGCCAUUGCCAGACAUUGUUUGGCUCAAAAAUAGUGACAUUGUCACGCCUCACAAGCAUCCACAUAUCAAGAUUGAAGGAACCAGAGGAGAAGCAACAUUCCAGAUCCCGUCUGCUUCGGGUUCAGACAGUGCAUGGUACACAGCCACGGCCAUCAACAAAGCUGGCAGGGACACCACCCGCUGCAGAGUCAACGUGGAGAUGGACUAUGCUGAACCAGAGCCAGAGAGGAAGCUCAUUAUUCCCAAAGGAACUUACAAGGCCAAAGAGAUCGCCCCCCCAGAGCUGGAGCCCCUGCAUCUCCGCUAUGGCCAAGAGCAGUGGGAGGAAGGAGACCUUUAUGACAAAGAGAAGCAGCAGAAACCGCAAUUUAAGAAGAAGCUGACCUCCAUACGAAUGAAGAAAUUUGGUCCCGCUCACUUUGAGUGCAGACUGAUCCCGAUUGGCGACCCCACAAUGGUGGUAGAGUGGCUCCAUGACGGCAAACCCCUGGAGGCCGCUAACCGGCUGCGCAUGGUCAAUGAAUUUGGAUACUGCAGUCUGGACUAUGAGGUAGCGUACGCUCGAGACAGCGGCGUCAUCACCUGCAGAGCCACCAACAAGUUCGGAGUGGAUCAGAACUCGGCCACCCUGAUUGUUAAGGACGAGAAGGGUCUGGUUGAGGAGACCCAGCUGCCUGAGGGGAGGAUAGGAACGCACAGAAUCGAGGAAAUGGAGCGCAUGGCUCACGAGGGAGGACCCACGGGAGUGGGCGCUGAUGAGGAGACAGAAAAGACCAAACCCGAAAUUGUCCUUCUUCCCGAGCCGACUCGAGUGCUGGAAGGUGACAUUGCCCGAUUCCGCUGCAGAGUGACCGGUUACCCUGUGCCCAAGGUCAACUGGUACCUCAACGGACAACUGAUCCGCAAGAGCAAAAGAUACAGACUGCGUUACGAUGGGAUUUACUACCUGGAGAUUGUUGACAUCAAGUGGUACGAUUCAGGAGAGGUCAGAGUGGUUGCGGACAACAACCUAGGCUCUACUGAGCACACAGUUAAACUGGAGAUUCAGCAGAGGGAGGAUUUCAGGACGCAUCUUCGUCGGGCUCCUGAGCCCAAAGCAGCUGAGGCUGCACCAGAACCUGGAAAAACUCCAUUUGAAGUGGUGAAGGUGGAGCAAGCCUCAGAAGACAGUCAGCUGAAAGAGGUCAUCAAGCUCAAGAAAGCCCAGAGGAUUGUCCAUGAAAAGGCUACCGAGGAGUCGGAGGAGUUGAGGAGCAAGUUCAAGCGCAGGACAGAAGAGGGCUAUUACGAGUCCAUCACGGCUGUGGAACUCAAGUCUCGUAAGAGAGACGAGUCCUAUGAGGAUCUGCUGAGGAAGACAAAGGAAGACCUACUUCAUCGAGCCAAGCAGAAGGAGGAGGAAAAGAAGAAAAAAGAGGAAGAGCGGCGCAAAAUCACUGCCAAAUCACUCAAACCGGAAAGGGUCAAGCUCUCAGCAAGCAUGGAAGCUCCCAAAAUCCUGGAGCGCAUAUCAAGUCAGACAGCGGCACGAGGGGACGAAGUCAAGUUCAGAGUCCGUGUUGUCGGCAGACCAGAACCUGAGUGCCAAUGGUUCAAAAAUGGUGUACAACUGGAGAAGACUGAGCGGGUUUAUUGGUUCUGGCCUGAGGACCACGUGUGUGAGCUGUUGAUCAGAGACGUAACAGCUGAGGACUCGGCUAGCAUCAUGGUCAAAGCCGUCAACUCUGCCGGCGAGACCUCCAGUCAUGCUUUCCUCCUGGUGCAAGCAAAACAAGUAAUUAACUUCACACAAAAGUUGGAAGACAUCAAUGCCAAGGAAAAAGACACGAUGGCCACGUUUGAGUGUGAAACCAAUGAACCCUUCGUCAAGGUCAAAUGGUUGAAGAACGAUACCGAGAUCUUCUCUGGAGACAAGUUCAGGAUGCACUCGGACAGGAAAGUCCACUUCCUGUCUGUGCUCAUGCUGGAAAUAAAAGACAAUGCAGAAUAUUCCUGCGUGGCCGUAGACGACGACCUCAUCAGAACCAGUGCCAAGCUGCAUGUUGAAGGAGCUCCGCUGGAGAUCCUGAAAGCCCUUGAGAGCGCUGAUGUGCCGGAGAGCUACUCUGGAGAGUUUGAAUGUGAGCUUUCCCGAGAGGAUGCUGAGGGUGUGUGGUUCUUCGGAGACAAGCAGCUGUCUCCAAGCAGCAAGCACGUCAUCUCGUCGCGGCGCGGGCGUUAUAGCCUGUCCGUCAAGGACGUCAACAAGGGAGACCAGGGACAAUACUCCUUUGCAGUGGGCGACUUGAAGACACAUGCUUCCCUCAAGAUGAAAUUCCGACCGGUGACCCUGAUGCAGCCUCUCGCCGAUCUGACUGUCUGCGAGGGGGACAUUGCUCAAAUGGAGGUGAAGUUCUCUCAGGGGAACGUCGAAGGUACCUGGAUGAAGGACGGACAAGCUGUAACUGUCUCGGACCGGGUGCACCUGGUUAUCGACAAACAAAUCCACAAACUCCUAAUUGAGGACACCAGGAAGGACGACUUUGGCGUUUACUCCUUUGAGGUUCCUACUCAGGGGAUCUCCACCACUGCAAAGCUGAAUAUUCGCACAAUUGGCAUCCUGAGCCCACUGAGGGACACGAGCGCAGUUGAAGGCACCAAGACCGUUCUGGAGGCCAAGAUCUCUGCUCAGGAUAUCAGCUCGGUCAAGUGGUGCCACAACGACAAACCGAUGACGCCCAGUGACCGGGUCCAGAUGGUGGCCAAGGGAGCCAAACAGCGCCUGGUCUUCAAUAGAACCUUCGCCUCAGACGAAGGACACUACAAGCUGGUGGUUGGCCGAGUCGACACCAGCUGCAGAUUGUCUGUACUGACCGUCCAAAUCCUGGUCCCGAUGAAGGACAAGAAGUGCGCCGAGUCGGAGAAUGUGACCUUUGAGGUGGAAGUACCUCACCCCGGCAUCGAUGCCUUCUGGACUUUCAAGGGGCAGCCGCUCAAAGCAGGAAGCAAAUACAAGAUGGAAUCUAAGAACACGUUGCACACUCUGACGGUCCUAAAUGCUAUGAAGGACGAGGAGGGCGAGUACGCCUUUGCUGCCGGAGAGAAGACAUGCGCUGCAUUGCUCACCGUCUCAGGCGGCGCCAUCAGGAAGCCUCUUCAGGACACGGUGGUGGCCGACUCACAGACGGCCGAGCUGGUGUGUGAAGUCGCAAACCCUUCAGUGGAGGGCAAGUGGCUGAAAGACGGCCAGCCUAUGGACUUCAACGAGAACGUCCUGAACCAGGUUAACGGCUCCGUCAGAAGCCUCGUCAUCGUCAUUACCACAGCCAAUGACGUCGGAGAGUACACUUACCAGAUCGCGCGCUCCAAGACCUCGGCCACUCUCAAGGUCGAAGCCGUAAAGGUGAGGAAGACACUGAAAAACUUGAAUGUGGUCCAGACACAAGACGCCGUGUUCAGCUUGGAGCUAACCCACCAGAACGUGAGGGGAGCACAGUGGAUCAAGAACGGCGUUGAGCUCAAGCAAAGCAACAAAUACGAGAUCAGCGUCAGUGGCACUGUGCACACCUUGAAGAUCAACAACUGCACCCCACAGGAUGAGUCAGUUUAUUCUUUCAAGUUGGGGAAACUGUCGGCCAAUGCCAGGUUGAACGUUGAAACCAUCAAGAUCCUGAAGAAGCCCAAGGACGUAACAUCGCUCCUUGGAGCCACAGCCGUGUUCGAGUUGGGCAUCUCGGAGGACGAUGUCCCUGUCAAGUGGCUGUUCAACAACACGGAGCUGAAGGCCGACGAGCACUACAGGAUGACCUCGGAGAAGAAGACGCACAAACUGGUGGUCCAGGAUGUGAACGGCAGAAAAGAGGGGGAGUACACGGCAGUGGUCGGUCAUCUAUGCUGCAGCGCUCGCCUCACCGUUGAGUCUCUUCGCGUGACUCGACCACUGAAGAGCGUGUCGGUGGCCGAGACCCAGACAGCCACCUUCGAAUGCGAAGUGUCUCACUUUAACGUUCCAUCCACCUGGCUGAAAAACGGCGUAGAAAUCGAGAUGAGCGAGAAGUUCCGCAUCUUGGUGCAGGGCAAACUCCACCAGCUGAAGAUCUCGAACACCGUCAGGGAUGACUCUGCUGAGUACACCUUCGUGUGCAGGAAUGACCGCGUGUCUGCCACGCUCAUCGUCAACCCCAUCGUCAUCACGGCCAUGCUUCAGGACAUAAAGGCUAAGGAGAAAGACACGGUCACGUUUGAGGUGAACGUCAACUAUGAGGGAAUCUUCUACAAAUGGCUGAAGAACGGCGUGGAGAUCCGCUCCACCGACAGAUGCCAGUCUCGUUGUAAACAGCAAACGCACACGCUGAGCAUCAGGAACGUUCACUUCGGCGACAGCGCAGAAUAUGGAUUCAUGACAGGACAGUCUAUCACCACUGCAAAGCUCUUCGUAGAGGCUCGUGUUGUUGAAUUCAACAAACACUUGAAGGACCUGAAGAUCACAGAGAAGAAAAGAGCAACUUUUGAAUGUGAAGUUUCAGAAGCAAACAUCCAGGUGAUGUGGAUGAAGGACGGUCAGGAGCUGGAGACGUCUGACAGAUACAAGAUGACCUCAGAGAAGUUUUUGCACCGCUUAGUUGUGCCGUCCGUCCGUCUGUCUGACUCUGGAGAGUACACCGCUGUGGCCGGGUCCAGCAUGUCCAAGGGGAACCUCACAGUCGAGGGGCGGGACAUCAAGAUCUCCGAGCCCACCAAUAAAAACAUAACUGUUGUUGAGAGACAAAGAGCGACUUUCGAGUUUGAAGUGAGUGAGGACGACGUGGAAGGUCGCUGGCUGAGAAAUGGAACGGAGAUCCACUUCUCAGUAGAUGAGCGCUUCAGCUAUGUCACCAUCAGGAAGCUCCACCGUCUCACGAUAGCCGAAACCUACAGGAGCGACACCGGGGAGUACGGCUUCAUCGCCGGAAAGAACAAAAGCACUGUUAACCUUCACGUGCAACUCCCCGAACCGCCUCAGGUGGUCCGCCCCAUGCAGGACCAGACGGUGACGUCGGGCAAAUCGGUUCGCUUCUCAGUGCGGGUGAACGGUCUGCCGCGGCCUCAGGUGAACUGGUAUCGGGGCUCUCAGGCUCUGUCCACCAGCUCCAUCUGCAAGUUCAUUCACGACGAAGAUGAGCACACACUGCUGCUCCUGGAAGUUUUCCCCGAGGAUGCCGCUUUCUACAGCUGCGAGGUCAAAAAUGACUUUGGAGAGGCGACGAGCUCCGCGUCGCUCAAUGUGGAAGCUCCUGAAGAAAGUGCGUCGCAGAUCUCUGCUCCUAUUCUGGUUUCUCCCACGAGAGACAUCUUGGUGACAUCGGGACAUUCCGCCCAGUUGGAGUGCACUGUCUCUGGGGAAGAUCUGCAGAUAUGUUGGUUCUGGAACGACAGAGAGAUCAGGCAAUCAGACGUCUUUAAGAUGUCUCGAUUUGGGGACAUCUGCCAGUUGAACAUUUCCAGAGUGGCGUUCGAACACGAAGGAGAGUAUUCGUGUGUUGCCAGAAACUCGGCCGGAAUGGUGAUGUGUGCGGCCAGUCUGAAUAUUGAUGAUGAACAAACCUUAGCUAGCAUGCCAAGCACUGCGGCUGAGGCUAAGCUAAGUCAGAAGCUUGAGGCUCAGACCCUUACUGAGUUUACUAAGUCCUACUCUGAGAGCUCCUCUGUGUCUUGGAGGACAGUGGAGGUUGAAAUGGAGAGCUCAGAACACAGCGUUCAAAUCCAAGCGCCCCAGAAGCCCAAACUGCUGAGAGAGCUGCGGGAUAUCUGGGUCAAAAGCGGCGAGAUGGCCGAGUUCACCUGCUCGUUUGAUGGGGAGCCGUUCAUCAGGGUGGUUUGGGAUCAUAACGGCCAGAAGCUGCUCAGGGACCGGACGAGAAGCUCUCAGAGUGAUGGACUUUUGUCCCUGGUUAUCCAGGGUGUGAGUCUGGCUGACCAGGGCGUGUACCGCUGCACCGCCACCAACCGACAUGGCCACAGCAGCUCCUCUGCCCACCUCACGGUGGAAGCUAAAGAGGCAAAUGUCAAAGGCAAGAGCGCCAUUGCAACAGAUUCCGUGCACGCGGCCUCACAGGCAGACAGGGAGAACACAAAAGAUUCUCCGGAUAUCCCAGACCAGGAAAUGAUGGUGGACAAGCCAGGAUCCUUGCCUCCGUAUUCACAGCUGUACUUCCUGGACAGCUUUCCCGACGCCCGUUUGUGCAGUCGCCCCGACUUCCUGAUCCAGAUCCCCCGAGAGCUGCUCAUGCAGAACCACAGCCCCUCGCUGUGUUGCGUUAUGAAGGGGCUUCCCACUUCGUUUGCCAUUUGGCUUUACAGCCGCUUGAACGUUGUGGAUACCACGUCGUACUCUCGCAAACGUGAUGGCCCCCUGUGCUGUAUGACUGUUAAGAAUGUGGGACCCGGACAAGGGGGCUCUUUGUCUUGCAAAUCCUCAGCCAAGAAUGCUGAGUGCGGCUUGAUGACCAAAGUCACGGUGGAUGAGAGGGCCCCUGCGAUCCACGUCGAGGAGGAAGCCUCAGCCUUCUCUAGCUCAACCAUCACAGUGCAAGAGGAAAUGUUGUGUGAUGUGAAGCUACCAGACAAAAAACGAACACUUGAACUCCAGCCAGAGUCCAAAUUCUCCUCCAGCACUUUGGAGAAGAUGAAACAAAAGCCAGUUUUCCUCAGCAAACUUUCUCCUCCAGCAGCUGUGACUGUUGGAGAAAAGGCUUUCUUUAGUGUCAAAGUGUCUGGUUUUCCUGAACCCGCUGUUCGGUGGUCCCACAAUGGGCAGACCAUCUGCGCGUCCUCUGUCUUCACAUGUGUUCGUAAGCGAGAUGAGUGCAUCCUGAUCAUUAACAGAGUUGAAGUGGCGUUAGAAGGAGAGUACUCCUGCACCGUCAGCAAUCGCUUUGGACAGGAAACGUGCACUUCCUAUCUGCACGUUCAGAUUAAGGAACCACCCAAGGCAGAGAGCCUUGAGAGAGAACUAGAGCCAAGGGGCAGCCCUCCUGUGUUUUCUAAAACUAUCGAGUCUGUUCAGCUGCACAAGGGAGGUCACGCGUCUUUCACGUACAUUGUGAGCGGGGAUCCUCGGCCAGAGGUGCGCUGGCUCAAAGGCCGCCUUCACAUUCAACCUAGCAGCUUGUCCAUCAUCGUGUACAGCUCAGAUGGAUCAGGCUUCCUCACUAUUAAGAGUGUUAAGCAGGAAGACGUAGCCGUUUAUACCUGUGAGGCUUCCAACCAGUUUGGUGAAGCCACUUGUAGUGCUCAGCUAUCGGUGUUUGGCGAAAAAGUUAAAGAUUAUUUGAUUAGCACAACAAAAGCUUUGACAGUGUCCAUGACUGAAGAAACUACAGAAUCCAGAUUAUACCAGAAGAGUAGUCGGUCUGAUCAGAUGAUUUACACCAUAGGUACUGAGAACCGACAAGUUAUUCACAGCGAGAAGGUGGGAACCCUCGGAGAGCCAGACAUCUCUGUGGCAAUCCCCCAUUGCGAGCGGGUCACCCACCAAGCAGCCGUACUACAGUCCCACAAGUUCCAUGAGCAUGUUUGUAUGGCUCCCAGCCAUCCACUCUGUGCCUCUAUUAUUCCUGUGAAAACGCUCCAUGCAGCAGUUUUCUUACCAACAGUCCAAGAGAGGCAGAAGAUCACUGAGCAACACUCUGAACGCAUUCUCAGCCCUGAAGUCGUCAAGCUUGACUUUGCCAAAGAGCAGCGCUCAAAGCUUCAGUCAACCAUGACUGAGCAACUCCUGCCACUUAGCACAGUGAACGGCCAGACAAUGGCUGAGAACAUUCCACAAUAUGUUGAGAACUUGACUGAGCCCAGGCAGCUUGUUUGUGGCCAAUCAGUCAAGAGGGCUCUACCGUUCCUUGACAGAACUUCGUCCGUCUCUCAUGGACCAGAGCAAGAGAGAAGUUUCAAGGUCACUGAGGGGCUUAAGAUUCUGUACUCUGCUCAGUCAAUGGGGCAACUACCAAUCACAGAAAGACAUUGUGAGCGUCUACUAGUAGCAGCAGAUACCAAAGCUUUGUUAGCCAAAGAGCCGUGCCAAGCAUUGCUUGCGCCACUAAAUGAAUCAAUGCAGCUUUUGAGCAAAGAGCAGUCAUUGGAAACGUACGUACCAGAAGAGAAGACCAUCUGUUCGGGAAAAGACAGAGUCUACCACUCAGCUAUCACCACUGAAGAGAAAUAUCUACUCCAGAGUGAUUGCUUUGGUUGGGUGGCAGGAAUAGCAUCCUCUCAGAGUCUGCAGCCUCUGCCACAGGGACAAAUACUUCUGAAUCUGCAGCUUAUCAGCAAUCAGGCUGUUUUACAGUCAGAAGGCAAAUUGAACAGUGAAAAGCAUUUGACAUCGCAGACAGAUGUGAGGGCCAGACCCACUUUGCUCCACACCGUAACUCAGGAAGAGCAGAGGCCUGUUGUUUGUGAGGCCAUCUCAGCAUUCUCAUCCAGGAUGGAUACUGAGUCUGUCAAGGCAAAUAAAGAGCUUCCACCAACACAAUACCUCCAGUCCACUGAAUCCUUAUCAGUUCUGCUGAAAGAAUGCAUGCUUACCAUAAGCAAACCUACACAGCAGGUGGCGGUGCAAAAGCAGGAAAAAGCUCAAAGACACGCGGCACUCUCACAGGAGAAAAUGGAACUCAUGGCUGACCUCCACAAAGAUCUGGAGGUGUCUCCAACAGGGACUCGGUUCCAAUCUGCUACAGAGCCCAAGCUUUCAAGCAUCCUGGCUGUCUCCUCCCAGUCUGUGCAGUUGCCAAAGGAGACACUUUUGUCAACAGAAUUGAAACAGCAACGAGCAUUGGUUCAGAAAGAGGACUGCUGGAAUAUUGUACAUUCUGUGAAUGUUACAGACAUCCAGGCUCUGGAGGAGGGUCAUACCACUUGUCUUAAAACUGAAGAGCAAUUCCAGGCUGAAAUUAUGACUGAGCCCAAGGUUCCCAAAAAGCCUGUUUUUAUAGAAGAGAAGGCGGCUGCGACCGAGAGUUGCAUUGUCUUAGAAGCUACCGAGCAGGACUUUGCAAUCCCUAUCCAGGAAGGCCAAUCAGUGCGACAGUCUGUGUUGCUUCAGGAAAAACAUAUUCUUACUGGGGAGCGGUCGAGUGCGAUGCAAACAUGUCAAGGCUUAACCUUGAGUGUCUCCAGCCCACCUGAAAGGGUUAAAUUCGUCCCUGAGUGUCUAGAACCCCCAACUUUACCGAAAGAACUUAACUUUGUCAUUCAGAUGCCCAAAGAGUCUCAUUUGAAUAUUCGCCAUCAGCUCAGAGAUGCUCUUCAGUCUUCUGUAGCCAGUCAGCAGCCAGUUUUGCUUGCUGAUGUCGUCAGCCAUUUGGAGGCCCUUAACAUUCAGGAGAUUCAUGUGCAAAAGGAGCCCAAAGGGGUUAUGCAUACAUACCUGAUUGCUUCCCCUGCUACUCUCAUUGAGCUCACGCUGGUUUUUCAGGGUGAAUACCCUCAGAGAGCCGAGCUCAGAUCAGAACUCAAGCUUGCUCUUCAUGCUUUGGUCUUGCAGGAGCAGAUAAGUCUGGUAUCAGAGCGAGGGGGUUUCAUUCAGAUCAAUAAGCAUCAGAAAGUGCUGAUGUGCUCAGAACGGACCCAAGAGUGCUUCUCAUCAGUGGUGGACAUGGUGAUGGUGGAAGAGAGGGCUGCUGUGCUUCCUGCAGCUAUUUCUCAGUCUGCUUCCAUUGAGAUGGAAACUGUCUUUCAGAAAGCAAAUGUCCAGAGUCUGAGAAAAGUCCACGAGUCCAAACAUGAAACUCAAUCUGCUUCAGGGCCAGUCAGCCAGACUCCUCACUUGGAACAUGUAGACUUGUUUGUUCAUAAGGAGGCCAAGAAAGAAUUUCUUUCGGAGGCCAUCAUAAUCAGCAAGCCCUCAGGUAGUGUGGCAGGUUUUCCACUUAUCAUUGCUUCUUUGGAUGAGGUUUUUGCUGAGGAAAAGGACAAGGUGGUCCUGGCUUCCACUAUCAAGCACGCCACUAUUGUUAAUUGGUUUAUCAAUGGACACUUGGUCAAGUCUGGCACAGAGUUCCUGUGUUCGAGAGAUCAGGACACAUACACACUGACUAUCAAGAGAGUUAUGAAGGAGAAGCAUCAAGGCGAGUAUGUCUGUGAGGCAGCGAAUGAAGCUGGGAAGACUACAACACAGACAAGACUCAAAGUUGUCUCAAGAGCUCUCCAAACAGCCAUGCCUGUGUUCAAGCACUGCAUGGUCCCUGUGGAGAUCAAUGCUGGCAACAGUGCCAGGUUCGAGUGUGAAACCGGGGAUGCCAGCGAAGUCACCUUCAAGUGGUUCAAAGACGGAGGGCCCAUCAAAGAGGGAGACCGCUUCAGGAUUAUAAGCCGCGUCACUACUUCCUAUCUCGAGCUCUUGAGCGCCACCAAGGACGACGCUGGCGAGUACAGCUGCAAGGCGUCCAACAGGCACGGAAGUGACGAAUGCUCCGCCACACUCAGCGUGACAGACAAACAGUUCCCUCCCACCUUUGUCACUAAACCCCACCCUCAGAGCGUUUGUGUUGGGAAGAGCACGAUGGUUGAGUGUAUAGUGUCAGGCUCUGGCCCUCUGAAUGUUGUGUGGUUCAAAGACCAGCAGGUCAUACCCAUCAUGCCUGCACACUACAAAACCUUCCAUGACAGGAAUAAGAUCGGUCUUGACAUCGCUGCAGUUACGCCAGCUGAUCAGGGCCUUUACCUGUGCCAGGUGUCCAAUAAGGUCGGCACGGCCGAGUGCAGCCUGGAGCUGCGAGUAAUUGAUAAGCCCAAGUUUGUGAAGCUACUAAGCCAAGUGGCGGUCGUGGUUGCUGCCCCUCUGCACCUAGAGUGUCAGGUGGAUGAAGAUACAGGAGUAAUUGUGAGCUGGACCAGAGAUGGUAGAAGCGUACACCAGUCUCCUGACUGCAAACUGUCCUUUGAGAAUAGGACAGUUGCUCUUGACAUUCUAAAGACCACACUGAAAGAUUGUGGCUCUUAUGCAUGCAAGGUGGCAAAUGAAGCUGGUAGUGUGACUUGCGCCACCUCUGUCAAGGUUCAAGAGCCACCAGUCUUUGUAAAGAGGCUGGAAGCAGCCACGCUUUGGAGAAAAGGUGUGACGGCACGGCUGCAGUGCACCGUAAAAGGAUCCACUGAGCUUCACACCACAUGGUUCUUUAAUAACAGUGAGCUACUUGCUAGCAGCAGACACAAAAUGAGCCUGAAGGACAACGUGGCCACUCUUGUGAUUGGUGAUGUCACAUCAAUUGACAGUGGAAACUACACCUGUGAGCUUCUCAAUGAGUGUGGGUGUGAAACCUGCAACUCCAAAGUCACGGUCAAAGAGCCGCCAUCUUUCAGAAGAGCGUUGCCAUCUGUACAGGUGGUAAGAGGUGCCAUUGCCGUACUGGACUGUGACAUUGACGGUUCUGCACCAUUUGAGGUGUCCUGGAAAAAGAAUAAGAAACACUUGAGCACAGAUAAGAAAUACAGAAUCAUGUCACAGGGCUCCUCGAGUUUUCUGGAGAUCAUCUCAUUUGAGAGCGCUGAAGCCGGAGAAUAUGAAUGUGUUGUGUCCAACGAGGUCGGCUCCGUAACUUCAAAGGCUGUAGCCACAUUAAAAGAGUCUCCGAUGUUCUCAAAGAGGAUUGAGAGUUCUGCAGCAGUGCUGGGCAACAGUGUUAAAAUGCAGGGAACAAUAAAAGGUUCCCCUCCCAUCACAGUCAAAUGGAUGAAAGAUUCUGAGUUGCUCAGAGAUGAAGAUCCAAAUGUGAAAACUUUAUUUGAGAACAACAUUGCCAGUCUUUUGUUCUCCCCUGUUCAAAUAAAGCACGGUGGCAAGUAUACUUGCCUGGUGGAGAACGAGGCGGGCCAGCAAACAUGUGAAGCCGUCCUAACCGUUCAAGAACCUGCAAGAAUCUCAGAGAAAACAGAGUUCAUCAGUGUGAUGUCAGGUGACUCGGCCACACUGGAGUGCACCAUCUCUGGAAGCCCAGACCUGAAAGUCAAGUGGUUCAGGGACAGCAAGGAAAUGAUCAGUGGACGCAAACAUAAGAUGAGUGUAAAGGACAAUACUGCCAUCCUAAAGAUUCUGGCCACAGAAAAGAGUGACACCUCUCAGUACAAGAUGGAGGUGUCCAAUAAAGUUGGGAAAGACCAGUGCACAUGUUCAAUUUCCGUUAUCGACCGGCCAGUUGCCCCCUCCUUCACCAAAUCUCUAAAGAAAAUCAACGCAAACAUCGGCACAAGCCUCACUCUGGAGUGCAAAGUAGCUGGAUCGCAGCCAAUGGUGGUCUCUUGGUACAAAGACAACAAAGAACUCCACAAUGGUGAUAAUUAUAAGAUCGAAUGGAGUGACAACAAAGCCUCUGUGCUGAUCAACAAUGUGCGGAACAGCCAUGCUGGCGUUUACACUUGUCGGGCAUCAAAUGGCGCCGGCGAGAGAGAGACCAGCGGUACUUUGGCCAUUAAAGAGCCUCCAGUCUUCACAGAAGAACCGGAAGCUUGCGACUCGUUACCAGGAUCCAACGUUGUCUUCAAAGCAGCCUUCACAGGGUCAACUCCUCUGUUUGUUAAAUGGUUCAGAGAGGAGAAAGAGAUGUUUUCUGGGGGGAGAUAUUUUAUUAAGAGAGAGCAUCUUUUGAGCUCUUUGGAGCUUCACUCAGUCAAACUCAUCGACUCUGCUAGGUACACGUGCCAAGUAUGCAACGAGGCCGGGAAGGUGGAUUGCACUGCAGUUCUCUUUGUCAAAGAUCCGCCAACAUUUGUAAUUAAGUUGGUGCCUUCGCAGCUGCUGAAAACCGGGCAACCUUUCAAGUUGUCUUGCAAAGUGCACGGCACGCCUGUUGUCAUAGUUUCAUGGUUUAAGGAUGGCAAGGACAUAAGUUCCAAUGACAGAUGCAAGGCGUCCUUUGAUGGUUCCAUAGCAACUUUGGAGAUUGACAAAUGUUCCUUAGAUGACAGUGGCGAAUACAUCUGCGUGGCAUCCAGUGAGGCCGGCAAAGAUGAGUGCAGCAGCUCAGUUAACAUCAAAGAUCCUCCCUCGAUUGUGACACCUUUUGAAUCGCUCGAAAUUGUUAAAGGAUCCAACAUAGUCAUGGAAGGAACCAUUUCAGGCUCUGCACCAUUUGAAAUAUGUUUCUUCCACAAUGAUAAGCCCAUACGAAACAAUAAAAGACACAAGAUCUAUGUUGAGAAUGAGACAAUCUCCCUCCAAAUCUCAAAGUGUGAGGGUGGAGAUUCUGGCUUGUACCAGUGCACUGUGGCUAACGAUGUUGGCGAGACAUCCUGCUCCUGCCACAUUUCCCUGACUGAACCACCAUCUUUUGUUCACAAAGUUGAGGAUAUGUCAUGCUCAGCGCACUCUGACGUUUUGAUGAGGUGCAGUGUGUCUGGAUCACUUCCCAUGACAGUGUCCUGGUUCAAGGACAAUCAGGAGCUCACAGAAAACCAGCAUGUCAGCAUGUUCUUUGAAGACAAAUGCGCAGUGCUGACUCUGAAAAAUGUUGAUUUUCGUCACGGUGGAAAGUACAUCUGUCAGGUUCAGAAUGCAGCCAGUAGUAAAAGAUGCACUGCCAUCCUCAUAGUGUCAGAGCCACCAAGUAUUGUAGAACAUUCAAAGUCCAUUUGUGUGACGCAAGGUGACACAGCCACGCUUGAAUGCCGAUUCUCAGGCACCGAGCCGCUCAAGGCUAGAUGGUUUAAGGCUGGAAAGAAGCUGAGCUCAGGUCCGAGAUACAAAGUACUGAGCACAGACUUCAGAUCUAUGCUUAGGAUCUUGAAAACAGAGCAAAGCGACAGCAGUGACUACAUGUGUCAAGUAGAAAACAACACUGGCACAACAUUUUGUGAAGCCACAAUCACAGUCUUAGAUGAAAUUAUUAAGCCAACUUUCACAAGAAAACUGAAGGAGACAGAAGGCAUCACAGGUUCAUCCGCUCAUCUGGAAACGUUGGUAUUAGGCUCGUUGCCGAUGACCAUCCAGUGGUUCAAAGACAACAACAACAUCCAGACAGAUGAUAAAUACAAGUGCUCCUUCUCUGAAAACGUUGCAUUGCUGGAAAUCAAUCUUCUGGAGAGCCAGGACAGCGGCAGCUACGGCUGCGUGGCCACCAAUGCAGCAGGAUCCACCAAGUGUUCUGCCAUCUUGGUUGUUCAAGAACCACCAAGUAUUAUUGAAAGGCCACAAUCUAUGAAUGUUUUGCCUGGGUCAAAGGUAAAGUUUCACGUCCAUGUGUCUGGCACACCACCCAUGAACACCAAAUGGUUUAAAAACACGACGGAGAUCCAUCCCAGCGCCGACCAGUCUAUAAUCAGACACAAUGGCUCUACGUCUUUGGAGUUCGUGUCUGUGACACCCUCUGAUUCCGGACUUUAUAUCUGCAAAAUACACAACAACAUUGGUGCCACCUCCUGCCAGGCCACGCUUUUUGUUCCAGAACCCCCAGUUUUUGAAGAGAAACCCAACCGUUUUUCAGUGGUGAAAGCAGGAGCCAAGCACGUGCUGGAGUGCAAGGUUGCCGGCACUCCAGAGAUCUGUGUUCGCUGGUUUAGGGGUGGCGUCCCCAUUGAACCAAGUACAAAACACAAGAUGUCCUUCCUCAACUCUGUGGUCACAUUAGAGAUCCUGAACGCCAGCGAGAGCGACAUCGGGACGUACAUCUGUCAAGCGCAAAAUGGUGCAGGCACAGAAAGUUGCAGCUUCGAGCUGCAAGUGAACGAACCCCCUACAUUUGUUGACCAGCUGGCGUCCCUUGAAGUCAUUAAAGGGUCCACCGCCACGUUUGCUUGCAAAGUAACAGGAAGUCCUCCCUUUAACGUCACAUGGCUGAAAGAUAAAACGCCAAUCACAUCCAGCCAUAGGUAUUUCAUUGUCGACCAUGAGCACAUGGCCUUGAAAAUCCUGGACUGUCAGGUGCGAGAUGUGGGUUCUUACGAGUGUGUGGUUGCUAACGAGGUGGGAAGUUGUUCUGGUGCCGCAGCUCUAACCCUGAAAGUGCUGCCACGAUUCAUCCAAAGGAUGGAAAAUAUCUUGACUAUUUUGGGAGAUGGUGCCAUUUUUUCCUGCACCAUUGACGGUUCUCCACCUCUUUGCGUAAACUGGCAAAAAGAUGACAAAUGGAUCCAAGAGGAUCCCAAAAUCAAGAGAACAUUUGAAAAUUCGGUGGCCACUCUCCAGAUUCCCGUGUGUGAGACAAUUCAUGGCGGGAAGUACUCUUGCCAAGUCGUGAAUGAGGCUGGACAGGAAAAGUGCUUUGCAGCUCUCGUUGUGGAAGAACCGCCUUCCAUCCAAGACAAGCCAGGAACAGUCAAAGUGACUUGUGGGGAUCCGGUUAAACUUGAGUGUAGAGUAGUUGGAAGUCCUGAGAUCAUUAUAAGAUGGAGCACAGAUGGCAAAGAGAUCCUCUCCAGUAGAAAAUAUCAUCUGUGUCACGAAAAGGAUCUCAGCAGUCUAAGCAUUCAAUCCUGCGAGGUGCAAGACGCUGGGGAAUAUUUUAUGGAGGCCACAAACUCUGUGGGAAAGUGUCGCUGUCAAGUCACGCUGGUCAUUUUAGAGGAAGAAAUUGCUCCGACUUUCACAAGGACGCUAAAAAACAUUCAAGCAGUUUUGGGUUCAGUGGUCACCAUGGAGUGCAAAGCAGUCGGUUCUCUUCCGAUUUCCAUUGCCUGGACCAAGGGGAAAGAAAACAUCAGUGAGGGUUCCAAGUAUAAAAUGUGGCAGCAGGACCACAUGGUCCAGCUGCAGUUUAGGCUGAUGGACAGCUCGGACACAGGAGAGUACUCAUGUCACCUUAGCAACACGGUGGGCAGCUCUGUGAGCAGUGCAGUCGUCACAGCCAAAGUGCCACCGCAGUUCACAGUGGAACCGCAGUCCCAGGCUGUGGUUCCAAGGACCAAAGUGCUUUUGAAAAGCGUCUUUCAGGGAACACCACCAUUCACAGUUAAAUGGUUCAAGGAUGAUGUGGAACUGGUGGCCGGUCCAUCAUGUUGGAUAAGAUACAAGGACUAUUCUUCCUCUCUCCAGCUGGACUCUGUCGGGAACCUGCAGAGAGGAACUUAUUCUUGCCAAGUUAGCAAUGAAGCGGGCGUAAUAACAAGUGAAGCACAGUUGUCAGUGAAAGAACCACCACAAUUUGUCCAGAAACUUCCUUCCAAAACCUUUGUAAAACUGUGGGAGGGGCAGCGACUGGAAUGCAAACUUUCCUUUGCGCAUUCCCUCAAUGUGUAUUGGUUCAAAAAUGACGAAAAGCUCACAGACAGAGACGACAUCAAAACGAUGUUUGUGGACUCCACUGCGCUCCUCCUGCUGCGCUCGGCGAGGCUGGACGACAACGGCGUGUACACCUGCGAGGCUCAAAAUGAUGCUGGCAGUGUGAGCUGCAGCACCGUGCUCACGGUCCAAGAGGCGCCCUCCUUUAUCAAAACUCCUUCGCCAGUGGAGGGCAUUAAAGGGAAAGACGCCAGUCUGCACUGUGAGAUGUACGGCACGUCACCUUUGCAGUUGAGCUGGUACAAAGACAAAAGGCCACUGAAGGAGAGCAGUAAGUACAAGACGGUCAACGAGGGCAGCUCGACUACCCUCCACGUUAUGAAACUGGGGCCCGAUGACAUCGGUCUGUAUGAGUGCCAGGUGUCAAACAGGGUGGGAAGUGAAUCCUGCCUCAUGACAAUCAGAUUAAAAGAACCCCCCGUGUUCAACACAAAGCUGGUAAAUCAGUCUGUGAAAGUUGGCGAACAGCUGACGCUGACAGCGGUGGUCAAAGGCUCAGAGCCUUUGAGUGUGUCCUGGGUUCAGGACAAAGAUCACAUUCUUAGAGACGAGGACAACAGGAAGAUAACUUUUGAGAACAAUGUGGUCACGCUUGUCGUACCCAACGCAGAUUCCACCACAGCUGGCAAAUACACCUGCCAGCUGAGGAAUGACUCUGGAGUUCUGGAGUGCACCUCCCACGUGACAGUUUUAGAACCUGCCACUAUUGUGGAUAGCCCAGAGUCUUUGAAUGUGAAGACAGGCGAAAAUGCAGCUCUUGAGAUCACAGUGUCAGGCUCACCUGAGCUGAAAGUCAAGUGGUUUAAGGACAACAAGGAAGUCUCUGCCGGUCCCAAGUACCAGAUGUCCUUCUUAAAGAAGGUGGCAUGCCUGAAAAUCCAAUCUGCUGAUAAAGCAGAUGCUGGCGAGUACAAGCUCGAGGUUGCGAACCACGUUGGUUCGGCCUGGUGCAAAGCUAAACUCUCGGUCUCAGAUAAGUUGAUUCCUCCUAGUUUCAUAAGAAAGUUGAGAGACACUCACCUUGUUGUGGGCAAACCCGGUGAGAUGGAGUGCAGGGUCACUGGCUCUGCUCCUUUAACAACUUUCUGGUUCCACAAUGGCCAGGAGAUCGCAAGUGGGUGUGACUACGAUAUGAGCUUUUCUGAUAAUAGCUGUACAAUAAGAGUUCCAAGAAUCAAAAUGUCGGAUUCUGGCAAAUACACUUGCAAAGCUAUUAAUGCUGUGGGGGCCAGCGAGACCAGUGCUUCUAUGCAUGUAACAGAACCUCCAUUCUUUGUGGAAAUACCUGAAGCUCAAGUGACGCUGCCUGGCAAAAACGUGUCUUUCUGCGCUAAAGUAAAAGGCAGCUCUCCCCUCAAAGUCAAAUGGUUCCGGGGCACCAAGGAAAUGCAGCACGGUAGAGGGUGUGAGAUCUCCCUGAAGGAGGAUCUCGCUAGAUUGGUUCUUCACAGAGUGGAACCGUCCCAUUCCGGAGAGUACACCUGCCAGGUCAUCAACAAUGCAGAGAAGAAAAGCUGCACUUUUUACCUUUUUGUUAACGAGCCCGUUCACUUUGUGAAAAAGUUGAGGGACCUACACUUGGAGAAGAGCAAGCCUCUGAGUCUGGAAGUCACAUUUGCUGGAACGCCCAGAGUGAAUGUGAUCUGGAAGAAGGAUGGCAACCUCAUCUGGGCCUCCUACCAGUACAACAUCAUCACCACAUCCACCUCCUGCAUUCUUGAGGUUCUUAACUCUGACAAGCUAGAAGCAGCAGGACGAUACUCUUGCGAAAUCGACAACGGAGUCGGAAGUGAAAAAUGCGAUGCACAUGUGUCCAUUCUAGAGCGACCAUAUUUUGUCGAAAAGAUGGAGCCGGUUGAGGUAAUGCUGGGUGAUUCGCUCACCCUCCAGUGCCGAAUUGGAGGAACUCCCGAAAUCUCUGCAGCUUGGUUUAAAGCUGACGGGAAACUGCGCCAGUCCACCAAGUGUCUGAUGGACUUCACCAAAGGUCUUGCCACAUUAAAACUGCUGCAAAUAACCAAAUUUGACCAUGACAAGUUCAUCUGCAAGGCUGAGAACCUUGUGGGCUCAGCCUCCAGCAGCUGUAAUGUGACCGUGACAGAACGUGCACUUCCUCCGGGCUUUAUCAAGCGUCCGCCAGAGUCCAUGACGGAUUCGGUGGGUAAGACAGUCACCAUGGAGACUCGGCUUUCUGGCUCCCAGCCUCUGAAAGUCAUCUGGCACAAGGACAACAAAGAAAUCUGCCCCUCGGACAAAUACGAUGUCACCUUUGAGAACAACACGGCUGUUCUGUUUGUCCGAGACUCGGUCACGUCUGACUGCGGCGUGUACACCUGCAAGGCCUCCAACGAGGCAGGAAAAGCUUCCUGUCAGGUUUCUCUCACCAUUUCAGAAAGCGCAAAGCCUCCUAAAUUUGACGUCCCACUGCAGCCAGUGACACUGAGCGAAGGCGAUAAUCUGAUCCUCAAAUGUCAUGUUAGUGGCACUCCUCCACUCACCAUCAACUGGAUGAAGGACAGGAGGGAGAUCAGGUCCAGCACAAGCACAAAGAUCACUUUUGUCAGCAGUACACCCUGUCUGGAAAUCAGCCAGGUGACCAAAACCGCAGCAGGGGAUUAUCUUUGCAAGGCCAGCCACGCCACCGGGACGGACUUCUGCAAGGCUAAGGUCACCAUAAAAGAUAAAGAAUCUAAGGCCACUCCAGCCAUCUCUGCUAUUGUCCCCACCACCGCUGUCCCAGAACCUGUGAAACGUCGAGACAACCUUUUCUUCAUCGAGGAACCAAAGAGUGUUUCUGUCACAGAGAAGGGCUUGGCGACCUUUAUCGCCAAGAUCGGAGGCGAACCCAUCCCCAGCGUGAAGUGGAUGAAGGGCAAGUGGAGGCAGCUCACGCCCGGCGGUCGCAUCUUCAUGGAGCACAAGGGCCAGGACGCCAAACUAGAGAUCCAGGAGGUGACCAAGUCAGACUCCGGCCAAUACCGCUGCGUGGCCUCGAACAAGCACGGCGAGAUUGAGUGCAGUGCCGAGAUGACAGUGACCAAAAAAGAGCAAGUGGCGCAGGACAUCAGGAUCCAGCUGAAGAAGACCCCCUCUAAGCAGAAGAGUCCCAAAAAAGAAGAAGAGAUCAAUUUAGUAGAGUUGCUCCGAGGUCAAGAGCCCAAAGACUAUGAGAAGAUUCUGAGGGAUCACCAAAUCUACGACUACCGAGCCAUCCUCCAGGCGGUGGAGCUCCUGAAGCGGGAGAAGGAGAUGGAGGCUAGAAAAGUGGAAGCGGAACAUGGCAGCCCGGUUGAAGAAGAAGAUAUGGCCCGCCUCAUCCAGCAGCUGGAGGGACGCAUGAACACGGAGCCUGUAACUGUCAUGGAGGACAUCAGUGACCAGACCACGUCUGAAAACAAGAGCGCUACCUUUUACUGCCGGAUCAGGAUCAACUACCCGGAGAUCACGCUGACCUGGUACAAAGGAACCCAGAAAUUGGAGGACGGCAAAAAAUACAGCAUCUGCAGCGACGGUGAAUGCCACAGCCUGAAGAUCCACAACUGCCAGGCCAAAGACCAAGGCGACUACCGGGUGGUCUGUGGUCCUCACAUCUCCAACGCCAAUCUCAGCAUCUCUGUUCCCAAAGUUCACAGAACACCAGAGGAGACUCCCUCUGCACCUGUAGCUCGACCACCCACUCGACCUAAAGAACCUGAUGCCAAGAACCUGGAGAUGAUGGCUGCUGCAUUGCCUCGACAAGAGGAACAGGUGGUCCCUGAACAGGUCGUCCCUGAAGAAUUGAAACGAUACAGAAAAGAAGAACCACAACCUGAACCAGAACCACAACCAGAAGCAGAACCAAAAACAGAAGUUGAACCAGAACCUGAACCAGAAAUUGAACUAGAACCUGAACCAGAAAUAGAAUUCCAACCUAAACCUGAAGUGGUGGUGAUCACAAAGGUCACUGAAUAUCACUUUGUAGCCCAGCCAACAUCUGACUCUCGAGAGGCCCCAAAAGAGACCUUGGCUGACUACAAAGUAAGACCACUGGAAAAGAAAGCUCAAGCUGAAGCAUCCAAGCUUGAGCCUUUCAAGAAAAGAAGGGAAGAGUCUAAAGUGCAAGUUAUCCCAGAAACAAGACAAUCUGAAGCCAUCACCGAGGAGUCCCCCAAAACACUGUUGUUUCCCAACAAUGAGCCACAAGAACUCAACAAUCUUCCAGAAAAAACAAAAACGAAAACGAUACGUGGGGAAGCCAACAAGAUUCCAGACCAAUCCAGGAUGAUGCCUAAAAUCCCAAAGACUCUUCCAGAAAAAACAAAAAUGAUUCUCGAAGAAGCCAAAAAGAUUGCAGAUCAACCAAGGAUGGUCACUGAAAUCCCAAAGAUUUCAGAAGCUAGCACAACAAAAGAAAUGUCUCCUCAAGAACCAAUUAAAGCAGAGAAAAGGCCAGAGUUUGAGGAACGAGACCUUGCUCGUCUAGCUCAUCCGCAACCAAAAGAUUCAAAAAGACAUCAGCAACAAGCGUCUCCUCCGGACGAGAAAUUAUCUGGGGCCACAUCUUCACCUUAUGCCAAGAAGGUCUCACCACCUUCAGUGUCUCCUCCAGAGAAGAAAACACGGAACAUCUCAACUCCCUCAACUCUAGCGGACAAAGUGACUCCUCUUGCAGUAUCUCCUCCAGACGAGAAGAAAGUGUCUGCUACUACACCAAAGCCACUAGCUGAAGUCAUUCCUUCUCCAGAGGAGAAACCUUCUCCACCAGCCAAACCAAAGGCAAAAGCAUCUCCUGUCCUGAAGCACGUCUGUCCACCUGGAGACAAGGAACCAGUUAAGGCUCCUGGACCAACUAAAGCACCAGCUGUAAAGAAACUUAAGAGUCCGCUUCAAGAGACAAAAACAGCAAUGACACAGAAGAUGAAGUAUAAAGUUACCUCAACAACCAAAGAGAAGGAGGCCAAAGCCAAGGUUGUCAGCUUAAAGCAAGUUGCAGUAAAACCAGCGGUUCCUGAAAAAAAAGUUGAAACGCAUCAGUCACAAGUGAGCAGGCAUCUUGACCAAGAACUCAACGUACGCGGUCUUCACGACAGAGAGGAUUGUGAGUUAAUAACAAUCAGAAGAAGUGAACGUGUCUUUACUGCAGGAGAAGAAACAAGUCCAAUUGAACUUUGCCAAGAACAUGUAGAGUUUGCAGUUUUUCAUAAAACCGAGAAAGAAAAACAGAAAGAGAAAAAUGUGUUAAGCACGGAUAAGAAGAACAUAACUAAAAUGCCAGACGAGCAAAUAGAAUCUGAUCCUGUUGAAGCGACAGGCCCUCCUCCCACCAAAGAACUGAUGAAUUCCCAGAGUCUUCUUCAAGAGACAAAAACAGCAGCGACACAGAAGAUAAAGCGUAAAGUUACCUCAGAAACCAAAGAGAAGGAAGCCAAAGCCAGGGUCGUCAGCUUGAAGCAAGUGCCAAUAAAACCUGUGCAGCCUGAGAAACAAGUAGAAACUCAUCAGGCAGAAGUGAGCAGGCAUCUUGACCAAGGGCUCAAUGUUCACAGUCUUCACGACAGAAAGGAUCAGAAUUUAUUAACAAUCAGAAGGAGUGGACGUAUUUUUACUGCAGAAGAAACAAGUCAACUUAAGCUUUGCAAAGAACAUGAAGAGGUUGCAGUUGCCCAUAAAAUGGAGAAAGAAAAAGGUAAAGAGACAAAAGUGCCCACCAUGGAUAAGAAGAAAGUAACUAAAGUGCCAGACGAGCAGAUAGAAUCUAAAAAAAAUACAAAAGAAGAAACUCGAAAUAUCAAACAACUAGUUGGUCCCAGCAAGCCAAAAGACAAGCCCACUCACAAAGCUGAAGAUGACACUAAAGUUACUAAAACUGAUGAUAGUGAGCGCAGAGAGUCAACAGUCAAGACAAGUGAACAGGUUUUCAUUUUGUUUCAAGAAACUUCAGAAACCACAAUGACAGCUGGAAAAGUACUGGAUGGACAGGCCAAAGUGGAGGGGCCUGAGGUGUCCACAAACACAAAAGAGAAAGAGGAGCUGGGGACAGGAACGGUGAAACAUUUUAAAGAGGAGGAAGCUGAACAGCCAAAAGAAAAGACUUCAAGAAGACACAGUCUUGUCAAGACCGAUCAACUCAUCACCCAUAAAAAAGCCACAAAGGUUGAAGGGACAACUACCACACGUCCACAUUCUGCUUCAUCAGAUGAAAACAAGGUGCAGGUCAAACUGAAGCCUGGACUCAAAAUCGAGGAAAAAGUGCCGGAAGAAGAGAAAAAGCAUCCGGACGCAAAAAUCCUGAGUCACAUUCCAGGAGACAAAACCUUCAAAAAUCUAAAGCAAAACCAACAAAAACCUACAACAACCUACCGACAGAACCAGGAUCCAGAUGGUGUAGCCAAGAAAUUCAGUCCUCAAGUAAAGAAAGAUGAACACAAAAUCCCACACAGACAAACAGAUACAUUCAACAUUAGUGCCAAACCCAAGAGUUCUCCAUCACCUGGACAGAGGACAGAAAAGGUUGAAGGUCUGCAGGCCUUCAAGCCAAAGGAGCCGCUGAAAAAGGUUGAACGAAAGGAAAACUUGUCACCUACGGCCGAUAAGCCAAAACCAAAGGAACAAGUCCCCAGUGGAACAAACAAUGCUGCUGAGAAGUUUAAAAGGUUUUCAAAAACUGCUUCACCACAAGGUCCAGAAGUUCUGAAGGAACCUUGCCUGGAGGAGGCCUCUCGAAAGGACAAACUUCACAAUGUGAGGUGUCCCCUUGUGAAGGAGAUUUCUCCAAGUGCUGUGCAGGUGAAGAAAGUUCCCACCCAGCUAGAGGAGGAGGUGUUUGAGGACGAGGCAGAAGAAGGUGAGGACGUGGCUGAUGAGGAGAUCUGGACCUGGGAGCUGGUCCCCUCAGAGGACUGGCAAGAUGAAAGGAUGGAUGGGGCACGGGAAACUCCAGCCCCUCCUGAUAGCAAACAAGAUGGCAAACCAGCGGAGGAACCUCCCAAAGGAAGGGGACGAGGAUUUGGGGUGAGACUAACGCCCUCUCCUGGUGAUGGAGGUCGGGGUCGGGGCUUGAGGCCCGGAGGAAAAGGCCCCUCGCCUCCAGAGGAACCUUUUGGAGGAUUCAAACUCAAAGCUGUCCCGCUGAAGUUCAUCAAGAAGCUGGAGGAUAUCGUGCUACAGGAGGCCGAGUCCAUUGGCUCUUCAGCUGUGUUCGAGUGCCAGGUGUCGCCGUCCACCGCCAUCACAUCGUGGAUGAAGGAUGGGGGAAACCUACGUGAGGGCCCCAAGUACAAGUUAACCUCGGACGGCAAAGAUCGCAAGAUGAUGGUCAAAGACGUUCAGUUGUCAGACACCGGCGAGUACACCUGUGUCGCCAGGAAUGCGGGCAAAGAAAUCACCUGCACUGCUAAACUCAUUGUUGAAGAGCUGCCCGUGAGGUGGAUCAAAGAGUUGGAACCGGAGACGUCGUGUAACAAGGGUCAGCCCAUGUACCUGACCUGUGAGCUCAACAAGGAGAGGGAUGUCAUUUGGAAGCGGGACGGUGUCAAACUGAAGAAAAAGGCCGGAAAGUUGGCCAUCAAUAUCAUCGGCUUGCAGCACGCUCUCACCAUCCAGAACGCCGCCGAAGAAGACAGCGGCGUCUACUCGUGCGAGGUGGACGCACCGGACGGCAUCAAGACCAGCACCAACGUCAAAGUGACCGAGAUGAUCAAAGACUGGUUGAUGAAGCCUCUGAGGGACCAGCAUGUGAAACCCAGAUCCAGUGCUACCUUCAGAUGUCAGCUCUUCAAGGACACGCCCAACUGGAAGUGGCUCAAAGGCGAAACCGAGCUCACGCCUUCCGACAAGGUGGAGAUCAACAAAGAUGGGGUCAGCAUGGUGCUCACCAUCAACAACUGCCAGCCUGAAGACGUGUCGGAAUAUACCUUUGCCGUGGAGGACCGUAAAUACGUGGCCAAACUGACUCUGGGAGAGCGCGAGGCCGAAAUCUUGAAGCCGCUGGCCAGCGUGGAGGUGGUGGAAAAGGAAGAAGCCAACUUUGACACAGAAAUCUCAGAGGAUGAUGUUGUCGGGGAGUGGAAACUUCAGGGACAGGUGCUGAGCAGAUCUCCGACAUGUGACAUUAAAGCUGAUGGGAAUAAACGUUUCCUGAGUUUAAAGAACGUCCAGCUGGACCAGGCGGGUGAAGUGUCCUACCAAGCUUUAAAUGCCAUAACCAGCGCCAUGCUGACCGUCAAAGAAAUCGAAAUGGGCUUUGUGGAGCCUUUGAAGGAUAUUUCGGUGCCUGAAAAGAAACAAGCUAAGUUUGAAUGCAUUGUCACCAAGGAGGUGUCCAAGGUGAUGUGGUUCAGGGGGUCGGAAAUUGUGACCUCGAGCCCCAAAUAUGAGAUAAUUGACGACGGAAACAAACACAUGCUGAUCAUAAACAGCUGUGAGUUUGAUGAUGAGUCUGAGUACACCAUCGAGGUUUUGGCUCAGAAAUCCACGGCUCGGCUCUCGGUAGAAGGCAUGAGGCUUAAGUUUGUCAGGCCACUGGAGGACCAGACGGUCAAAGAAGGUAAAACGGCUCGCUUUGAGCUCGAGCUGACUCAUGACGACGUACCGGUGGUCUGGUACAGAAACGAAGUCAAGCUCCACGUGAGCCGAACGGUGAUCGCACAUGUGGAAGGAAAGAAACAUGUUCUUGAGAUGAGGCUGUUGACGCUCGACGAUACCUGCCAGAUUAAGGCAGAGGCUAAAGGAAUAAGCUCGCUGGCAAAACUGACAGUCAUUGAGGGCGAUGCUGUGUUUGUGGUCAAACUCCAAGACUACACAGCCACCGAGAAAGACCAAGCCUCUCUGGACUGUGAGCUCAACAAGGACGUCCCAGUUGUUUGGUAUCACGAAGAAAAGGAGAUAAUCGCCUCCAAGAAGGUGCUGAUGAAGUCCGAGGCUACUCGGAGGUCUUUGAUCUUGAGGAAGGUGGAGCAGAGCAGUAAAGGAAAGUACACCUGUGACUGUGGAACCGACAAGACGGUAGCCAACCUCACCAUCGAAGCUCGCGACAUCAAGCUGGUUCGGCCCAUUUAUGGCGUGGAGCUUUUUAACGGAGAAACGGCUCGUUUUGAGGUGGAAAUUUCUGAGGACGACGUCCACAGCCAGUGGACACUGAACGGAGAAGUCCUGACCGCUUCCUCUGAUGUGGACAUCAUCGAAGAGGGAGGCAAGCACACACUGAUCCUGUACAACUGUAAAGGGUCCAUGAGUGGCGAGGUGGUCUACGCCGCCGCCAAUGCCCAAUGUGCUGCCAACCUGAAGGUCAAAGAACUUCCACUCAGCUUCCUGACACCGCUGAGUGACGUGCAGGUGUAUGAGAAGGAUGCCGCCAGAUUCGAGCUGGAAGUGUCCAGAGCCCCCAAGUCUUUCCGCUGGCUGAAGGGUUCGCAGGAGCUGCAGAGCGACGAUAAGUGCGAGAUGAUCCAGGACGGGAACACGUACGUCUUGCUGAUCCGCUCGGCCACCUACGAAGACGAGGCCAAGUACGUGUUUGAGGCCGAAGACAAGAGGACCACCAGCAAGAUGGUCAUUCAAGGAAUCCGCCUGGAGUUCAUCAAAGCCAUCAAGGACGUGACGGUGAAGGAGCGUGAAACGGCCGAGUUCAGCGUGGAACUCUCCCACCAAAACAUCCCGGUGGUUUGGUACAAGAACGACGUGCGGCUUCACCCCAGCAAAGUGGUCCACAUGACGGACCACGGGGCGCUCCACACGUUGGGCUUCAAGGAGGUCGCCAUUGACGACACGUCCAUGAUCAAGGUGGAGGCCGCGGACAAGAGUGUCAGCGCUAUGCUUACCGUGAUCGAGGGCGACCUGUACUUCACCACCAAGUUGCAAAACUACACGGCGGUAGAGAAGGAUGAAGUGAAGCUGGUGUGCGAACUGAGCAAGUCGGUGGCGGAAGUCAAAUGGUUCAAGGAUGGGAAGGAGCUCACACCCUCCAAGAACAUCAGCAUCAACGCGGAUGGCAAAACGCGAAUCCUGAUGUUCCGCAAGGCCGAGAAGAGCAACAUCGGAGAAUACGCGUGUGACUGCGGCUCCGACAAAACUAGCGCCAAUCUCAAAGUUGAAGAGCGCGACAUCAAGGUGUUGCGUCCACUGUACAGCGUGGAGGUCACUGAGAAUGAGAUGGCCAAGUUUGAGGCGGAGAUUUCCGAGGAGGACGUCCACGGAAACUGGAAGUUGAAGGGAGAAGCUUUGCACCAGUCGGCCGAUGUGGAGAUCAAGGAGGAGGGACCCAAACAUCUUCUCAUCCUCUACAAUGUACGCAUGGACAUGGCGGGAGGGGUGGACUUCUCGGCAGCCAAUGCCAAAUCAAACGCUCAGCUCCGAGUCAAAGCUCGAGCCAUCAGCCUGCUGCAGCCGCUGAAGGACGUGACGGUGACGGCCGGAGAGACGGCCACCUUCCAGUGCAAGCUGUCUUAUGAAGGCAUCAUCGUAGACUGGUUCCUGGGUGGGAACAAGAUGGAGGCCGGCGAGCGGGUGAAGACUCAAGCGGAUGGCCAAAUUUACACUCUGACAGUUCGAGACGUGAAGCUGUCGGAGGCGGGCCAUGUCAGAUUGACAGCCAAGGACUUCCAGACUCAAGCUCAGCUCAUUGUCAGAGAACCUGCGGUGGAGUUCACCAAGCCUUUGGAGGACCAGACAGUGGAGGAGGAGGCCACCGCUACACUGGAGUGCGAAGUCUCCAGAGAGAACGCAGAAGUCCAAUGGUUCAAGGAGGGACAAGAGAUCCGCAAGACCAAGAAAUACGACAUGAUCGCCGAUGGUCGAAAGAGGAUGCUGGUGAUCCACGACUGCAACCCGGAUGACAUCAAGACAUACACGUGUGACGCCAAGGACUUUAAGACUUCCUGCUUCCUUGACGUCACUCCGCCUCACGUGGAGUUCGUCAAGCCUCUGCAAGAUGUUGAGGUCAGAGAGAAGGACUCAGCCAAGUUUGAAUGCGCAGUAUCCCGCGAGUCCGCCAAGGUUCGCUGGUUCAAGGAUGGUGGCGAGAUACGAAAAGGAAAGAAGUACGAGAUCAUGGCCAAAGGUGUUCAGAGGAUCCUGAUCAUCCACAAAUCUGUGAUGGAUGAUGAGGCAGAAUAUGAAUGUGACGCCAGGACAUCUAAGAGCGCUGGCAUGCUGACUGUCAUUGAGGAGGCUGCCAGGUUCACCAAGAACCUGUCCAACGUUGAGGGCACAGAGACAGACAGCAUUAAGAUGAUCUGCGAGGUGUCCAAGGGCGGGGCAGAGGUGACCUGGUACCAAGGAGACAGAGAGCUGCCGGAGGGCGGCCGCUACGAUCAGAUCGUGGAUGGACGUAAGAGGAUCCUGAUCAUCCAAGACUUGAAGAUGGAGGAUGCCGGCGAAUACAACUGCAGACUGAGCCCCAGUGUCAAGACAGCUGCUGUCCUAAAACUGAAUGAACUUGCAGCUGAGUUCAUCGCCAGACCGCAGAACCAGGAAGUUGUGGAAGGGGAGAAUGCCGAGUUCACCUGCUCAGUCUCCAAAGAAACCUAUGAGGUGAAAUGGUUCAGAGGGGAGAAGGAGGUCGAAUGUGGGGACAAAUACAAAAUUGUCAGUGAAGGAAAGAGACGAGCUCUUGUUGUGAAAAACUGUGAGCUGAAGGAUGACGGAGGUUAUGUGGUCCUCAUCGGCAGCGUUCGAGCCUCCGCUGAUCUCUUUGUGAUUGAAAAACUGAGGAUCAUCACACCCAUCAAAGACACUGAGGUUAAAGAGGGAAAUGAGAUUGUCUUCAACUGUGAGACGAACGUGGAGGGAGCGAAGGCCAAGUGGUUGAAGAACCAGGAGACCAUAUUUGAGAGCAGCAAAUACAUGGUAGCUCAGAGGGACAAUGUCUUCUCCCUGAGGAUUCGGGAAGCCUGCAACGCUGACGAGGCUGAAUACACCAUCGGCCUGACCAAUCACAGAGGAGAGCAGGCCAAGUGCUCAGCUCACGCAAAGGUCACAGAGGAGAAGGUUAAGUUCCUGGUGCCCAUUGAGGACAUUGAAUCUCAGGAAAAGAAGACCAUCAGUUUUGUGUGCAAGGUGAACCGACCCCAGGCGACCGUGAGGUGGCUAAAGGCUGGCCAGGAGGUGAUGUUCAACAAACACGUGGUCUACAGAAGCGAAGGCCUCAACCACACACUGACCAUCAAGGACUGCAUCAUGGAGGAUGAGGGCGAGUAUAGCGCUGAGGUCGGAGAAGACAAAUGUGCUGCUGAAUUGAUCAUAAGUGAGGCGCCAACAGACUUCACCGCACAGCUCAAAGACCAGAUAGUCACUGAGUUUGAGGAUGCAGUGUUCACCUGCAAGUUGUCCAAAGAGAAGGCCACCGUCAAGUGGUACAGAAAUGGCCGGGAGAUCCGAGAAGGGCCGAGAUAUCGCAUGGAGAGAGAAAGUAAGACAUGCAGACUAGUCGUCAAGGGCUGCAGACCGGAUGACGAAUGUGAAUACUCUUGUGGCGUAGAAGAGAGGAGGACCAGAGCAAGACUAUUUGUUGAAGAAACCCCAGUGGAGAUCAUCAGACCGCCUCACGACACUUUGGAGCCUCCUGGCUCGGACGUGGUGUUCGAGGUGGAGCUCAACAAGGACAGAGUAGAGGUGAAGUGGAUGAGAAACAACAUGAUAAUCGUCCAGGGAGACAAAUACCAGAUGAUCAGCGAGGGUAAAGUUCACAGACUGCAGGUGUGUGAGAUCAGACCUCGAGACCAGGGCGAGUACAGGAUUGUUGCCAAAGACAAAGAUGCUCGAGCUAAGCUGGAGCUGGCGACUCCUCCAAAGAUUAAAACAACAGACCAGAACCUGAUAACAGAUGCUGGCAAGCCCUUCAUCAUUACAGUCCCCUAUGACGCCUACCCUCGGGCGGACACAGAGUGGUUUUUCAACAGCGGGAGUCUACCUGUCCAGAACAUCGACACCUCAGUCGACAAGACAGUGUACCGCCUUAAAAGCCCCAGCAAAGAUGACCAGGGCAAGUACAAGGUGGUCAUCAAGAACAAGCAUGGAGAGGGAGAGGCCUUCAUUAACCUGGAAGUGAUUGAUGUGCCUGGACCUGUCAAGCACCUGAAGGUGACCGACACUGUUGACGGUGAGGUCAGUUUGGCUUGGGAGGAGCCUGAGAGUGACGGUGGGAGCAAAAUCAUAUCAUAUAUGGUGGAGAGGCGCGAUGUGAAGCGUAAAGCGUGGACAGUGGCAACAGACCGCGCUGAUGCGCCUGAGUAUUGUGUUAGUGGCCUCCAAAAGGACUCCUGGUACCUGUUCAGAGUCUGCGCCACAAAUCGUGUCGGGAGUGGGCCCCACUUUGUCACUGACAAUGCUGUUCAGGCCAAGAAUAAAUUUGAUGUCCCGGAUGCUCCGGAGAAUGUAGCCGUCGCUGUGGUGAAUAGAUUUGGUACCACUAUCAUUUGGGAGCCUCCUAAAUUUGAUGGUGGCUCAGAGAUCACUGGCUACGUGAUCGAGCUCCGUGACAGGACCUCGGUAAAGUGGGAUGCAUCCAUGUUCUGUGGAGCCAGCGAGCACUCGGCUAGUCUUAAUGACGUGGUAGAGAACAAGGAGUACAUCUUCAGAGUGCGAGCUGAGAACAAGGCCGGCAUCGGAAAACCCAGCGCUGCCACCAAACCUGUCAAGAUUAUGGAUCCCAUUGAGAGACCAAGCCCACCCCUCAACCUGAACUUCAAUGACCAAACCAAGGAAGAUGUCAUGCUCGCCUGGGAGACACCUGCCAGCAAUGGUGGCAGCAUGAUCACCGGCUACAUCAUUGAGAAGUGCGAGGACAGCACAAACAAGUGGCUUCGCUGCAAUGCUAGACUGUGUCCGGACCUCUCCUACCAGGUGUCUGGACUGAAACAUGGUUCUAAGUACUUUUACAGAGUUUACGCUGAGAAUGCUGCUGGUAUUUCUGAUCCGGCCGAGCAACUCGGCCCACUGCUCGCUGACGAUCCUCACGUCGGUCCAUCCUUCGACCUCAGUGCCUUCAGGGAUGGCUUGGAAGUCAUUGUCCCUCAGCCUCUCACCAUCAGAGUUCCCUUCACUGGAUACCCGACCCCUGUUCCCAAAUGGAACUUUGAAAAGAAGGAGCUGACGUCAGCAGACGAGCGUGUCUCUAUUUUUACAAAGCCCUCGUACACCAGCCUAACAGUAAUGCCAAGUGUCCGUCCAGACAAAGGAACCUACACUUUGCAGCUGGAAAAUGACAUGUCCUCUGUCUCUGGAGAGAUUGAUGUCAACGUUAUCGCAUGCCCCAGCGCUCCAAAAGAUUUCAAGGUGGCCGAGGUGACCAGACACCAUGUCCACCUGAUGUGGGAGGCUCCUGAGCACGAUGGAGGAAGUCCUGUUACACACUACCAGAUCGAGAAGAGAGAAGUGUCUCGUAAGACUUGGGCCAAGGUGGCCUCAGGAGUCCUGGACCUUGAGCAUACGGUGACGGAUGUGAUCGAAGGGAAGGAAUAUCUGUUCAGCGUUACCGCCUGCAAUAAAUGUGGACAAGGAGAGCCGGCUUACAUCGACGAGCCUGUCAAUGUCUCUUCUCCUGCCACUGUACCCAAUCCUCCCGAGAACCUGAAGUGGCGUGACAAGAGCGGCAAGGGCAUUUUCCUGUCCUGGGAGCCUCCAAAGUAUGAUGGUGGCUCCCAGAUCAAAGGUUAUGUGGUGGAUAAGUGUCAACGUGGAACUGACAAGUGGGAACCCUGCUCUGAUCCUGUUCAAGAGCUGAAGUUUCAGGUGACUGGUCUGAUUGAGGGACAGUGGUAUGCCUACAGAGUCCGAGCUGUCAACAAGUUAGGAGCUAGUCGACCCUGCAGGGCUACUGACGAGAUCCAGGCUGUCGAUGCUAAAGAACCUCCAGAGAUACAGCUGGAUGUGAAGCUGUUAGCUGGGCUCACUGCCAGAGCUGGCAGCAAAAUUGAACUCCCUGCCGAUGUCAAAGGAAAGCCAGAUCCCCGCGUCAAGUGGACCAAGGCUGACCUGGUCCUGCGUGCCAAUGACCGCGUUGUCAUCGACACACAGCCAGGGCACUCCAAGUUGUCCAUUGCCAACACAACCAGAGGCGACAGCGCUACCUACAUCAUUGAAGCCGUCAACACCUGCGGACGUGCGACUGCUACAGUUGAUGUCAAUAUUCUCGACAAACCUGGCCCGCCCGCUGCCUUUGACAUCUCUGAAAUCACCAACGAGUCUUGCCUCUUGGCCUGGAACCCUCCAAGGGAUGACGGUGGCUCACCUGUUACCAACUACAUUGUGGAGAGUCGCAAGAUUGACAAAGAGGAGUGGACAAAGCUGUCAGCUACGGUUAAAAACACCACCUUCAAGGCCUGCAAGCUCACUGCUCAUAUGGAGUACAUCUUCAGGAUCAGUGCUGAAAACCAGUAUGGUGUCGGAGAACCUGCUGAGCAUGCGCCAAUAAUUGCAAAGUAUUCAUUUGAUACUCCAGGCCCUCCAACCAGAGUCACUUGCUCUGACAUUGCCAAGGAUGCCGUGACUCUCAACUGGCUUGAAUCAGACGAGGACGGUGGCAGUCCCAUUACCGGUUAUUGGGUUGAGAAGUUUGAUCCCGACAGUGAUAAAUGGAAAAGAUGCAACAAACUGCCCAUCAAGGACACCACCUUCAGGGUGAAAGGACUACCUACGAAGAAGAAGUACCGGUUUAGGAUUCUGGCUGAAAAUCUGGCUGGAACUGGAAAACCAAGCACAGAAACGGACUUAGUUCUUAUCAAAGACCCCAUUGAUCCUCCAUGGGCUCCUGGAAAACCUGUGAUCCGUGACAUUGGCAAGACCUCUGCUCUGCUAGCGUGGACAAGGCCCGAGCAUGAUGGUAGAGCUAAGAUUGAAGGCUACAUCAUUGAGUUCCAGAAAGCCGGAAGUGAUGAGUGGAUCCGCAUUGCGGAGGACAUUCCCCAGACUGAACAUCAGCUGCAUGGCUUGAUGGAGAAGCAGGAGUACACCUUCCGGGUCAAGGCUGUCAACAAGGCUGGCGAGAGCGAACCCAGCGAGCCUGGUGACCCCGUGGUCUGCAAGGAAAGACUCUACCCCCCAUCUGCACCUCAGUGGCUGGAUGUGGCCAACAUCACCAAGAUCAACGCUGAUCUCAAAUGGCAGGCGCCCAGCAGUGACGGAGGCUCACCCAUCACCAACUAUGUGGUGGAGAAGAGGGAUGUGCGGCGGAAGGCUUGGCAGACUGUCGACACCACCGUCAAGGAGCUCAAAUACACAGUGACACCGCUCAAUGAAGGCUCGCUGUAUGUGUUCCGUGUGGCUGCAGAAAAUGCAGUAGGCUUGGGCGAGUUCUGCGAGCUGGAGGAUGCUGUGCUUGCCAAAGACACAUUCACUACUCCUGGACCUCCUUAUGCGCUGACCAUAGUGGAGGUCACCAAGAGACAUGUGGAGUUGAAAUGGGAAGCUCCGAAGAGUCACGGUGGAAGACCCAUCACCAAGUAUGUGAUAGAGAAGAAGGACAAACUGGGAACUCGUUGGUUGAAGUGCUGCAAGACCCCAGACAAACAAACUCAGUUCAAGGUGACUGAUGUGGACGAGGGCUCAGAGGUGCAGUUCCAAGUGCGGGCGGAGAACGAGGCUGGAGUUGGAGAACCCAGCGAACCCACUGAGAUCCUUACCAUCGAGGAUCCAACCAGUGCACCAUCUCCUCCCUUGGAGGUGACCGUCCUGGAUAGCAGCAGGGAGCACAUCAAUGUCUCGUGGAAACCGCCAGCCAAGGAUGGCGGUUCCCCAAUUACCGGCUACCACGUGGAGGUGGCCGAGGCUCGUCCGGAGCUGAAGUGGCUCAGGGUCAACAAUAGACCCAUCAAAGACCUUAAGUUUAAGAUGGAUGACGGGAUCAAACCAGAGAAGAAGUAUGUUAUCAGGGUUCGUGCUGUUAACGCCAUCGGCGUAAGCAAUCCCUCUGAGAUGUCUGACAAGGUCUUUACCAAGGAUCCAGACUGUGCCCCAGCCAUGGAUAUGGACACACAGGAUGUGGUGGUGAUCGAGGGAGAGAAGCUGCACCUGAAAGUUCCAUACAAGGGCAUUCCGACGCCACAGAUGGUGUGGCAGAAGGACACGGUGGAAUGCAAGAAAGACGAGCGGCUCUCCACGACAGUGGAGAUGAACAGUGCUCACCUGGAGCUGCUCAGAUGCACACAUUCUGAUGCCGGCGUCUAUGCCAUCACCCUCAAAAACAGCCUGGGGACCGCCAGUGGAAGCAUCAAUGUCAAAGUUAUCGGGCUCCCUGGUCAGUGUAAAGACAUCCGAUCCAGCGAUGCCACAAAGAACUCUUGCAAGAUCAUCUGGGAAGCACCCACGGAUGACGGCGGCACACCGGUUGUUAGUUAUACGCUGGAGCGUCGCGAGGCCUCCAAGAAGACCUACAUGCCUGUCAUGUCAGGAGAGAAUGUUCUAGACUGCAUGGUCAAAGAUCUGUAUGUUAACUGUGAGUACUACUUCCGGGUCAAGGCUGUCAACAAGGUGGGCGCUGGAGUAUAUCUGGAGUUGCGAAACCCUGUCAUCACAGAGGAGCUCAAGCAGAAACCAGAUCCACCGAUCCUAGUGGAGGCCCAAGACCCAACAUCCAAAUCCAUCACCAUCACUUGGAAAGCUCCCGAUUACGAUGGUGGCUGCCCCAUUGAAGGCUACAUCGUGGAGAAGUUUGAGAAGGACGGCGACCGCUAUGAGAGGGUUACCCCAAGCUUGGUCCCUGGUCUCUCGUAUGUGGUGACAGGUCUAAAGGAGGAAAUGGAAUAUCAGUUCAGGGUCCGAGCCGAGAACACCGCUGGAAUCAGUGAACCGUCUCGAAGCACGCAACCCAUCAGGGCUGUUGACCCCGUUGAAAAACCUACGGUCACCCUGAAUGCCUAUGUGCAGUCUGGUUUGUGCAUUAAGAAGGGUGAAGAGAUUCGCAUCGAUGCGAACAUCUCAGGCUCGCCUUACCCCAAAGUCACCUGGAUGAGGAACAAUGAAGAUGUCACCAAAGAGCCCACCAAGAAGGUAGUACCACUGGUUAAGAAGAAGAAGACCAAGGCUGAGGUUUUCGAACUCAAGGAAGAGUUUGUGACGCCACUGCGUGAGCGCCUCGGUUUGGACCAGACAAGGAAGGGUCACUCCGCACUGAUGAUCCGAGAGGCGAUCAGAGCAGACCACGGCUACUUCACCAUCCAAGUGGAGAACACUCACGGCAUUGCCACCGCCUCCUGUGUCGUCAACGUCCUUGACAAACCCGGUCCGCCUAUCAACUUUACGUUUGAUGACAUCAGGAACACCUCAGUGGUGUGCAACUGGGAGUCUCCUGAGGAUGAUGGCGGCAGUGAGAUUCUGAACUAUAUCCUGGAGAAAAAAGAUAACAAGAAAGAUGACAUUGGCUGGAUCACCAUUACCUCCACCUUGAAGGGUACCAGCUUCCCCGUCACCAAGCUGAUCGAAGGGAAGGAGUACAUCUUCAGAGUUACUGCCGAGAACAAAUUUGGAUGCGGACCGCCAUUCAUCUCUGAAGCACUGGUGGCCAAGAACCAGUUUGAUUCUCCUGAUGCACCCAACACCCCGAGAGUUCACGAAGUGACGGCAAGCUCCGCACACAUCUCUUGGCACGAGCCAAAGGACAACGGCAGUCCCAUUCUGGGCUACUGGAUUGAGAGGAAGGAAGUGAACAGCAAACAUUGGACUCGUGUCAACCGCGUUCUCCUCAACUCUCUAGAGGUGAAAGCUUGCGGGCUGAUGGAAGGACUAACAUACAUCUUCAGGGUGUGUGCCGAGAACCUGGCGGGGCCCGGACCUUUCAGUGAGCCCACGGAUCGCAUUGUUGCUAUGGAUGCCAUCCUGCCUCCUGGUCCCCCAACACCAUGGAUCGUGGACACCGGCAAAGACUCGGUCAUCGUGGCGUGGAAGCCGCCAUUGUACAACGGAGGAGGGGACAUCCUGGGCUACCACGUUGAGAAGGUGGUGGCCGGGGAGAAGAACUGGACUCGCAGCACAGAGUUUCGGUGCAAGGAGCUGACUUACAGCGUCACAGGUCUGACUGAAGGAACCGAUUACUACAUUAGAAUCAUCGCCGUCAACGAUGCAGGUCCAGGAGCUCCCGGAGUCACAGAACCCGUUACUGUUAGGGAGCCUCAAGAACCUCCCGCUGUUGACUUUGACAUCUCUGUGAAGAACGGCGUGAUCAUCAUGGCCGGCGAGUCGCUGAAGCUUCCUGCCAUGGUGAUUGGCCGGCCACAGCCUGAGGUCAAGUGGGCCAAAGAUGAUAAUGACAUUGAUAAGGAGAGAAUGAUUGUCGAGACGGAUGGCAAGAACAGCAGUCUCUUCAUCAAGAAGGCAGUAAGGGCGGAUCAUGGCAAGUACCAGAUUUCAGGCACCAACAGCAGCGGGACUAAGGCUGCUGAAACCAAAGUGGAUGUCAUGGACGUCCCCGGGCCUGUCACUGACUUGAAGACUGUGACAGUGACCAAGAAGAACAUCACCCUUACUUGGUCUGAUCCGCUGGACAACGGUGGCAGUGACAUAAUUGGCUAUGAGGUCCAAAGAAAGGAUGCCAAGAUGAAGCUCUUCCGACAACCCAUUGAGGUGGCGUCCUGCAAGUGUGGUGUCCAGGGACUGCUGGCAGGCGAGGAGUACGAUUUUAGGGUCAUUGCCCGAAAUAAGUAUGGAGAUGGAACUCCAGCGGACCUUGGGCCCAUUCUAGCUGAAGAUGCCAAAGGUACACCGUCUGCUCCUGAGAAGCUGCACUACACUGACAGAAGCAAGAACACCGUCACGCUGGCCUGGCAGCCACCACGCAGUGACGGUGGCAGCCCCAUCAUCGGUUACUACGUGGAGAAGAUGCGAUCUGACAGCAGCGAGUUUGAAGUGGCUAACCGCAAGAUCUUUAGAAAGUGCUGUGGUACAAUUGAGAACUUGUCAGAGAACCAGGAAUACGAGUUCCGAGUCAAAGCUGUGAAUGAAGUCGGGGAUGGAGUUCCGUCCAAGCCCAUCACAGCCAAGAUUCAGGAUGAUGAAAUUCCACCAAUUAUUACAAUUCUAAAGUACUUCAAGAGUAAUGCGAUCAUUGUGAAGAAAGGCUCUGCCAUUGACAUUCCAGCUGAGGUAACAGGACUUCCUCUUCCGACAAUCACGUGGAUGAAGGACAAUGAGGUGAUGGACAAAUGUGACAAAGAGAAGAUUACAUUGGAAACUGAGGAGGUCAAUCGCACGACACUGAGGACAACGAUUUCCAUGCCAGAAACCAUCAGACAGGACAAAGGCAAUUACAAACUUCUAGCCGAAAACAUCUAUGGCAAAUCUCAGCACGUCAUCUGCGUGGAAAUCCUUGACCACCCUCUUCCCCCAAGGAACAUUGUGGUCUCUGACAUCAAGGUGGACUCGUGCUACUUGACCUGGGAUGCCCCAGAAGACAACGGAGGCAGUGAGAUCACCAACUAUGUGGUUGAACGCAGGGAUGCCAGCAAGAAGAAAUCGGACUUUGAGGCAGUGACCUCCAACCUCAUUGAUCGUCGAUAUGGGGUCUACAAACUGAAUUUAAAUGGUAACUACCAAUUCAGAAUCAGGGCGGAGAACAAAUAUGGUGUCAGUGAUGGCUGUGACUCAGAGAAAGUAGAACUGAAGGAUCCAUUUGGCCUCCCUGGACCGCCACGCAACCCCAAGAUCAUUGCUGCCACAUCAAACACAAUGACUCUGACCUGGGAUCCUCCGCUAGACAACGGCGGCUCUACCAUUCAAGGUUACUGGCUAGAGAAGAGGGAACGUGGAGCUGUGUACUGGGGGCGCGUUAAUCGGUGCCCAGUCACCAAACCAGCAGUGAAGGCUCUGCAGUACACUGUACUCAAGCUCAUCGAAGGAACAGAAUACCAAUUUAGGGUGGCGGCAAGCAAUGCUGCAGGGGUGGGGCCACCCAGCGAGUCCACAGACUGCCGCUUUGCUGUGGAUCCAUGCAGUCCUCCUACUGCGCCUGGAUCCCCUGAGGUCAAAGACAAGACCAAGAACAGCGUCACACUCAGGUGGAGUCCCCCAGACAGGGACGGUGGCAGCCCUGUCAAGGGUUACAUCAUUGAGGUCCAUGAGGAAGGGUCCCCUGAUUGGAGAAGGGUGAAUCCUGCUGACAAACUCCACCCAUCCACUGAUAUAAUCAUCCCUGACCUUAAAGAGGGCAAGAAGUGCAAGUUCAGGAUCUAUGCUGUGAAUGCUGCAGGCAAUUCUGAGCCUGCCAAGACUGCUGACAUCCAGGUUCAGGACAUCCUAGUUGAGCCGACUGUGUCUCUGGAUGUGAGCGCGCAUGACCUGCUGAACUGCAGGGCUGGAACCACCAUCAAGAUCCUCGCCACCAUCACUGGGCGCCCAGUGCCUAAAGUCACCUGGACUUUCGAAGGAACAGCUGAGACUGAGAAGAAAAAUGAACUUCACACACUUCCCAUUGACUCAGAGAUUCACUCCACCGACUCGACCUCCCUGGUCAUCAUUCCUGAGAGCAAAAUGAACCAUGGUGGCCGCUACAUCAUCAAUGCAGAGAGCCCCGCGGGACACAAAGUAGUCAAAGUGCGAGUCAACGUUCUCGACCUUCCAGGACCUCCUCGAGACCUGAAAGUGAGCGAUAUGACCAGAGGUACUUGCCGACUCACCUGGAAACCUCCAGAGAGUGAUGGAGGAGAGAGGGUGAAGAGCUACUUCAUUGAGAAGAAGACUGUGGUGGGCAAAGCCUGGACCAAGGUGAAUCCAUCCUGUGCUGCGCAGUCUCUGGUGGUUCCAGACUUGAUUGAAGGUGAAGAUUACCUGUUCCGCAUCCGUGCCGAGAAUCGAUUUGGUUUUGGGCCAUACGUGGAAACCACUGAGGGAACCGUAGCCAGAGAUCCCAUCCAUCCUCCAGAUCCUCCAACCAGGCUUAAGAUCGAGGGUGUGAGGAAGGGCACAGUGACCCUCACAUGGAAGGCUCCCAAAAAUGAUGGUGGAUCACCUGUCACUCACUAUAGUGUUGACCUGCUCUGCUGGGAUGUCAGCGGCACGCAGAAGGAGUCCUGGAGGAGGUCUAACAGGAGAGACAUUGAUAUCACAUGCUUUAAGGUGGAGGACCUGACUGAGGGAGAUGAGUAUGAGUUCAGAGUGGUUGCUUACAACCAGGCUGGACCCAGCCGACCAUCUUCCACUGCUGGGCCCAUUCUCGUUCAGGAGCAGACCUGCGCUCCUUCCAUUGAACUGAAGGAGUUCAUGGAAGCCGAGCAAGGCAGUGACGUCAGCAUUGUGGCCAGGAUACGUGGUUGCCCAUUCCCCACGCUCACUUGGUACAAGGCCCCACCCCACAAGUCCGACAAUAAGGUGGAGGUCUGCUACGAUGAGCACAUCAACAAGAUGGUGUCAGACGACAGCUGCACGCUAUUGAUCCAGCAGGGCAAACGUCCUGACACUGGCCUUUACACGCUUGUGGCCUCCAACAGCCUGGGCAAAGCAUCCAAGGAGAUGAGGCUCAAUGUGCUUGGUCGUCCUGGUCCUCCCUCUGCUCCCAUUAAGUUUGAGGAGAUCGGGGCCGAGAGGAUCACUCUCUCCUGGCUGCCACCAAAGGAUGACGGAGGCUCCAAAGUUACCAAUUAUGUCAUCUGGAGGCGAGUGGCUAACAGGAAGACCUGGGUCCCUGUAACCAGCGAACCCAAAGAACGCGUCUGGACAGUGGAAAACCUGAUGGAGGGCCAUGUGUAUGUUUUCCGCAUUAUGGCCCAGAACAAGUAUGGAGUCGGCGAACCGCUAGACAGUGAUCCGGAGGCGGCCAGAAACCUCUAUACUGUCCCUGGCCAAUGUGAGAAACCAACUGUGUCCAGCAUCACCCUGGACUCCAUGACUGUGAUUUGGGAGGAGCCAGAGGACGAUGGUGGCAGCCCAAUCACUGGUUACUGGUUGGAGCGCAAGGAGACCACAGGGAAACGCUGGGCACGUGUCACCCGUGACCCUAUCCGUCCCAUGGGCCUGGGUGAAUCACUUCCAGUAAGCGGCCUCAUUGAGGGUUCUGAGUAUCUUUUCAGAGUUACAGCCAUCAAUGCUGCGGGACCUGGACUCCCCAGUUCCCCGACUGAUCCCAUCUUUGCCAGAGACCCCAUCUCCCCACCCUCUCCUCCAACACCAAAGGUUUCUGAUUGGACAAAGUCCACCGUGGAUCUUCAGUGGAUCCCCCCAUUGAAGGAUGGUGGCUCCAAAAUUAUCGGUUACUGGGUGGAGUAUAAGGAGGAGGGCACUGAAGCCUGGGUCAAGGCCAAGGACACUGAAAUCCGUGGCACCCGCUUUGUGAUUGCUGGUCUUAAGACUGGCGGUCAGUACAGAAUAAGGGUCAUGGCUUUCAACCUUGCUGGUAUUAGUGAACCAGGCGAAGUCCCUGAGGUGUUGGAGCUCAACGACAGAAUCGUUGCCCCUGAGGUUGAUUUGGAUGCCUCAGUGAAGGAAAGGAUGGUGGUCCACGCCGGAGGGGUGAUCCGGAUCAUCUGUUAUGUGUCAGGUCAGCCAUCACCACAAGUCACCUGGAGCAGGGAUGCAGCGGCACUUCCCCCUGAGGCCAAGGUGGAGACAACAGCCAUCAGCUCAUCUUUGGUCAUCAAAGCAUGUACCAGAAGGCAUCUCGGCAUCUACACGCUGACUGCCAAGAAUGCUGCAGGCGAGAAGAAGAAAAAUGUCACCGUGGAAGUGUUGGAUGUUCCUGGGCCUGUUGGCAUCCCCAUGACUGCUGAGAACUUGAGCAAUGAUUGCUGUAAGAUCAACUGGUACUUUCCAGAGAACGACGGCGGUUCUCCCAUCAGCAACUAUGUGAUUGAGAAACGCGAAGCAGAGCGACAGGCUUGGACCUCGCUCUCAUUCACCGCCAGCAGACAAAACGCUGUAGCGACUGGCCUCACCUCGGGCAAGGCUUACUUCUUCAGAGUUGCCGCUGAGAACGCCAUUGGCAUUGGACCCUUCAUGGAGACAGCAGCUGAGCUCAUCAUCAAGGAACCGUUGAGUGUGCCCAACCGACCCGAGGAGCUUGAGGUGACCAAGGUCACCAAAGAUUUGAUCAACGUUACAUGGAAAGCACCCAAGUUUGACGGUGGCUCUGAGAUCAUAAUGUACAUCCUGGAGGCUCGGAUGAUUGGCAAAGACAAGUUCAAUCGAUUGACCAAGGAGAAGCUGAUGGAGAGGAAGUACACUUUUGACGGUCUAAGGGAGGGCGACACCUACGAGUUCCGGGUUAUUGCUGUUAACGAGGUCGGGCCAAGUAAACCGUCAUUCUGCUCCAAACCAGUCACCUGCAGGGAUGAACUUGAGCCGCCGACUAUUGAGCUGGACUUCCGCGACAAGCUCAUAGUCCGUGUCAAUGAGAGCUUCCUGCUGCAAGGUCGCUACACUGGCAAGCCUUCCCCGUCCAUUGUGUGGUACCAAGAUGACGAGGAGCUGAAGGCUGACAAGCACAUUAUGUUCAAGAACACGCUGACCACAAUGUCGCUAGGUGUGAUGAAGGCGCAGCGCCACCACAGUGGCCGAUAUGUGGUGGUGGUGGAGAACAGCACCGGGUCCAGGAAGGGAGUCUGCAAUGUCACAGUUGUCGACCGUCCAUCUCCUCCUGUGGGUCCGGUUGUCUUUGAGGAGGUGCACCGUGAGUACAUGGUGAUCUGUUGGAAACCUCCUCUGGACAGUGGCGGCGUUGAAAUCUCCAACUACAUCAUUGAGAAGAGAGACACCAAUAGAGACAUGUGGACCACUGUCACUUCAGCAAACACCAAGACCACAUGCAAGAUCCCCAAACUGACAGAGGGCAGGGAGUACAUCAUUCGGAUCUCCGCUGAGAACAUGUACGGUAUCAGCGAGCCACUGGACUCUGAGGAGAUGAGAGCCAAAGAUCUUUUCAGAGUUCCUGAAGCCCCUGAGAUGCCAACUGUCAGGGAGGUGUACGCUACCAACUUGCUGGUGCUCUGGAACCGGCCCCGUGAUGGAGGAAAACCCAUCACCAACUACAUCCUGGAGAAGAAAGAGCCUUCUGCCAAGAGGUGGUCAAGGGCCACAAGAGAACCCUUGUACCCUGCCACUCAGUAUAGAGUCCAGGACCUGGUGGAGGGCUGUGAAUAUGAGUUCCGUGUGAUGGCUGAAAAUGAGCUGGGAACCGGAGACCCGAGUGUCCCCUCAAAGCCCAUCCUUUCCAAAGAUCCCAUCGUGCGACCCAGUCCUCCAGUGACCCCUGAGGCCUACGACAAGACAAAAGACUCUGUCAGUCUCAAGUGGCAGAUGCCUCGCCAUGACGGAAAAGGACGGAUAUUCGGCUAUCUUGUGGAGUACCAGAAGCCGGGUUCGAUAGAGUGGAUUCCGGCUAAUGAGCGUCCAGAGCAGUGCCCUGACCUAUACUAUGUAGUGACAGGCCUAAGUGAUGGCCAAGAGUACGCUUUCAGGAUCUACACUGUUAACGCCGCAGGCAAAUCUGACCCAGCCUAUGUCAAACAGACCAUCAAGGUCCAUGACAGACUGGAGGUGCCAGAAUUACUGCUGGAUGCCAACAUGGCACGGGACCAUCUGGCCAUGCUGGGCACCGACAUCACCUUGAGUGCCACGAUCAAGGGUGUGCCCACACCCACCGUCAGCUGGAAGAAAAAUUAUGGCGAAAUGCCAGCUCACAUCACUGUCGCUGUUACGUCCACUGGCAGCAAAGUCUUAAUCCCCAAGUGUGUCCGUCCUGACUCUGGCAAUUACACUCUCACAGUGGAAAAUGCUGCUGGGAAGAAAACGGCCACAGUUGCCGUUCUGGUUCUGAACAAACCAACACCUCCGCGAGACUUGGUGGUCUCUGAGGUAACCAGCGAGUCUGCCUACCUAACGUGGAAAGCCCCGGAGGACAAUGGUGGCGCCGUUAUCUCCCAUUAUGUUGUGGAGAAGAAGGAUGUGGCUGCUGAGCAGUGGGUCCCCGUCUCUGCAGCCAAUAAGAAGCGGAGUUUGAUGGCCAUGUAUCUGAUGGAAGGAAUCCAGUACCUGUUCAGAGUGGCCGCAGAAAACCAGUUUGGCAGGAGUGACUACGUUAUAACAAAGACGCCCAUCAAGGCUGUUGAUCCUCUCUAUCCACCUGGCCCCCCAAAAAAUCUACACCACAAUGAUGCAGACAAGACAGAGGUGUGGUUAGAGUGGGAGUGGCCUGAUCGUACCGGUGGAAGUGAAAUCACCGGCUUCAUUAUUGAGUACCAGGAAGAGAAUCAGGUGGACUGGGUUCCCUUUAAGACUGUCAGCAGUAACCAUGCACAUGUCAAUGGUCUGGAGGAAGGCAAGACCUACCGCUUCCGAGCAAUGGCUCAGAAUGCUAUUGGUGUGAGUCGUCCUGACACCAGCGUCCCUGUUACCUGUCAGGAAAAGACAUUGCCACCCACUAUUGAAGUUGAUGUGAAGCUUAUUGAGGGUAUUGCCGUCAAGGCAUGUAGCACGAUUGUCCUGCCUGCCAAGAUGAAGGGGAUCCCUAUCCCCACUGCCAAGUGGAUGACAGAUGGCAAGGAAAUUGCAUCAGAAGGUCACUAUAACAUUGAAUCAACAGGAGCCACCACUACCCUCACCAUACCAGAGUGCAAGAGAGAAGACACUGGGGAGUACAUCCUCACUGUGUACAACCCUGUAGGCAGCAAGACUGUCGCUCUACAUGUCACUGUGCUCGAUCUUCCGGGUGCACCCAUUGGACCCAUCAACAUCUUAGAAGUAACCCCUGAUCAUAUGAUGAUACAAUGGAGGCCACCCAAGGACGACGGUGGUACACCCAUCACAAACUAUGUGGUUGAAAAGAAGGAUGUGAAGAAGCCAUGGGAGCCAUGGUCUGUUGUGAGCUCCAGCGGUAUCAGCACCAAAGCCAAGGUGUCACGCCUGGAGAAGGGUCGUGAGUACAUUGUACGUAUUCGCGCAGAGAACAAGAUAGGAAUUGGUGCUGGGCUUGAGAGUCCUCCAACUAUUGCCAAGAACAUGUUCAACCCUCCCGGUCCACCAGGCCUCCCAGUGUGCUCUGAUAUUACAGAGAAUGCUGUGACAGUGGAAUGGUCCCUGCCUGACUACGAUGGAGGUAGUCCUAUCAGUGGCUAUGUGAUUGAACGCCGAGAGAUGACAGGGAAGUGGAUCCGUGUCAACAAAACCCCCGUGUUGGACCUCAGAUACAGAGUUUCGGGUCUAUUUGAAGGCAACAGCUAUGAGUUCAGAGUGUUUGCUGAGAACAUCGCUGGUGUUAGCGAACCAUCCCUCACCUCUGAUCCAAUCAAAGCCACCCGGCCCAUCACCAAGCCAGGACCUCCUGGAAAUCCUAAACUAAAGGACUGGAGCAAGUCUUAUGCGGAUAUCUGCUGGGUCAAACCGACAAGAGAUGGUGGCAGUCCUAUCCUGGGCUAUGUAGUAGAGAUUCAAAAGUCAGGAUCCGCUCAGUGGGACAGGAUCAACAAGCAAGUCAUCAACAUGUGUGCCUACAGAGUACAAGGUCUCAUAGAAGGUAUGGAAUACAGGGUCCGUAUCAGAGCCACAAACAAGGUUGGAGAGAGUGAACCCAGGGAGCUGAGCGAGAUCAUCUUGGCAAAGGAUAUUCUCGUUCCUCCAGUGGUUGUUGUUGAUGUAUCAUGCCGCGACUCUCUGACUGUAAGGGUAGGCCAGAUAAUCAGUUUGAUCACCAGAGUUAAGGGCAGACCUGACCCAGAGAUCACAUGGACCAAGGAUGCCAGAGCCUUGUCUCGAGACAAGCGCACUCACCUGAAUAACCACUAUCCUCUGUGUGAAUUGGUCAUCAAUGAUGCAGUCAGGUCCGACUAUGGCAAAUACUCAAUUGUUGCUAAGAACAGCAGUGGACAGUCACAAGCCACUAUUAUUGUCAAUGUCUUGGACACACCCGGAGCUUGCCAGAAUAUAAAGGUGGCUUACGUGACCAGGAACUCUUGCAUGGUGUCUUGGGAGAACCCAGAGGACAAUGGAGGCACAGAGAUCACCCAGUACAUUAUUGAGUGUCGUCAACCAAGCCAGAGAGGAUGGACAGUGGUUUCCAAUGACUGUACAAAGCGACUGAUGAAGGCCCCUCUCUUGGAGGGUUGUGAGUACUUUUUCCGAGUUAGUGCUGAAAACAAGAUCGGUGUUGGACCGCCAAUCGAGACCAAGACAGCGGUGCUGGCAGUUGACCCCAUCGAGAAACCUGGUGAACCAAUCGACUUCCAUAUAUCGGAGAUUGGCAAGACCUUCUGCUUCCUCAAGUGGAAGAAGCCUGACUACGAUGGAGGCAGUCGUAACCUGGGUUACCACGUGGAGAAGAAGCCAAAAGAGGCUGAGGAGUGGGAGAGACUUCAUAAGGGUGCAAUCAAAGAGACUUACUUUAUGGCUGACAGGUGCAUUGAAAACCAGGUCUACCAGUUCAGAGUUCAGACAAAAAAUGACGGUGGUGAAAGCAAAUGGGUGACCACAGCUGAAGUCCUGGUUAAGGAGCAGCUUGUAGAACCAGAGAUCAAGAUAAAACUGGAUGGAACCCUUGUGGUAAAGGCAGGGGACUCAAUUCCCAUUGAGGCAAUGGUCAAGGGCAAACCCCAGCCUGAUGUUAAAUGGACUAAAGAUGAUAGUAUUGAAGAGAUCAAAAAGAGUCCCAGGCUUCAGAUCGAAACCGGUGCUGACUUCUCAAAGCUACUUCUGACUUCUGCUGGGCGUACGGACAGUGGCAAAUAUGUUGUCAGUGCCUCCAACAGUGCAGGAACAUGCUCCGCACAUGCCAAGGUCAAUGUAUUAGACAGACCUGGCCCGGUUAGUAAUCUCACGGUGUCUGGCGUCACUAUAGACAGGUGCCAUUUGGCCUGGAAAAUCCCAGAGGACGAUGGAGGCUGUGAGAUCUACAACUACAUCAUCGAGAAAUGUGACACCAAGAGGGGUGUGUGGGCUGUCCAUUCAAAUGCCGUCAUCACCAACAAGGCCAUUGUGACUCGUCUUAUUGAGGGAAAUGAAUAUAUCUUCAGAGUUCGUGCAGAGAAUAAGAUGGGUCCUGGCCCUGCAGUGGAGAGUGAGGCCAUUGUAGCUGGCACAAAGUUUAAUGUCCCAGGAGCACCUGAAGCACCAGAGGUCACUAAAACCUCAAAAGAGGAGAUGACUGUGCAGUGGUCAGAGCCUGACACAGAUGGUGGAAAACCAAUCACUGGCUACCUUUUGGAAAAGAAGGAGGAGCAUGCUGUAAGGUGGUCCACCAUUAACAAAGAGGCAAUGCCAACAACUCACUUCAAUGUAACAGGAUUGCUAUCACUGCAUGAAUACCAGUACAGAGUGAAAGCUGUCAAUGAAAUUGGUGUCGGCAGUGCAAGCAAACCCUCGCGUGCGUUCACAGCGAAGGAUGCAAUUGAGCCUCCUGCACCACCCACCAACAUGAAGGUCCUGGACAGCACCAAGUCCACUGUAACUCUAGGCUGGACGAAGCCUGUAUCUGAUGGCGGAGCACCCAUCAUCGGCUAUGUUGUUGAGAUGAGGGUGAAGGGAAGUGCCAAGAAAGGAGAUGAUAGUUGGAAACGCUGCAACGUGGCUGCUCAGCUUGUCUUUUGUGAGUUCACCGUCACAAGUCUGGAUGAGAUACUUAUGUAUGACUUCAGAGUGUCAGCUCAGAACCAGGUGGGCAUGAGCCUGCCCUGUAACCUGGAGACAGCUGUGAAUCCCAAGGAGAUACUUGAGGCACCAGAGAUUGACUUGGAUGCCAACUUGAAACAGGGACUAACAGUGAGAGCUGGUUGUCCCAUCAGACUGUGUGCUACCAUAAGAGGUAGACCACCUCCAAAAGUCAUUUGGAGAAGGAUGGGCAUUGAUAAUGUAGUCAGGAAGGGUCAUGUCGACAUCAUCGACACCAUGACCUUCUUGGUCAUUCCUGACAGCACCCGCAAUGACUCUGGCAAAUACUGCCUGACUGUUCAGAGUCCUGCUGGAGAAAAGGCUGUGUUUGUCAACGUUAAGGUCCUCGAUACCCCAGGACCUGUGAUGAAUCUAGAAGCCACUGACAUCAAACAGACAUCAGCAAUGCUGUCUUGGAGCCCUCCAGAGGUUGAUGGUGGCAGUGCGAUCACUAACUAUAUCAUUGAAAAGCGUGAAAUUGAUCGCAAGACGUGGGCAACAGUCAAGGCAGAAGUUGAGAAAGAUAAGAUACCCUUCAAGGUCAGCGGUCUCAUGCCAGGCACAGAGUACUACUUCAGAGUGACUGCUGUCAAUGAGUAUGGCUCAGGAGUUCCCAGGGUGUCCCCCACUUCGUACCUAGCCUCUGAUCCUGUCAGCAAACCUGAUCCUUGCGAGAAGAUGGAAAUUCUGGAGAUCACAAAGAACAGUGCCACAGUUGGUUGGGUGAAACCUGCGAGGGAUGGCGGGGCCAAAAUUGAUGGUUAUGUGAUUGAGUACAUUGAGGUUAAACCUCCUCCACAACCUCCAGCACCGGUGGAGAUCCCAGAUGAAGGGAAAGCUGCUCCACCAAUUCCAUCACCUCCAGUAGUGCAGGAGGAGGCUGAGGAGCCUAAGGAGGUGUGGAAUGCCUACACCACCAUUAAGGGCUUGAGCAUCAGCAUCAGUGGCCUGAAAGAGGGCAAGAGGUACAGGUUCAGAGUGGCUGCCAAGAACAUCAUGGGUUUGAGCUUGUUCACAGAGACCAGGGAGCUGAUCGAGAUCAAGGAACAGAUGUUGGAGCCAAAGAUUGUAAUGCCAGACAUGGUCAGUGAAAGAGCUGGAGCCAAACUCAGGGUAGAGGCUGUCAUUUGUGGAAAACCUUCUCCAACCUGCAAGUGGAUGUCUGGCGAUGUACCACUGGUUUCUUCAAGCCGUCUAGCGGUGCACCAGUCUGGCAAUUUGUGUGUCUUGAUCAUAAAGGAUGUCUCAAGGACAGACAGUGGCGACUACAGCCUUGUGGCUGAAAACAGCUCUGCAAAGGUGGUCCAAGCUCUGAAGAUCAUCAUCAAAGAUAUUCCCGGACCUCCUGGCAGUCCUGUGGAGAUCAGUGACAUUGACUCAGAUGCCUGCUCUCUGUCCUGGAGCCAACCACUGGAGGACGGAGGCAGCAAAAUCAAAAAUUACAUUGUGGAGAAAUGCGAUGUCAGUAGAGGUGACUGGGUGAACGCUGUUUCCUCCUGCCAGAAGACAAGCUGCAGGCUGGGCAAACUCAUUCCCGGGAAGGAGUAUGUGUUCCGCAUCCGUGCUGAGAACCGCUACGGCGUGUCGGACCCCAUCCAGUCUGACAGGAUGAUUGCCAAGUUCCCCUUUGAUGUUCCCAGUGAACCUCUUAAUUGUCAUAUCAACAAGACCAACAAGGACUGCAUGUUUGUGGCAUGGGACAAGCCAGAGAGCGACGGUGGCAGCCCCAUCACAGGUUACUACAUCGAACGCAAAGAAAGAAAUAGCCUACUUUGGGUGAAGGCCAACGACACUGUUGUACGCACCACCGAGUACCCCUGUGCCGGCCUGAUUGAGGGUCUGGAGUACACCUUUAGAGUGUCUGCCAUUAACCGGGCUGGGCAGGGCAAGCCGAGCAAGAAGACUGACUUUGUAACUGCGAGAACACCCAUUGAUACACCUGGGAAACCAGAAGUCCUGGAUAUGACCAGGAACUCCGUAACUCUUGUUUGGGCCCGGCCCAAGAACGAUGGUGGCAGCAAGAUCAUCGGCUACUAUGUAGAGGCUAUGCGGGUGCCCGGAGACAUAUGGGUGCGCUGUAACACUGUUUGCCAGAAUGUCCCAAGGGAAGAGUACACUGUGACUGGCCUGGAGCGAGACCUGAAGUACCAGUUCAGAGUCAUUGCCAAAACAGCUGUCAACAUUAGCAAACCCUCAGAGCCCACAGACCCAAUCUUGGUCUGUGCUGAGAACGUGCCUCCAAUGGUAGAACUUAAUGCCAGGAUGCAGAAGGGUUUAAAGGUAAAGGCCGGAACACCAAUUCUCCUAGAGGCUGAGGUGUUUGGAAAACCAAUGCCGAGAGUCACGUGGAAGAGAGGUGAUGAGAGCCUGAGGUCAAGUGAAGGCCAGGUCAUCACCCAACAGAGACACCAGUUCCAACUGGAGAUGACCCCAGUCACCAAGGAGCACACUGGAGUCUACACCAUCCUUGCAGAAAAUGCCAGUGGCUCCAAGACCGCUGUCAUUCAUGUCACCAUUUUGGAUGUGCCUGGACCACCUGCCAGUUCCAAAUAUGUUGAAGUGUUUGCCAACAAAAUGAAGUUGUCCUGGAAGCCACCACUGAAGGAUGGUGGCGCCCCCAUUACUAACUAUAUUUUGGACAAGCGUGAGACCAGCCGGGCCAACUGGGCUCAGGUCUCCUCAAAGAUCAAAGGUGAAAAUCUUGAAUUCAACGUGGAGAAGCUGAUUGAGGGUCAUGAAUACCAGUUCCGUAUCCGUGCUGAGAACACGUGGGGAGUCGGAGACAGUCUCAUUACUGCCCCUGUCAUCGCCAAGAACCCAUUCACUUUCCCUGGGCCGUGUGAGGCCCCAGUGAUCACCAAUGUCACCAAGGAUGCUAUGACAGUGAGCUGGAAGGAGCCUACUGACGAUGGAAAGUCAAUCAUUCUGGGUUACAUGUUGGAGAAGAAGGAAACUAUGGAGAUGAACUGGACCAAGAUGAACAGAAAGCCCUUAAUGGAAAGGACUUUUAAUGUCUUGGGCCUUACUGAGGGAGUCGAAUAUGAAUUCAGAGUGAUUGCUGUUAAUGUGGCCGGACUUGGAAAACCCAGCGAGCCUUCUGAUGCCACCACUGCACAAAAUCCCAUCACUCCUCCUGGCCCGGUGCUGAACCCGUGUGUGACAGACACCACCAACAGCACCCUCAGCCUCAGCUGGAAUGCCCCGGCCAACAAUGGUGGAAGCCCAAUCUUAGGAUACCUGUUGGAGUGCAGGAGGACAGACACAGCAGACUGGAUCCGCUGCAAUGUUCCGAGAAACUUGCAGGAUACCAGCUACACCAUACAAAACCUCAUACACAAGGCUGAGUACCAGUGCCGUGUCACCGCUGUCAACAAGGUUGGCUUCAGUGAACCAGUUGAAGUGCCUGGCAAGCACAUUGCAAAGGACAUCUUAGUACCUCCAGAGGCGGAGCUGAGUGCUCUGUUGAAGGAGGGCCUGGAGCUGCGAGCUGGUGCCACCAUGAAGCUUCAUGCCACAAUCAAGGGUAAACCCCCGCCCAAGAUAACCUGGGCAAAGAUGAACACCAACAUCAAGGACCGCCAAGGCAUCGUCAUUAAGUCGACAAAAACCGACACCACUGUGAUCGGGGAGAAUGUCAACAGAUACGAUGCAGGCAAAUACAUUCUCAACCUAGAGAGUGUGGCUGGCAUAAAGAUGUACACCAUCAUCGUCAAGGUCCUUGACACUCCUGGGCCACCAAUUAACCUGGUGGUUAAAGAGACCACGAAGGACAGCACCUCCAUCUACUGGGAUGCUCCUCACCUGGACGGUGGCUAUGAAGUCACCCACUAUGUUGUGGAGAAGCGUGACACUGAGAGGAAGGCCUGGUCUACAGUCUCUAACAAUUGUACCAAGACGUCUUUGAAGGUGUUAGACCUGAAUGCUGGACGUUCCUACUGCUUUAGAGUGUCAGCCGUCAAUCAGCUCGGCGCUGGAGAGUGCUGCGAGACCUCUGACUCAGUCAGAGCAUCUGAGGAGCCCGGUCCUGUAAUGGACUUUAAAACUUUGCUGGUUACCAAGGACUCUUGCACUCUCAGCUGGAAGAAACCUCUAACUGAUGGUGGCAGCCGCAUUAUCUGCUAUGUACUCGAGGUCCUGAAUGGCAACGACAAGUGCAAGGAGUUAAUGAGGUCGAAGAACAUGCAGUACAGCGCUAAAGAUCUGGUAGAGGGCAGAGAGUACAAAUACAGUGUUAAAGCUGUGAAUGACACUGGGGAAGGUGCUGCCAAGGAGCUGAUAGUAGUUGCCAAGGACCAACUGAUUCAUCCCACCUGUGACUUGAGGGAGCUUCCCGACAUGUGUUACAUUGCCAAAGAGGGCAGUACGGUGCGUCUGAAAAUUCCAAUCAUCGGAAAACCAACGCCCAAGGUGUCCUGGAAGAAGGGGGAGGACGAAGACUUGACAGACACUGGACGUGUUUGUGCAGAAUGCUCUGCAGUCAACACCACUCUUCUGAUCAGGGAUUGCCAGAGAAGUGAUGCCUCCAAGUAUACCAUCACCCUGAGGAAUAGUGCUGGCACCAAAGAGUCCACCAUUUUCAUCAGGGUGGUGGGUAAGCCUGGCAUCCCUGUAGGACCUAUCAAGUUCAAGGAUGUAACUGCAGAUGGUGCCACACUAAAGUGGGCAGCACCAAAAGACGACGGUGGCUCAGACAUCACAAACUACCUUCUAGAGAAGAGGGACUCUAUCACCAACAUGUGGGUGACUGUCUCUUCUACGGUGGACAGAAACACCAUGAGGGUAACUGGUCUCCACGAGGGCACGGAAUAUAUUUUUAGGGUCUGUGCUGAGAACAAGUAUGGUGUUGGAGAGGGACUCAAGUCGGAGCCUGUCAUUGCAAAACAUCCAUUCAACGUUCCCGACGCUCCUCCUCCACCUCAGGUCAUGAGCAUGCGCCAUGACUCUGCUUACCUUGCUUGGUCAGAUCCCAGGAAGACCGGAGGGUCUCCCAUCACAGGGUAUCACGUUGAGUUCAAGGAGAGGAAUAGUAUGUUGUGGAAGAGGUCAAGCCCAACCCCCUUGAGAAUGAAAGAACACAAGGUGACAGGGCUGACUGAAGGCCUUGACUACGAGUUCAGGGUAAUGGCGAUUAACUUGGCUGGUAUUGGUAGACCAAGUCUUCCCACUGAUCCACAAGUUGCCCUUGAUCCAAUUGAUGCUCCAGGCAAACCGGAUGUAAUUAGCAUCACCAGAAGCACCGUGACUCUCCAGUGGGCUGAGCCACAGUUUGACGGUGGGCACAGGCUGACUGGCUACAUAGUUGAGAGACGUGAUCUUCCCUCUAAGAUCUGGGUGAAGACCAACAGUGUGAAUGUUGUGGAACCCGCAUACACUGUAACUGAUCUCCAGGAGGGCUGCAAAUAUGAGUUCAGAAUACGGGCGAAGAAUGCAGCCGGUGCCCUUAGUCCACCGUCUGACCAGACAGAUACUAUUAUCUGUGUGGAUGAAUAUGCUUCACCAACCAUUAUCAUCGAUGCUCAGGUGAUGGAGGCCGGUGUGACCGUCAGAGCUGGGGAAACUAUAGUGGUGACUGCCACAAGUAUUCUUGGCAAGCCUGCCCCAACCUCUUACUGGUCUAAGGGAGGAAAGUACUUGAAGUCCUCAGAUAUAGUUAAUAUUGAGACCACUUCAACAUCCUCUACUCUGUCAAUAAAAUACGCGACCAGGAAGGACUCUGGGGAUUACAUUAUCACAGCAAGCAACCCCUUCGGCGUGAAGGAGGAAUUAGUUAAGGUGAAGGUUCUGGAUGUUCCUGCAGCUCCUGGUCCCAUUGCAUGCAGCAGUGUCUCAUCCGAGAAGGUCACCUUGACCUGGACAGCUUCUCCAGCGGAUGGAGGGUCUCCUAUCAAGUACUACACCCUAGAGAAGAGAGAGACCAGUCGCCUUCUCUGGACAAUUCUGGAAGAGAAGGUCUUCAACUGUCAUUAUGUGGCCUCCAAACUCAUCCAGGACAACGAGUAUAUCUUUAGAGUCUCUGCUGUGAACCAGUAUGGCAGCAGUGAGCCGGCUCACUCUCCACCUGUCAAAAUGGUUGAUAGAUUUGGUCCUCCUGGUCCACCAUCAAAACCAGAAGUUGAAAAAGUGGAUGGGCAGUCAGCUACAGUAAUGUGGAGAAGACCAACUGAAGAUGGUGGAAGUGAUAUCAUUGGUUACUGUGUUGAGAAGAAGGAAAAAAAGGCCAUGAGAUGGAUCAGGGCCUCCAAGAAAUCCAUUGCAGAGCUCAGCUAUGAAGUCACUGGACUGACUGAAGGCUUACAAUAUGAGUUCCGUAUUCUUGCUGAGAACAGAGCUGGCUUUGGAGACCCAAGUGAACCGUCUAUGCCAGUCAUAACAGUCAUUGCUACCUAUGUUCCUGGACCUCCUGUAAAUCCAAGGGUUACAGACACUACCAAGACAACUGCCACUCUUAACUGGGGGAAACCACUAGAUAAUGGUGGGCUUGAUGUCGCUGGUUAUGUGAUUGAGCACAGAAAAGAAGGAACAGAGGAGUGGCUUAAGGACACGUCAUCUCCGCUGAGAAUCACAGAGUUUGUCGUUUCUGGGCUGGAAAACAUGGGCAUAUACCACUUCAGAAUUAGUGCCGUAAAUGCCAAGGGCACAGGUGAACCUGCUGAAACUGAGGAACUGGUUGAGAUAGUGGAGCGUGCAGCUGAGCCUGAUUUAGAAUUGGAUGUCGAGUUGAGGAGAACUCUUGUUGUCAGGGCUGGUUGUUCCAUUCGCCUUUUUGUACCCAUCAAAGGACGCCCUACACCUACAGUCACCUGGACCAAGGAGGGUGGUCCUGUGCCUCGUGCCGUCAUUGACAGUACAGAGUCAUUUACAAUGUUGAUCAUUCCCGAAAGUGCAAGGAUUGAUGCAGGUAAAUAUGCGCUUACCCUUGAAAACACAGCGGGAAAGAAGACUGCCAGUAUUCAUGUGAAAGUUCUGGAUUCACCCGGGCCUCCUCUCAACCUGAAACCAGUCCAAAUAGAUAAAGAAUCAAUUGUCCUUCAGUGGGAGAUGCCUCUCAUUGAUGGUGGUGCCAAGAUCACAAAUUACAUUAUUGAGAAGAGAGAAUCAACACGCAAGGCUUUUGCCACCAUUGUUACAAACUGUCCAACAACUUCAGUCAAGAUCAAUGACCUGGGCGAAGGCUGCGAGUACUACUUCAGAGUGUCCGCUGAGAAUGAGUUUGGUGUUGGUGAAGCAGUUGAAACUCCUGAUCCUAUUCGUGCCUCCCAGGCACCAAGUCCCCCAGAAAGCAUAAUCGCGACUGACAUUACCAAGAACUCUGUGAGCCUGGCUUGGACCAAACCCAAGCAUGAUGGCGGAAGCAGGCUGACGGGAUAUGUCCUUGAAGCCCAGAAGAGAGGAAAUGAUCAGUGGGCCCAUGUAACAACUCUCAAGAAUAUGGACUUCACUGUGAAGAAUCUCAAUGAGAAUGAAGAAUACAUAUUCCAUGUGAUGGCAGUUAACUACUCGGGAAGAAGUGUUCCACGCGAGAGCAAGCCCAUCGUUGUCAAGGAUUCAACCUCUCUGCCUGAGUUUGAUCUGCGUGGCAUAUGUCAGUCGACUGUUAUUGCUAAAGCUGGAGACGACAUCAAGGUUGAAAUUCCUGUAAUGGGGCGCCCCAGGCCAGUGGUCACCUGGCAGAAGGAUGGAACUGCCUUGAAGCUCACCCAGAGGACUAACGUGGAGAGGACUCCUGUGACUGUUAUCCUCACCAUCAAUGAAUGCACCAGAGCAGACAGUGGCUUGUACACCAUAACAGGAAAGAACAUUGUUGGUUCUGUGGUCGACAACAUCAUUGUCAAAGUGCAUGAUGUUCCGGGGCCACCCAAGGGGCCGAUUACAAUUACUGAAAUCUCUCGUACCUACUGUAUUUUUGCAUGGGACACGCCAGAGAAUGACGGGGGUGUUCCAAUUAACAACUAUGUGGUUGAGAUCAGAGACACCACCACCCAGACUUGGACAGAACUAACUUCCACGGCCAUUUGUACCAUGUUUAAAGCCACGCGUUUAACGACUGGUUCAGAGUACCAGUUCAGAGUUAAGGCAAAGAACCGAUAUGGUGUAGGACCUUCCAUAACCUCAGAGUCAGUAGUGGCUGCCUAUCCAUUCAAAGUUCCCGGACCACCUGGUACACCCCAUGUGGUGGCAUUCACCAAGGACUCCAUAACAAUUGGUUGGAAUGAACCUGUGUCUGAUGGUGGGAAUGAAGUCAUUGGAUACCAUGUUGAAAGAAAAGAACGAAGCAGCAUCAUGUGGCAAAAAAUCAGCAAGGGUCUUGUGAAAGGAAACGUACUGAAAUCUACCGGGCUUGAAGAUGGAGCUGCCUAUGAGUUCCGCGUUAUGGCAGAAAACAUGGCUGGAAUUGGCAAGCCCAGCAAAGCUUCCGAAGCAAUAAUGGCCUUGGACCCAGUGGAUCCCCCAGGUCAGCCUGUGCCUAAUUUUACGACUAAAAAUGCUAUCACCAUUAUGUGGACCAAACCAGAGUAUGAUGGAGGAUUUAAAAUUACUGGCUACACCGUGGAGAAGAGGGAACUUCCCACCGGUCGCUGGAUCAGAGCUAACUUCACUAACAUAAUAGAGACAACAUUCACCGUCAGUGGAUUGACUCAAGAUGCCUCUUAUGAGUUCCGUGUCAUGGCGAGAAACUCAGCAGGAGCAGUGAGUGCACCAUCUGACCCCUCGGACCCCAUUACAUGCAAGGAUAAUAUCAUUGAGCCACGCAUCAUGGUGGACGCCAUCUUUAAGGAUGUCCUUCUGCUGAAGGCAGGGGAGUCCUUCAAGCUUAACGCUGAUAUUGCUGGUCAACCAACCCCGUCCAUGGUUUGGACCAAGAAUGAAAAAGAGGUUGAGAACACAUUGAAACUGGACAUUAAGUUCACUGAACUGACAACAACACUGAGCAACAAAGACUCCAUCAGAUCAGACGGAGGAGAAUUUGUUUUGACUUCCACUAAUGUUGGUGGCUUUUCCAAGCACAUCUUUAGAGUGAAAGUACUGGACAGACCUGGCCCACCAGUUGGCCCUCUCACGGUGUCAAAUGUCACAGCUGACAAUUGUUUACUGAGAUGGGUUCCGCCGCUAGAUGAUGGCGGUGCCAAAAUUGAAGGGUACAUUGUUGAGAAGCGGGAAUCAAGCAGACUUGUUUGGACCAAUGUGGCUUCAGACCUGCAGGUUACUGAAUAUAAGGUGACGAAGCUUCUGAAAGGAAAUGAGUACAUCUUCAGAGUUAUGGCGGUGAAUAAAUAUGGCAACGGCGAGCCUCUUGAUUCUGAGCCCAUUGUUGCCAACAAUCCAUACAACGUUCCCGAUGUGCCUGAGAAUCCUGAGGUCACCGCUAUCAGCAAAGAUUCUAUGGUCAUUAUGUGGCAGGUGCCAAAGAGCGAUGGUGGAACACCAAUCACAAACUACAACAUUGAAAGGAAAGACAGGGUAGGCCUCCGCUGGGUCAAGUGCAACAAGAGGAAGGUCAGAGAUCUGCAAUUCAAGGCAACAGGUCUUGUUGUUGGACAUGAAUAUGAAUUUAGGAUCAUUGCAGAGAAUGCUGCCGGUCUCAGUGCACCAAGCCUCUCCAGUCCCUUCUACAAGGCCAGUGACGCGUUGUACAAACCAGGGCCUCCGUGCAACCCCAGAAUCCUGGACACGACCAAGUCAUCUAUUACUGUAGCCUGGAACAAACCAGCCUAUGACGGUGGCUCUGACAUCACUGGUUACAUUAUUGAAAACUGCAUUCCAUCUGACAAGGAAGAGGAGGAGUGGACAAUUGUGACCCCCAAGGAACUACUUGCCACUUCAUUCACCAUUAUCAAUCUGACGGAGGGUCAGGAGUAUAAAAUCAACAUCUCUGCUGUUAAUGGCGAAGGAAUUGGCGAACCUGCAUCUGUACCUGGCAACCCCAAGGCUGAAGACAGACUCUUCCCCCCGGAGCUUGAUGUGGAUGCAGAGCUCUGCAAGGUGGUCACCCUCCGAGCUUGCUGCACACUUAGACUGUUUAUUCCCUUCAGAGGCAGACCUACUCCUCAAGUUAAGUGGACCAAAGAGGACGUUGAACCUGUUGAGAGGGCCACUAUUGACACCACAACAUCAUACACAUCACUUGUCAUUGGAAAUGUCAACAGAUUUGACACUGGAAAGUAUAACCUCACAGUUGAGAACAGCUCUGGCUCUAAGACAGUCACAGUCCAAGUCAGGGUACUCGAUACGCCAAGUGCUCCACAGAAGCUGAAAAUUACUAAUGUAACAAAUCAAUCUGUCAGUCUAACUUGGGAUCCACCAGCAAACAAUGGGGGAGUUAAGAUUAAGAACUACAUUGUUGAAAAGCGCGAGUCCACAAGAAAGGCUUAUGCCACAGUCAGCGCCACGUGCCAUCACACCACCUUUACUGUUGAGCAGCUCCUAGAAGGAUGCAACUAUUACUUUAGAGUUUUGGCAGAGAACGAAUAUGGCAUUGGUCUGCCCAUUGAGACCAGUGAAUCAGUUAAGGUGUCUGAGAAACCUCAACCUCCUGGCAAAAUCAGUCUGAAGGACGUUACUAAGAAUAGUGUCACACUAUCGUGGGAAAAGCCAGAGCAUGAUGGUGGAAGCAGAGUUGGCUGUUAUGUUGUAGAGGUCCAACCUAAAGGUGUAGAUAAGUGGACACAGGCUCUGAUCGUGAAAGAAACAGAAGCUACCGUUGGUGGCCUGAACGCUGGUGAUGAAUAUAUGUUCCGUGUCGCAGCAAGAAAUGAGAAGGGAACAAGUGACCCUCGUCAAAUUGGCGUGCCUGUCAUUGUGAAAGAUCUUGUUCUUUCACCAGUUGUCAAAAUGUUGUUCAACACAUUUAGUGUGUUGGCAGGUAAAGACCUGACAGUCGAGGUUCCGUAUGUCGCCCGUCCCAAAGCAGCCGUCUCCUGGCUCAAAGAUGGGCAGCCACUUAAGAGAACAACCAGAGUAAACUUUGGUGCAACACAAACAGUGUUGAACCUCAGCAUAAAAGAGGCUUCCAAAGAUGAUUUUGGACAAUAUCGCGUUACAGUUAGCAACACAGCAGGAGAGGCAACAGCAGACAUCAGCAUUGUUGUGCUGGACAAACCCGGUCAGCCAGGUGGUCCAGUUAAGGUUGAGGAGGUCACUUCUGACAGCGUGACCAUUUCCUGGAGCCCACCAGAGUACGACGGCGGGUGCACAAUCAAAAACUACAUUGUGGAAAAGAGAGACACGUCCACAACUAAUUGGAUGGUUGUGUCUCCAAACCUUGCAAGGACAAAAGUUAAAGCAGGCCGAUUGAAAACUGGCUCAGAAUAUCAGUUUCGAAUCACAGCAGAAAACAGAUAUGGGAAAGGUCCAGUUCUUCAGUCAGAGUCUAUUGUAGCUCAAUAUCCAUACAAGCUUCCAGGACCACCAGGAACACCCUCCAUUGCAACGUGCACAAAGGACAGCAUGGUGGUGGCAUGGAAUGAGCCUGUAAAUGAUGGAGGUAGCGCUAUCGUAGGCUAUCAUCUGGAGCGCAAGGAAAGAACCAGUAUCCUCUGGGUCAAACUGAACAAAUCGCUUAUUACAGACCAAACCUUCAAGACCACAGGGCUAGAACCAGGAAUGGAAUACGAGUACAGAAUUUAUGCUGAAAACAUUGUGGGCAUAGGCAAAGUCAGCAAAGUGUCAGAAGGUCACGUCGCCAGAGAUCCUUGUGACCCUCCAGGUACACCAGAGGCAACCAGGAUUACGAGGGAUUCAGUUCACAUCGCUUGGACAAAGCCCGAGUAUGAUGGCGGUGCCAAGAUUACAGGCUACAUGGUGGAAAAGAAGGAGCUUCCUGAAGGUCGCUGGUUGAAGGCUAACUUCAGUAAUGUCAUAGAGACAGAAUAUGCUGCAACUGGACUCGUGCAGGAUAAGCAGUACGAGUUCCGUGUUACUGCUAGAAAUGCCGCUGGCGUUUUUAGUCUCCCCUCUUACAGCACCGGCCCCAUUACUGCCAGGGAUGAGAUUGAGCCCCCUCGUAUCAGUAUUGACCCCAAGUACACACAGACCAUUAUGGUAAAAGCGGGAGAUAAUUUUAAGAUUGACGCAGAUGUCCACGGCAAACCAUUGCCCUCUAUCACCUGGUUGAAAGGAGAGCAGGAAAUGCGAAACACAAUACACAGAGAGAUUAAGAACACAGAAACCCAUGCCUGUGCCACUAUAAAGGAAGCUAAACUUUCCGAUGGAGGCGCAUAUACUCUGCUGCUGAAAAAUCCAGGAGGAGAAAAGGCUGUACAAGUGAAUGUGGUCAUUUUGGAUAAACCGGGAGAACCACAAGGACCGCUGAAUGUAACAGGUAUAACAAAAGACCAAUGCUGUCUUGCAUGGAGAGCACCGCGACAAGAUGGCGGUAGCAAAAUAUCUCAUUAUGUCGUGGAAAGGAGAGAAACCAGUAGAUUAAUCUGGACUGUUGUGGAUCCAAAAGUGCCAAACACCUGCCACAAGGUUACAAAGCUCCUGGAAGGCAAUGAGUACCUCUUCAGAGUCCAUGCUGUAAAUGAGUUUGGUAAUAGUGCACCACUUGAGUCUGAGCCAGUGAUUAUUAAAGAUCCAUACAUAGCCCCUGGAUCGCCCAAAGGCUUAGAGAUUUUAAAUGUGAAAAAGGAUUCAAUGGUGCUCAAAUGGGAGGCUCCCACUGAGGACGGAGGCAGUCCUAUCACAACAUAUAUAAUUGAAAAGCAUGACAAAGAAGGUGUACGGUGGACUCGAUGCAACAGGCAAACUGUGUUAGAUUUGACUUUCAAGGUCACAGGACUCCUGGAGAGACACAAUUAUGAAUUCAGGGUUGCAGCAGAGAAUUCUGUGGGUGUUGGCGAGCCCAGUUCUCCAACAGUAUACUACAAAGCCCUCGAUCCUGUCUUCAGGCCUGGCCCGCCACAGAAUCCCAGAGUUACAGACACAACCAAAUUGUCAUUAUUCCUGUCAUGGAUCAAGCCCAUCUGUGAUGGUGGCUCAGAGAUCCAGGGAUAUAUCAUUGAGUGCUGCAGUACCACAGAGCAAGUCUCAGCUGGUGCGGCACAGAUUGAAGCCUCUGCUGCUGAGGGGCCAGCCACAGAUGCACCUGCAGAGGAUUGGAUCAUGUGCACGCCACCGACAGGUGUCAAGAAGACCAAAUUUGAGGUUAUAAACCUGAAAGAAAAUCAGGCUUAUAAAUUGAGAGUGUGUGCCAUCAACAAGGUUGGGGUUGGCGAGCAUGCUGAUGUUGCUGGAGCAGUUAUUGCCCAGGACAGAGCAGAGGAACCGGACCUUGACAUUGACCCAGAACUGAGAAAGAUUGUGACAAUUAAGGCUGGACUUUCGCUUAGACUCUUUAUUCCAAUCAAGGGAAGACCCACUCCAAGCAUCAAAUGGGACAAAGAUGAUGCUGCACUUAGGGAGAAGGCUCAAGUUGAAGUGACCAGCAGUUACACAGCGCUUGUGAUUGACCAGAUGAGCAGAGCAGAUAGUGGGAAAUACACCAUCACUGCAGAGAAUUCUAGUGGAACCAAAUCUGCAUUUGUUGUCGUCCGUGUUCUCGAUACACCAAGCGCUCCUGUAAAUCUGACAGUGAAGGAAAUUACAAACCAAUCAGUGACACUUGCUUGGGAAGCACCUAUUUUAGACGGUGGAUCCAAAAUAAAAAACUAUAUUGUGGAAAAGAGAGAGAGUACACGUAAAACGUAUGCUGCCGUGGUAACUAAUUGCCAUGCUCUUUCGUGGAAGAUUGAGCCACUCCAGGAGGGCUGCAGUUAUUACUUCAGAGUCCUUGCUGAGAAUGCACAUGGUAUUGGUCUGCCUUCAGUAACUGUUGACCCGCUUAAGGUCUCAGAGGUGCCGCAGGCUCCCAGGAGCUUGACUGUGACAGAUCAAACAAAUACAAGCAUCUCUUUGGCCUGGGAAAGUCCAGAAUAUGAUGGCGGUAGCAGAGUCGUCCAUUACUUGCUUGAGAUACAGCUUAAGGGCCAAGAGAAGUGGUCUGGUGUUAACACAUACAAAACAAUGGAGACAACCGUUUCCAAUCUGAACCCAGGGGAGGACUACCUGUUCCGAGUUACAGCAAUCAAUGACAAGGGGAAAAGUGACCCGAGAGUCCUUUCUGGGCACGUCAUGACCAAGAACUUGAUGUUUGAGCCUGAUGUUCGACCUACUUUUAGCAGCUACAGUGUCCAUGUUGGUAAAGAUCUAAAAAUUGAAGUGCCAAUCUUUGGACGCCCAAAACCAACAAUAGCAUGGACCAAAGAUGGAGCACCUCUGAAGUUCACUACCAGAGUGAACAUUAAAAACACCCAGACUUAUACAAGUCUGAGCAUUAAGGAGGCAGCAGGUGAUGACGGAGGCAUGUACAGCAUUAAUGCAGCUAACUCUGCUGGAAAGAAAGAAGCCACCGUUGAAAUCAUCGUACUUGACAAGCCUGGACCCCCGUCUGGCCCUGUGAGAUUUGAUGAAAUCACAACGCAGAGUGUGACUAUUUCAUGGGAUCCACCAAAACACAAUGGUGGGUGCCAGAUUUCAAACUACAUUGUGCAGAAAAGAGAUACUGUAACAACAACAUGGGAAAAUGUCAGUAAUAACUGUGCCAGAACCACAAUCAAAGUGCCCAGACUGAAGACUGGAGCCGAGUACCACUUCAGGAUCAUUGCCCAGAACCGGUACGGGAAGAGUCAUGGCCUAGAUUCAUCUGCUGUUGUUGCUCAGUACCCAUACAGGGAACCUGGCCCACCAGGCACGCCAUUCAUCUCUUCACUCUCAAGAGAUCACCAGAUUGUGGAUUGGCACGAGCCCAUCUCGGACGGAGGCAGUCCGGUCCUCGGCUACCAUCUCGAAAGAAAAGAGAGGAAUAGUAUUCUCUGGGUCAAAAUAAACAAGACACUCCUGCAUGAGACUAAUUGCAAGAGCCACCCCUUAGAGGAAGGUAUUGAGUAUGAAUACCGGGUGUACGCUGAAAAUAUUGUAGGCAUCGGACGGUGCAGCAAGCUUUCAGAGGGUUGCGUGGCCAGAGACCCAUGUGAUCCUCCUGGUACACCAGAAGCUAUCCACGUGACCAAAGAUACCAUUGUUAUCCAGUGGACGAAACCAGAGUAUGAUGGCGGUAGUAAUAUAACCGGCUACCUUGUGGAGAGGCGUGACUUGCCAGAAGGCCGUUGGGUAAGGGCAAACUUCACUAAUGUGAUUGAGACCCAGUUCACUGCCACUGGCCUAACGGAAAAUUCCCAAUACGACUUUAGAGUCAUUGCCAAAAAUGCUGUUGGCACCAUUAGCAAGCCAUCGUACAACAGUGGACCAAUCACUGCGAGCGACAGGAUUGAAGUGCCGAAAUUCUCUAUUGACCCUGCAUUCACCAAGACCAUUGUUAUCAACGCUGGAGAGAUGUUCAAGCUGGACGCAGACGUCCGUGGCAAACCACUGCCAGCGAUGCAGUGGUUCAAGGAUGAAGUUCCAAUCGAAAAUACACUCAGGCUUAACAUAAAAAAUACAGAAACUCAUGCACUGAUAGUCAUUAAGGACUCUGUGAGAAUUGACAGUGGAAUGUACACGCUACAUCUAACAAACGAGGCAGGCUCUGAAACUGUGCCAUUCAAAGUGUUAGUCUUGGACCGACCGAGCCUCUGUGAGGGACCCCUUCACGUAGCUGGGGUAGCUGAGGAUAGAUGCUCAUUGGUGUGGCGUGCUCCUUUACAGGAUGGAGGAAGUCCCAUCACGCAUUACAUCAUCGAAAGAAGAGAGACCAGCCGUUUAGCUUGGACUGUUGUUUCUUCCACCUGCACCACCACAUGCUACAAAGUCACUAACUUGUUGGAGGGCAAUGAGUACAUGUUCCGUGUGAUGGCGGUCAACAGUUAUGGUACCAGCAGCCCACUGGAGUCUGGUGGAGUAAUCAUGAAGACUCCUUUUGUACUUCCUGGUCCGCCUCACAUUGAGGAUGUAGCCAACAUUACUCAUGAGAGCAUGACUGUCACUUGGACUGCCCCAGAGUUUGAUGGUGGCAGUGAAAUUUUAAAUUAUCUUGUUGAAAAGAAGGAUAGAGCGGGAAUUAAAUGGACUCGAUGCAACAGACAGAAAGUCACUGACCUUUCCUUCAGAGUAAGUGGCCUAACCACCGGCCAUGAGUAUGAGUUCAGAGUGGCUGCUGAGAAUGUUGUCGGCCUGGGAGAGUCCAGUCUACCGAGCUCUCACUACAAGGCCUGCGAUCCUAAGUACAAACCUGGGUCGCCGGCAUAUCUCAACGUUGUUGACUCCACACAGAGCUCGAUCACAGUGUUGUGGGGCAAGCCAUUGUCUGACGGUGGUAGCCCCAUUCAAGGAUACAUUGUUGAAGUCUGCAAGGCUGAGGAAGAAGAAUGGACCAUGGUUACUCCCCCCACUGGCUUGCGUGUUACCAAAUAUGAGAUUCCCAAACUAACAGAAGGUCAGGAAUAUAAGAUUCAGGUGUGUGCUCUGAACAAACUUGGAGUUGGUGAGCCAGCCAUCCUCUCGGGAAUCGCUAAGCCAGAAGAACGGCUUGAGCCACCACAGAUCCACUUGGAUUCUGAGCUGAGGAAGGGAAUAUCUGUGAAGGCAGGUGGAUCUGUUAGGAUCCGUAUUCCAUUCAAGGGCAGACCAACCCCUGAGAUUAAGUGGCUUAAAGAUGAGAAGGACCUAACUGAAAAGGCAGUGGUUGAAAAGAGUCCCAUCUUCACACAGUUGUCUAUAGACUCCUGUGACAGAUGUGAUUCAGGAAAAUACAGUCUAACCUUGACCAACAGCAGUGGGUCUGUGUCCGAGUUUGUUAGUGUUAAAGUCCUUGAUACACCGGGAGCCCCGCAAAGCCUUGUAGUGAAAGAUGUUAGGAAGGACUCAGUCACUCUUGUUUGGGAUGCACCACUGAUCGAUGGUGGUUCUAAAAUUAAGAACUAUGUAGUUGACAAGCGUGAAUCAACGAGGAAGGCUUACGCAAAUGUCUCGACCAAAUGCACAAAGACGACAUUCAAGGUUGAGAACCUGAUUGAGGGGGCUAUGUACUACUUCAGAGUCAUGGCUGAGAAUGAAUAUGGCAUUGGCCAGGCGAUUGAAACAAAGACAGGUUCAAAAGCUUCCGAGGUACCACUUCCUGUCGGAAACAUCUACCUCGUCGAUGUCACCAAAGGCAGUGUGUCACUAGCCUGGGAGAAACCUGAGCAUGACGGCGGCAGCAGGAUUGGUGGCUACCUCAUUGAGAUGCAGCCUAAGGGUACAGAUAAGUGGGGUGUCGCCUCAAAUUCAAAGACAUGCGAAGCCACAGUCACAGGCCUCACAAGUGGCACGGAAUAUAUGUUCCGUAUUAUUGCUUAUAAUGAGAAGGGAAAGAGCGAGCCAAAGGCACUUGUGACACCCAUUGUUGCCAGUGACAUGACCUUGGAUCCAAGCAUUAAGAUGCAGUUCAACACUUACAGUGUGUUAGCGGGAAAAGAUCUGACCUUGACAUUCCCCGUACUUGGAAGGCCCAAACCUAGAGUCACCUGGGUAAAGGAUGGUCAGCCCCUGAAGGUGACCUCCAGAGUCAACGUGGUGAACACGCUUGCAACAACCGGGAUUCAGAUCACUGAAGCGAGCAAGGAGGACUUUGGAAAGUACUCCAUUACAGCAAGCAAUACUGCGGGCACAUUUACUGAUAACAUGGCUAUCAUUAUUCUUGAUAAGCCAGGUCCACCAAGUGGUCCACUUAAAGUUGUUGAGGUGAGUAACACUUUUGUCCACCUCUCAUGGGAACCUCCAGAGUACAAGGGCGGAUGCCAGGUGAAAUAUUAUAUUGUAGAAAAGCGAGCGACCACAGGCAAUACAUGGCAGUCAGUCACCACACAGCUAGCUAGGACAGCUUUCAAAGUGACCAAGCUGAAGACUGGUGCGGAAUACCAGUUCAGAGUCAUUGCUGAAAACAGAUAUGGAAAAGGCGCUCCUCUAGACUCCAAGACUAUAGUUGUGCAGUAUCCAUAUAAGCCACCAGGCCCCCCUGGAACCCCAUAUGUUAAAUCUGCAACUAAAGAGAUGAUGAUCAUUGAAUGGAAUGAGCCAGUCAACGACGGUGGAAGUGUUGUUAUUGGAUACCAUCUAGAGAGCAAAGAGAGGACCAGUAUCCUGUGGAACAAACUGAACAAGACUCUGAUCAGCGAUACUCAGUUUAAGAUCUGUAAUCUAGAAGAAGGAAUUGGAUACGAGUUCAGAGUGUAUGCUGAAAAUAUUGUUGGCAUCGGCAGAUGCAGUAAAGUCUCUGAGUCCUUUGUCGCUCGUGAUCCAUGUGACCCGCCUGGUGCUCCAGAGGCUGUAACCAUUUCUAAAAACCUCAUCAAGAUUAGUUGGACCAAGCCUCAGUAUGAUGGCGGCAGCAAAGUCAAUGGCUAUAUUGUUGAAAAGAAAGAGCUUGCCUCUCCCGAUGGGCGCUGGGUCAGAGAAAACUUCACGAAUAUAAUGGAGACUGAAUAUAACAUCAGCGGUCUGACAGAAAAUGAGCAAUAUGAAUUCAGGGUUAUUGCUAGGAAUGCAGCUGCCGUCUUCAGCGAGCCCUCUGACAGCUCUGGCCCUAUUACUGCUACUGAUGAAAUUGAGCCACCAAGGGCCUCAAUGGACCCCAAGUACAAGGAUGUUAUCGUUGUCAAUGCUGGAGAACAUUUAACUCUUGAUGCUGACAUCCACGGAAAACCAAUUCCUGACGUGGUCUGGUUCAAGGAGGGCAAAGAAAUGGACAAAGCUCUGCGCAUAGAAGUGAAAAAUACUCAAAAAUGUGCUGCCAUGACUAUUAAGGAUGUGACCAAAUUGGACAGUGGCCACUAUGAACUUAUGCUCAAAAAUCUGGGUGGUACAAAAAGCUUCCCAAUCACAGUCAAAGUCCUUGACAAACCGGGUAAACCCACUGGACCCUUGAAGGUAACAGGAAUCAUGGCUGACCAUUGUACCCUUGCCUGGUCUGAGCCAACCCUGGACGGAGGUGCUAAUAUCACUCAUUAUAUCCUGGAGAAGAGAGAGACCAGCAGCUUAUCCUGGACAGUGGCUGCAGCCAAUAUCCAGACUCUGUAUUACAAACUAACAAACCUGCUCACAGAGAAUGAAUACAUUUUACGUGUCAGGGCUGUUAACAAAUACGGUAUAGGUGAUUAUCUUGAGAGUGAGCCCAUCAUUGCACGCAAUCCAUACAAGCCCCCUAGUCCUCCUGGGACACCAGAUGCAAGUCAGAUCACGAAGGAUUCGAUGGUUUUGUCAUGGACAGCCCCAGAACAGACUGGUGGAGCUGAUAUUGCGGGCUAUCACCUUGAAAAACGUGACAAAGACAGUGUCAGGUGGACAAAGUGCAACAGACAAAAACUGACAGAUACUCACUUCAAAGUGACAGGAUUGAUGACGAAUCACUUUUACGAGUUCCGUGUUGCGGCUGACAAUGAGGCUGGAAUGGGAGACCUCAGUGAACUGUCCCUAUUUUACAGAGCCUGUGAUGCCACAAAACCCCCAGGACCCCCACACCAUCCCAAGGUGACAGACUACACAAAGUCCUCCAUCUCUCUUUCCUGGGGCAAACCCGACUUUGAUGGCGGUGCCUAUAUCAAGGGCUACAUAGUUGAAAUACGGGAGUAUACACAAGUACCAGAAUCAACAGAGGAGGUAGAAGUUGCCCCGGCAGUAGACGCACCGGUCGAAAAAGAGUGGACCAUAUGCACCCCACCCUCUGGCAUUCAGGCCACUAAAUUCACUGUCCCGGACUUAAAACAAGCUAAAGAAUACCAAUUCCGUGUCUGUGCCAUCAACUCAGAGGGAGUGGGCGAGGCUGCUUAUGUUCACGGCACGGUGGUUGCUCUGGACAGGGUCGAAGCACCAGAGAUUGAGCUUGACGCUGAUCUCAGAAAGGUGGUGUCUGUACGUGCUGGUGGUACAUUGCGUCUGUUUGUCACCAUUAGAGGAAGGCCCGAACCUGCUGUAAAAUGGGAAAAAAUCGAUGGUACUCUCCCAGAUCGUGCUGUGAUUGACACCACAAGCUCAUACACCAUGGUUGUAAUUGACAAUGUUAACCGCUGGGACAGUGGAAAAUACUCACUCACCUUGGAGAACAGCAGUGGUUCAAAGUCGGCCAUUGUCGCCGUGAGAAUUUUGGAUACACCAAGUGCACCGCAAAACUUCUCUGUGAAGGAGGUCAAAAAAGAUUCAGUGACGCUUGUCUGGGAUACACCACUCACCGACGGUGGGUCUAAAGUCACAAACUACAUUGUGGAGAAGAGAGAGUCUGUCCGGAAGGCCUACACUACUGUAACAAGUAACUGCACAGCCAAAACAUUUAAGAUUGAAGAGUUGCCUGAGGGUAGCAUUUUCUACUUUAGAGUUUGUGCUGUUAAUGAGUACGGCCAAGGACAAAUGGUUGAAACCAAAGAAAUUAAAGUAUCUGAGGUACCCCUGCCACCAAGCAAUGUAACCAUUGUUCAUGUGACUAAAACCAGCAUUUCACUCUCAUGGGGCAAACCUGCACACGAUGGUGGAAGUAAAGUAAUCUGCUACAAUGUGGAAUUCAAGCCCAAGAUUGGUGAAAAAUGGGGUACAGCUUGCACAGUCAAGGUGCCAGAGGCAACUAUUCAUAACCUGACUCCCAACGAAACCUAUCUAUUUAGAGUUGUUGCAAUCAACGAGAAGGGAAAGAGUGAGCCGAAGGAGCUUGGUUUGCCUGUCGUUGCAAAGGAUGUGGCAAUUGCGCCAUCUGUCAACUUAUUAUUCACAACAUACAGCGUGAAGGCUGGAGAUGACCUGACCGUUGAGGUUCCAGUGAGAGGCAGCCCUAAGCCUGUCAUCUCAUGGAAGAGGGAUGGUCUUCCUGUGAAGCAAACUUCUUCAGUUACAAUUGUAAACACAGCAACCUCAUCCAAGAUUAUCAUUAAACAGGCUGCCAGGGAGCAUGUUGGAAAGUAUGAGAUCACCCUGGCCAACACUGCAGGAACAGCAACGUCCCAUCUAGGUAUAGUUGUCCUGGAUAAACCGAGUCCCCCGACAAGCGUUAAGGUGGAUGCUGUGACCUCUGAAAGCAUCACACUUUCCUGGUCUCCACCAGACUACGAUGGCGGCUGCUCCAUCAGUAACUAUAUCGUUGAGAAGAGAGAUACCAAUACACAAGAGUGGCAAAUGGUUGCAAGCAAUGUGGCUAGAACCUCUUACAAGGCUGGCCGCCUGACGCAUGGGGCAGAAUACCAAUUCCGCAUCUAUGCUGUCAACCGUUAUGGGAAGAGCGCACAUUUGGAUUCUCCUGCAAUUACAGCUCAGUACAACUUUAAGCAACCCGGACCUCCUUCCACACCUGCAGUAAAGAUUGCUACCAAGUCUUACAUGGUGGUGACCUGGAACGAGCCUGUCAAUGAUGGGGGAAGUCCUGUUCUUGGCUAUCACCUAGAGCGGAAGGAGCGUGCUAGCAUUCUCUGGACUAAGAGUAACAGAGGACUGAUCAAGGACCCUGAAUACAAAGUCAGUGGAAUAGAAGAGGGUAUGAUGUAUGAAUAUCGUGUCUAUGCUGAAAAUAUUGCUGGUAUCGGUAAAUGCAGCAAGGCCUCUGAAGCUGUAGUGGCAAGAGAUCCAUGUGAUCCUCCAGGAACUCCCGUUGUCACUGCUAUUAGCAGAACAUCUGUGUCAUUGUCUUGGGACAAACCAGAGUAUGAUGGUGGUGCCAAGGUAUCUGGCUACAUCAUUGAAUGUAGAGAUCUUCCAGAAGGACGCUGGACAAGGUGCAACUUCACUAAUGUGCCCGAGACUCACUAUCAUGUGACUGGCCUUACAGAGAACAGCCAAUAUGACUUCCGUGUCAUUGCUAAGAAUGCAGCGGGAUUGUUCAGUGAACCCUCCGACAACACUGGCCCAAUCACUGUCAAGGAUGAUGUAGAGCUGCCACGCAUCAUGAUGGAUGUAAAAUACAGAGAGACAAUAUUUGUUAAAGCAGGAGAAACUAUGAAGAUGCAUGCUGACAUUGCAGGCCGCCCUGCACCCGUCAUUGCGUGGAGCAAAGAUGGCAACGAGAUUGUGCUUAGAGCAAGAAUCCAGAUUGUUUCGACAGAUAGCAGUACCUCAGUGAUUGUGAAAGACUGUAUCAGAAGAGAUUCUGGUCAAUAUGUUCUCACUCUUCAGAACAUUGCUGGUACAGUUUGCAUGCCAAUAAAUUGUGUCAUUCUGGAUAAAUCAGGUCCCCCUGCAGGACCUCUGCAGAUUACAGAUCUCACAGCUGAGGAAUGCACUUUGUCAUGGGGUCCACCUCAGGAGCCUGGCGGUGCCGAGAUCACACACUAUGUUGUUGAGAAGCGCGAGACCAGCUGCUUGGCCUGGACACUAGUGAAGGGCGAUGUCACCAAAACGUACUUCAUUGUCACAGGGCUGCUGAAGGGCAAUGAAUAUAUCUUCAGGGUUUUGGCUAUUAACAAACAUGGAAGUGGUGAGGCUUUGGAAAGUGAUGCUGUCAAGAUCACCGAUCCAUACACUUUUUCCACAGCACCCCUUAACGUUGACGUCACUGAUAUUACUGGAGAUUCAAUGACCCUUACGUGGUGCAAACCGAUGAGUGACGGAGGCAGUCCAAUCACUGGCUAUGUAUUAGAGCGUCGGGAGAAGACAGGCAUGCACUGGAUCCGUGUCAAUAGAGAUCAAGUCACUGAAUGCACCACAGUAGCAAACAAACUACGCAAGGGUUGUGAGUAUGACUUCAGGGUCUAUGCUGAAAAUGCCGCUGGUCUGAGCCCUCCAAGUGAAACCUCUGCCUUAUUUAGAGCAGUUGAUCCUCUGGCAGUUCCUAUUCCACCAUCCAAGCCAAAGAUCGUGAAUUCAACCAAGGAAAGCGUGUCCAUUGGAUGGAAAACACCUACUGAUAAUGGAGGUGCUCCUAUCCUUGGAUACAGUGUAGAAUACAGGGACUACAUUCACAAACCAAAACCGGUGUUAGCGGAGGAUGAGGAGGAAUAUGAAGAAGAGGAAGAAGAGUCCCCCGAAGAACUGCAGAGAUGGGUGGAGGCCAUUGCACUUACCAAAAGCUUGGAGUUCACAAUUACUGGACUAAAACCUGACAUGGAAUAUGAAUUCUGUGUCAAAGCAAUGAACAAAGUUGGAAGCAGUGAGCGCAGCCGCUAUUCUGAUGCGGCUGCGGCAGUGGAAAGAACUGUAGAGCCAGCAUUCAAUGUGGACAUCGAGAUGCGCAAAGUCCUUGUGGUUCAGCACGGCACAGCGUUUACCCUCAAGGUUCCAUUCAAAGGUAAACCUGUUCCCUCAGUGGAAUGGGCCAAAGAAGGCAGAGAUCUAAAGGUGAGAGGAACAAUUGAUUCAACAAACUCCAGCACUUCACUGACCAUUGAAAAGUCAACAAGAAAUGACUCAGGAGAAUACUGCGUCAGUAUUGAAUCAUCAUUAGGAAAAGCAACAUUACCCAUAGUUGUCAAGGUGCUUGACUCUCCCGGACCCCCAGUCAAUGUCAAAGUUUCAGCAGUAACCAGGGACUCAGCAACCCUCACUUGGGAAGUCCCUGAGAAUGAUGGUGGAGAAGCAGUGAAGGCCUACCAUGUUGAAAAGCGCGAGGCCAGUAAAAAGGCCUGGGUUUCUGUGACAACUAACUGCCAUGCAUUGACGUACAAAGUGGAAGACCUGCUUGAAGGAGCCAUCUAUUACUUUAGAGUUAUCGGAGAGAAUGAAUAUGGCGUGGGCGUACCACAAGAGGCUAAGGCUGGCACGAAGAUUACAGAGGUGCCAAGCGUCCCCAUGAAACUCGGAGUUGCAAAUGUCACCAAAGACAGCGUUACAAUUGCCUGGACACGACCCGAGUAUGACGGUGGUAGCAGAGUGAAGGGUUACCUCAUUGAUGCUCUGGAGAAGGGACAGACCAAAUGGGUCAAGUGUGCCACAGUGAGGACCAUGAACCACACCAUAAAAAGCCUUCGGGAAGGCACAGAGUACUUCUUCAGAGUGCGAGCUGAGAACCAUGCUGGACUAAGUGAACCAAAAGAGAUGAUUGUACCAGUUAUCGUCAAGGAACUUCACGAGGCUCCAGAGUUUGAUCUGAAGAAUUACCCCAAGAAUUCUGUUUAUGUAAGAGCUGGAUCCAACCUUACCUUUGACAUUCCACUGACUGGCAAGCCAAUGCCUAAAGUGACUCUGUCCAAGAACAAUGUUGUCAUCAAGGGAUCCAAAAGACUAUUGACCGAAGUCACUCCUGACAGCUUAACAUUCACCCUGAAUGAAAGCAUGACAAGUGAUGCUGGAAAAUACGAAGUAACUGCCUCGAACCCUGGUGGUGCCACCAAGAUCUUCAUGAACUUCAUAGUACUAGAUAAACCUGGAUCCCCUGUUGGACCUGUAGAGAUAGGAGAGGUUGGAGAGACUACAGCGUACCUGAAAUGGGCUCCUCCAGAGUAUGAUGGUGGCAGUCCUGUUACCAAUUAUGUCGUCCUGAAACGGGAAACUAGCACACCUACCUGGACAGAGAUGUCAACUAACAUUGCAAGAAGCGAAUUCAAGGCGACAAAGCUGACCAAGGGGGAGGAAUAUCAGUUCAGAAUUAAGGCUCAGAACCGCUAUGGUGUCAGCGACCACAUUGACAGCAAGCCAGUAAUGAUCAAGCUUCCAUUCACCUUCCCUGGACCUCCAUCCACACCUUGGGUUAGUUUCGUAUGUAGAGAUAACCUGACUGUCUGCUGGAACGAACCGGUCAACGAUGGGGGGAAUCCCGUGAUCGGAUAUCAUCUUGAGAUGAAGGAAAGGAGCAGUAUCCUCUGGCAAAAGAUUAAUAAAACAGCAGUACCAGGAAACCAGUUGCGGGUCACCAACAUCUGCCCAGGUCUCAUCUAUGAGUUCAAGGUGGCAGCUGAAAAUGCUGCCGGUAUCGGAAAGAUGAGCAAGAUAUCUGAAGAGGUGCUGGCUAUUGACGCAUGUGAGCCUCCUGCAAAUGUCCAUGUCACUGAAGUCACAAAGAACUCAGUCAGCCUGUCCUGGCAGAGGCCACCGUAUGAUGGCGGCAGUAAGAUCACCGGCUACAGUCUGGAGAGAAGGGAAGCAGCCAUUGGCAGAUGGGUGAAGGCUAACUUCACAAAUAUCCUUGAGAUGGACUUCACAGUGUCUGGCCUGAACCACAAUGAGUCUUAUGAGUUCAGGGUGUAUGCAAAAAAUUCUCUUGGCUCUGUCAGCAACCCUUCUCUUAUUGCCGGCCCAGUCACUUGUAUCGAUGCGUGUGGUGCUCCAGCCCUCGACGUCCCUCCAGAGUAUUUGGAUGUGGUUCAAUACAAAGCCGGAACUUCAGUUAAAAUCAGAGUCGGAAUCAUCGCCAAACCUCAGCCAAGCAUCGAGUGGCUGAAGAAUGGGAAGGAGCUUGUGGCUUCUGCUUCCUUGUGUGUGGAAAGCACAACCGACUCAUCGGCCAUCGUGAUCAAGGAUGCGACCCGCCAACACACUGGCUCGUAUGAGAUCAAGAUCAAGAAUAUCUUGGGCUCAGCAACUGCCACGAUCGCGGUUGAAAUCCUUGACAAACCUGGAUCCCCAGCUGGCAGCAUUAAUUUUACCCUCAUUACAGCAGACAGAAUCACCUUCCGCUGGGAACCUGUAUGUGAGGCUGACCAUGGAGGUUCCAAGGUGACACACUACAUUGUCGAGAGGCGUGAAACCAGCAGAGUGGUCUGGUCCACAAUCUCAGAGAGGCAUGAGCAGACGUACAUCUCUGUCGGCAAACUGGUGCGAGGAAAUGAAUAUGUGUUCCGCGUCAUGGCUGUUAACAAGUAUGGCAUUGGCGUACCACUGGAGUCCGAGGCUGUUGUUGCAAAGAAUGCUUUUGUAACUCCGGGGCAGCCACAUACUCCUGAGGUGAACGUCAUCACCAAGACUACUAUGGUGGUAGAAUGGGAACGUCCAGGUGUGGACGGGGGUAGCACAGUUACUGGCUACUACCUGGAGAGACGUGACAAGAAGAGUUUGCGUUGGAUCAGAGUUUACAAGGAUCCUAUUCCUGACAACAAACAGACUGUCUACCACCUAACUGAAGGAAAUUAUUACCAGUAUCGUGUCUGUGCCAUUAACAAGGCUGGAGAAGGACCCUUCUCAGAUGUAUCUGACUUCUAUAAGGCUUCAGAUCCAAUUGAUCCACCAGAUGAGCCUUGCAAGCUGAAGGUGAUGGAUUCCACCAAGACCUCUAUCACACUGGGAUGGUCUAAGCCAGAGUGGGAUGGAGGCAGUGAGGUGACCAGCUACAUGGUGGAGAAACUUAAUGAGGGAGAGGAACAUUGGGCAAUGGUUACUUCAAAGGGAGAGGUCAAGAUGACCGAAUACACUGUACAUGACUUAAACCCAGAUGUUAACUACUUCUUCCGAGUUUCUGCUGUCAACUGCGCAGGCCGUGGGGAAGCCCUGCAGAUGACUGAGCCUGUACAGGCUAAAGAUAUCCUGGAGGAAGCCCAGAUUGACUCGGAUGUGGCUACAAGAACUCACUACAUAGUGAAGGCUGGCAAGGACGUGGAGCUCUCUGUUCCUCUGAAGGGCCGACCAUCUCCCUCUGCUUCCUGGAGCAAAGGAGAUGUAUGCAUUGACAACAACCCCUCUUAUGAAUUCCACCACUCAGCUGCAACCACAGUGCUCGUUAUGCGUGAAGUAACCAAGCUCCACACUGGAAAAUAUACAGUCAAGAUUGAGAACGGUGUGGGAGAGCCCAAGACAUUAACCUUGUCUGUGAAGGUCCAGGACUCUCCAGCUCAGUGCAGGAACCUGACACUGAAAGAAGUAACCAGUGGAAAAGUAACUCUUUGCUGGGAGACCCCGCUCCUCGAUGGCGGUGCUGAAAUCACCAACUACAUUGUUGAGAAGAGGGACUCUUCAAAGAGAUCGUACUCUACAGUAACAAGCAAAUGCACUGACACAAUCUACAGAAUUGAAGAUCUCUCUGAAAAGACAUUGUACUUCUUCCGUGUUCUCGCAGAGAAUGAGAACGGUGUUGGUGAACCAUGCGAAACUCUCGAACCAGUGAAGGCUACACAGACCCCUGGAACAGUCAAAGACAUUUCGAUGAAGGAUUCCUCCAGGACCUCUGUCACUCUGCAGUGGCUAAAGCCUGAUUAUGAUGGCGGGAGCAUCAUCUCCGACUACAUCAUUGAAAAGAAAGCCUCAGAUGAGGAAUGGACACUGGGAGGAAUGAGCCGAUACUGUGAGUUUGAGGUAGAAAAACUAAAGGAGCACUCUGACAUGUUCUUCAGAGUUGCUGCUCGAAAUGAGAAGGGUCAGGGUGAUUUUGUGAAGAUAGGGCCAAUCAAAGUAAUCGACUACGUUAUUACACCUGAAGCAAGCCUUGCAGACUACCCAGAUGGAAGAAUCUGUGUUCGCUUAGGUCACAAUGUCCACAUUGAGCUGCCAUACAGAGGUAAACCUAAACCAUCGGUCUUGUGGCUGAAGGAUAACCUUCCCCUGAAGGAAAGCGAUCAAAUACGCUUCAAGAAGACAGACAACAAAGCCACACUAAUGAUAAAGAAUGUGAAGAAAGAGAAUGAUGGUAAAUUCACACUCACUCUUGACAACAAAAUCAACAGAAAGUCCUUCCAUAUCCACGUCAUUACCCUCGGACCCCCAUCAAAGCCCCUUGGACCCAUCCACCUUGAUGAAGUAAGAGCAGAAAGCAUCAUGAUCUCCUGGGAUGAGCCCAACGAUGACGGUGGUGGAGAAAUCAACUGCUACACUGUAGAGAAGCGCGACACCUCUCAGCCUGACUGGAAGAUGGCUUGUUCCAGUGUGGAGGGAAGUCAGUUCAAAGUGCCUAACCUGAUCAAGGGUGUCCAAUAUCAGUUCCGGGUGUGUGCUGAGAACAGGUACGGUGUCAGUGAACCCCUGGUCUCACAGAUGGUAAUUGCCAAGCACCAGUUCAGGCCCCCAGGUCCACCAGGCAAGCCUGUUGUGUAUAACAUCACCAACGAUGGCAUGACUAUCCAGUGGGAGAAGCCUAUCUAUGACGGAGGUACCCCCAUCCAGGGAUUCCAUGUGGAGAAGAGGGAAAAGAACAGCAUCAUGUGGCAGAAGGUGAACAUGGCGCUCAUCAAAGAAACCGAUUACAGGAUCCUGGGUCUCAUUGAAGGCCUUGAGUACGCGUUCAGAGUGUAUGCACAGAAUGAUGCUGGCUGUAGCCGAAUGAGUGAUGAGAGCAAGCCCACCAUGGCUGUCAGUCCUGUUGAUCCUCCUGGCCAGCCUGACUACACUGACGUGACGAGUGACUCAAUCACGCUAAAAUGGGACGCACCCAAACGUGAUGGAGGUAGCAAGAUUACUGGCUACAACAUUGAGAAACGACAGGGACAAGGUCGUUGGUUCAAGGCCAACUUGACUGAUGUUCAUGACUGCCAGUACACUGUGACUGGUUUGACAAUGAAUGAGCGUUAUGAGUUCAGGGUGAUCGCCAGAAAUGCCAUUGGUGUCAUCAGCCCUCCGUCCAACUCAUCUGGUUUGAUUGUGGUCAGAAGCGAGAAUGCUGCUCCUCACAUUGAAUUUGGCCCAGAGUAUUUUGAGGGUUUGACUGUCAAAGCGGGUGACAACAUCAAGGUGAAGGUGGCCAUCACUGGACGGCCUGUUCCUAAGGUGGUCUGGUACAGAGACAGUGUGGAAAUCACCAAAAAGAUGCUGGAUAUUAUCACUGUUGCUGGAUACAGCACUCUUUUCAUCAGAGAUGCUGACCGUACUCACCGUGGUCUCUACACCGUUGAAGCGACCAAUGGAUCUGGCAUCAAAAAGGAGGAUCUCCUGGUUCAAGUCCAAGACACACCUGGAGAACCAGUAGGAGCCAUCACGUUUAGUAACAUCUCAGAAGGCAGAUGUACUCUGUCCUGGAAUCCGCCAGAGAAUGAUGGCUGCUCAGAAAUUUCACAUUAUAUAAUUGAGAAACGUGAAACAUCCAAGAUCUCUUGGGCGUUAGUGUCUGAAAACUGUCGUGAGUGCACUUUCAGUGCAACCAAACUCAUUAAGAUCAAUGAGUACCAGUUCAGGGUCUCGGCUGUCAACAAGUUUGGUGUUGGGAGACCGUUGGAAUCCUGCCCUAUUAUUGCGCAGCUGCAAUACAGUACCCCUGAUUCUCCAGGCACUCCAGAUGCCACUGAGAUCACAGGGGAAAACAUAACUUUGGCCUGGACUCCUCCAACAUCUGAUGGUGGAAACCCCAUUCAUUACUAUAUUCUGGAAAAACGAGAGAAGAAGACUGUCCGGUUCUACAAGGUGCUUUCAAAGAAACCCAUCACUGAAUGUGCUCACAAGGUUCUUAAUCUCACAGAGGAUAUGGAAUAUGAAUUCCGGGUCAUGGCUGUGAAUGAUGCUGGUAUUGGAGCUCCGAGCAAUAUCUCCCUACCCAUAAAAGCUGUUGAGCCUAAGGAUAUCCCCUGUGCCCCAUCUGUGGUCUGUGUGUCAGACUCAACUAAUACCUCUAUUAGUCUGGAAUGGACCAAGCCUGCAGAUGAUGGGGGUUCUGAUAUUCUGGGCUACAUCGUCGAGAUGGUUAAGAGCGAUGAACCUGACUGGAAUAGAGUAAAUAAAGAGCUAGUGGCAGAAACUGAGUAUACAGUGACUGGUCUACAUACUGGGGUUGAAUACAAGUUCCGUGUUGCAGCCGUAAAUCAAGUCGGAAGAGGCGAAGACAUGCCAACUCUAGAACCGGCUCAGGCCAUUGACAGACUCACACCACCACAGGUGGAUAUCGAUGCCACCUUCAAGCAAAUGCAUAUUGUCAAAGCUGGAGGUUCAGUGAAACUAAGUGUCCAAUUCAGGGGGAAGCCCGUCCCCGUUGCCACUUGGCUGAAAGAAGAAGGAGAACUAAGUGUGAUGUCAGAGGUCACAACUGGAGAGGGCAGCAGUACUCUACUUAUUGAAAAUUGCUCUCGAAAUGAUUCGGGCAAAUACACUGUUAACCUACAGAACAGCAGUGGUAGCAAGGCCAUUACUUUCACUGUGAAAGUCAUGGACACUCCUGGAGCUCCUCAGGCUUUAGCCUUCCAAGAGGUGUCCAGAGGCUCAGUCACACUUGCAUGGGAGCCGCCGCUUAAUGAUGGUGGCGCACGAAUCCACCACUAUAUUAUCGAGAGACGAGAGGCAACCCGUCGCACCUGGCAGCAGUCUGGGGGCAAAUGCACUCAGAAUAUAAUGAAGAUCCAGGACCUCCUUGAGGGAGUGCCAUACUUCUUCAGGGUCUCUGCAGAGAACCAGUAUGGUGUCGGUGAGGUGUUUGAGAUAACGGAGCCUGUUAUUGCUACUGCCGAGCCAGCACCGCCAAAGAGAAUGGACAUUGUAGACACAACAGACAGCUCGGUUUCAUUGAGCUGGCUGAAGCCAGAGCAUGAUGGUGGAAGCCGUAUCCAGUGUUAUGUCAUUGAGGCUAGGCCCAAAGGUACAGAUAAAUGGGUCGUGGUUGGCAAUACCAAGAACCUCUCCUACGUGGUCGAAAAACUCAACAAGGGAGAUGAGUAUCACUUCCGUGUGAAAGCCAAGAACGAAUCCGGCCUCAGCAGACCCAGGGAAAUUCCGGCCCCCGUGUUGGUCAAAGAGCCUCAUAUUGAACCGGCAGCUGAUCUCAGUGAGAUCACAAACCAGCUGAUCACAUGCAGAUCUGGCAGCAUCUUCACAAUUGAUGUCCCCAUUAGUGGGAGACCUGCUCCCAAGGUAGCCUGGAGGCUGGAGGAGAUGAGGCUGAAAAACACUGAACGAGUUUCCAUUAAAGUAACUAAAGACAGAGCAAGCAUAUCAGUCAAGGAUGCCAUGAGGGGUGAUGGUGGGAAAUACUACCUGACCCUGGAGAAUGUCGCCGGAACCAAGACAUUCACUAUCAACAUAAAUGUUACAGGUAGACCCAAUCCUCCAAAGGGGCCUGUUGAAAUCUCCAAUAUCACCUCAGAAUCUUGUGUUGUUAACUGGGAUGUGCCAGAGGACGAUGGCGGCACUAACAUUACCAACUACAUUGUGGAGAAGCGUGAAUCUGGUUCCAGUGCAUGGCAGCUGAUCAACUCCAGUGUGAAACACACAUCUCUUCAUGUGAGUCAUCUGACCAAGUACAUGCAGUACACCUUCAGGGUCUCUGCCGAGAACAGAUUUGGUGUGAGCAAGCCGACUGAGUCCGAGACCAUCGUUGCCGAGCAUUCUUACACACCUCCUGGACCCCCAACAAGGCCAUCUGUCUUUAAUAUCUCUGCCAACACAAUGACCUUGAAGUGGGAGGAGCCUUAUCAUGAUGGGGGCAGCAAGGUGACAGGUUACUGGAUUGAGAAGAAGGAGAGAAAUAAUAUUCUCUGGGUAAGAGAGAACAAGAUCCCAUCCUUUGAGUGCUUUUACAAGGUGGACGACCUGGUUGAAGGUCUGGAGUAUCAGUUCCGAGUUUAUGCCAUGAACAGUGCUGGUCUGAGCAAGGCCAGUGAAGCCUCCAAAGGAGCAGUCGCCCAAAACCCUGUUGAUCCACCAAGUAAGCCAGAAGUGACGAACGUAACCAGGACCACAGUGUCGCUCAAAUGGUUGACUCCACUUAAUGACGGUGGCAGUCCAAUUGUGGGAUACAUAAUUGAACGCAAACCAUACACUUUGAGUGGCGAGGGCCGCUGGCUGAAAUGUAACUACACGAAUGUUAUGGACACUUUCUACACUGUUACCACCCUGGGAGAAGGAGAACCCUACGAGUUCAGAGUCAUUGCCAAGAAUGCAAACCAGGUCUUCAGCACCCCAUCAGAGUCCACCGGCUCUGUGCAGUGCAAAACUGACUUUGAACCUCCAAAGGCUCAACUGGACAGCAAACUCUUAUCUGAAGUUGUUAUGGUGAGAGCUGGGUCAGAUCUAGUUCUGGACGCUGCAGUGGGUGGCAGGCCUGACCCUAAAGCUUCCUGGUCCAAGGGCAACAGGGAACUGGAGUUAUGUGAGAAGUACCACCUGCAAUAUACUUCCAACCGGGCAAUGGCCAUCAUCAAGUUCUGUGACAGAGAUGAUACUGGAAAGUAUAUUCUCACUGUUCGGAAUGUGAGUGGAACCAAGACUGCUGAGGUCAAUGUCAAAGUACUUGACACCCCAGGAGUGUGUGAAGGCAGCAUCAAGAUCAGCAGGAUAACUGAGGAAUCGUGCACUCUGACCUGGAACCCUCCUUUAGAGGAUGGUGGUGAUGAGGUAUCUCACUACCUUGUGGAGAGAAGAGACACCAACAGACUUAACUGGGUUUUCAUGCACGCCGAGUGCAAAGAGCUGACCUGCAACAUCACCGGUCUGUUGAAGAAUACAGAAUACUUGUUCAGAGUUCGGGGAAUCAACAAGUAUGGCACUGGAAUACCCCUUCUCUCAGAGCCCAUGGUUGCCAGAAAUACUUUCACUGUGCCAACUCCACCGGGUGCACCUGAGAUCCUGGUGUCUGGAAAGGACUUUGUAACCAUUGAGUGGCUGAAACCCGAGAGUGAUGGCGGAGGUCCGUUGAUCCACUAUCUGGUUGAGAGGCGGGAGAAGAAGAGUGCCCGCUGGGUGAAGGUGAACAGGAGCGGAGAACACCUCGACACGACACUGAAGGUGUCUGGUUUGGCUGAAGGCAACAUAUACCAGUUCAGGGUGACGGCCAUCAACAAGGCUGGGGAGAGUGAACCCAGUGAAGUUUCUCUGUAUGUUGUCUGCAGAGUACCAACAUGCACCCCCUCACCUCCCUCUGUACCUCGUAUCACUGACACCCACGCUGACAGCAUUAACUUAGCUUGGUCCCGCCCUGUGGAGGAUGGAGGAGCUGAUGUGCUGGGCUACUUACUGGAAAUGCAGGAAGCUGGAACAGAGGAAUGGAUAAAGGCCCAUGAGAAGACAUUGCGUACUUCAGAACACAUGGUGACUGGACUUUACUCAGGCAAAAAGUAUCGCUUCAGAGUGGCUGGCAUCAACAUCAAUGGUACCGGAGACUUCAGUGAGCACUGUGCUGAGACGGAGCCAGUGGAGAGAAUUGAAACUCCUGACUUUGAGCUAGACGAUGACCUGAAGAAGACCAUCUGCCUGCGUGCCGGCGGUUGUCUGCGCCUCUUUGUAAAUAUUACUGGCCGUCCUGCUCCGACAAUUGCUUGGAGCAAGCCAGGUGUUGACCUCAACAACCGAGGCUUCAUAGAGGUAACCCAUAAGUCAACCACACUCAUCAUUGAUAAGGUCCACCGAUAUGAUGCUGGAAAAUACACGCUUGUGGCUGAGAACUCUGCUGGGAAACAGGAAGUCUCUCUUCUGGUCAAAGUCUAUGACACACCGGGACCAACAGGGCCAAUCAAGAUCAAGGAACUGACCAAAGAAUAUGCCACCAUCUCAUGGGAUGUCCCAACUGUGGACGGUGGCGCUCCUGUCAAUAAUUAUAUUGUUGAGAGGCGUGAGGCCUCCAUGAGAGCCUACAAAACUGUUACUUCCAAGUGCAGCAAGACAUGGUUCAAGAUUGAUGGACUGAUGGAGGGCAUGCUGUACUACUUCCGAGUCCUACCUGAAAACAUUUAUGGUGUCGGCGAGCCUUGCGAGACACCGGACGUCAUCCUGGUUUGCGAGGUGCCUCACCCACCGUGCAAACUGGAGGUGAUUGACGUCACCAAAAGCACCGUUUCGUUGGGCUGGGAGAAGCCUGAGCAUGAUGGAGGCAGCAGGCUGAUCGGUUACGUCGUUGAGGCUUGCAAGUUCGGUACUGAGAAAUGGAUGAAGGUGGCCUCGCUCAAGCUAACCGACUUUGAGCACACUAUUGAGAAGCUGAAUGAGAAGGAACAGUACUUGUUCAGAAUUAAAGCCAUCAACAGUCGAGGUGCCAGCGAAGCAAAGGAGCUUGUUACACCUGUGACUGUACAAGAACAAAGAGUGAUGCCUGCAGUGGAUUUCACCAAUCUACCCCAGAAAGCUGUUAAUGUUCUGGCUGGUAAGACCCUGGAGCUUGACCUGCCAAUCAUCGGCAGGCCUCCCCCGUCCUGCUUUUGGUUCUUUGGUGACAAUAGGAUAAAAAUCACAGACCGUGUCAAGAUCCAGAGCACUGGCAAGUUUUCCAAACUAACCAUGUCUGACACAACUAUUGACGACACUGGCAACUACACCCUGGAGGUGAAGAACACUGUUGGUGUUACCACCGAGGUCAUCAAAGUUGUCAUUCUCUCCAAACCUGACGAACCAAAAGGACCAAUCAGAUUUGAUGAGAUUGAUGCCACCACUGUCACCUGUAGCUGGGAUCCUCCAGCAAGAGACGGCGGAGCGCCCGUCAGUGGCUACGUGGUGGAGCAACGAGAUGCCCACAGACCAGGAUGGGUGCCGGUUUGUGACUCGGUCAGCCGACCCACUUUCAAAUUUGAGAACCUGAUUGAGGGAGAUGAGUAUGUCUUCCGUGCUGCUGCUGUGAAUCGCUACGGCACUGGAGAACUUUUGCAGUCAGAGAUUGUCACAUGCAGGAGCUUGAAAAAUGUGUCUGGAUCCCCUGGCCGACCGACCAUUCUUGAUGUGUCACGUGACGGCAUGACUGUAGCCUGGAACCCACCAGAAGAAGAUGGUGGGUUGGAGGUGUCUGGUUACAUCAUUGAGCGCAAAGAAGUCAGGUCUGACAGAUGGGUGCGUGCCAACAAGAAUCCCAUCACCAUGACUAGAUACCGCUCAACAGAGCUAAUUGAAGGGCUGGAGUACGAGCACAGAAUCAUCGCUAUCAAUGCCCGUGGAAUAAGCAAACCAAGUCUGCCUUCUAAACCAGCUGUGGCCUCAGAUCCCAUUGAUCCCCCUGGUUGUCCACAGAACCCUCGGAUCACGGAAACUACCAAGUCAUCUGUAUCACUGGCUUGGAGUCCGCCCGAUGAUGAGGGAGAUGCGAGAGUGGAUGGGUACCUAAUUGAGAUGCAAAAGGUGGGCACCAUGGCUUGGCUCAAAUGCAACACCACGCCCUCUCUGAUCUGCGAAUACACACUGACCAACAUGCCACAAGGAGAGGAGUUCAAAUUCCGAAUACUGGCCUGCAAUGUGGGCGGUUCUGGCGAGCCGGCCGAAGUUCCUGGAACUGUCACCAUCACAGAAAUGUUUGAACCUCCUGAUUAUGAACUUGAGCUGAAAUACAAAGACGUCUACGUGGUCCGUCACGGUGGAGUGGUCCGGCUCUCUCUCCCCAUCAAGGGUAAACCUCACCCUACUUGCUCAUGGUUCAAGGACAGCGGGGCAGUGUCAACCAAGGCCAUGGUCGCUCACACUGAAGACACCAGUGAACUGGUGAUCAAAGGAGCCGAGAGGAGUGACUCUGGUGUGUAUGAGCUCCUUCUGGAAAAUAAAGUUGGCAAGAAGAAGGUCCAAAUCAAGGUCAAUGUCAUCGGCCGUCCAAGUGCUCCAGAAGGACCAUUAACGUUUGAAGAAAUCCAGGCCAACUCUGUUAAGGUAUCCUGGAAGGUGCCCACCGAUAACGGCGGUACAGAGCUCCUCGGUUAUAUCGUUGAAAGAAGAGAGGUUACCAGAAAUGCGUGGUACACGGUGGACAGCAGGGUGACUGAUAAUCAGUUGGUCGUCAGGGGCCUAAACGAAGGAACAGAAUAUCACUUUAAGGUAACUGCUGAGAACUCCUUUGGUAUAGGUCCAUCUCUGAAGUCAGAGCAGCCGCUGUUGGCCAAGACUCCGCUUUGUCCACCAGAGCCUUCCAGCACACCACUGGAGAUCAUGGAUGUCACCAAAACCUCUGUGGCACUGGCCUGGUCCAGACCAAAGGAUGAUGGGGGUUCUUCCAUCACAGGUUAUUUCAUUGAGUACAAGGAGGUGUCCACAGAGCAAUGGUCUCGUCACCCCACCAGGAUUGUCUCCACCAUGUUUACUCAGUCUGGACUCACAGCAGAUGCGAACUAUCACUUCCGCAUUGUUGCCGUCAAUGACAUUGGCGAGAGUGAGGCUGGACCUGUGUCUGAUCCGGUCACAUGCAAAGAUCCAUUCGAUAAGCCAAGCCAGCCAGGUGAAAUUGAUACAACAAAAGUGACUAACAACUUGAUCACCAUUUGCUGGCAAGCUCCAGAGUGCGAUGGUGGUAAAGAAGUCCUGGGUUAUUGGGUGGAAUACAGGAAGUCCACUGAAAGUAGCUGGAAGAAAUGCAACAAACAGAGGCUGAAAGAACAGGAGUUCACCAUGGGUGGUCUGGCUGAAGCUACUGAGUAUGAGUUCAGAGUAUUUGCUGAGAAUGAGACCGGAAUAAGCAGACCUCGUCGGACUGCCACUUGCAUCAAGACGAAACUGAGUGUUGAAACGAAACCAAGUCUGAGAAAGGAAAUGGAUGAAGUAACAGAAAAGCUGGGACAGCCUGCUGUAAUGAAGUGCCAGAUAAUUGGCAGACCUGUUCCUGAGAUCAGGUGGUACCACGCGGGGAAGGAGAUUGUGGAGUCCCGCAAAUACGAGAUGAGCUCUGAUGGCCGUAACCACUCCGUUUCUAUCAUGACUGACCAACAAGAGGAUGAGGGAGCGUACACCUGUAAGGCUACCAAUGAUGCCGGAGAAGCAGAAACGACAGGAAUUCUCGUACUGGAAGCUGCGCCAUCCUUCCACUCUGACUACCCAUUGAAGAGCACCUACUAUGCUGGUCUGGGAACAACCCUGCGCAUCCAUGCUAUGUACAUUGGGCGUCCUGUGCCAAAGAUUAUGUGGCUCCAAGAAGCAAAGACACUGGAGAACUCAGAGGACAUCAAUAUUGAGACCACAGAGUAUUAUACGCACCUCGUUAUCAAGAAUGUGCAGCGCAGAAUCCAUGGAGGAAAAUACAGGAUCCGACUGCACAACCACUUUGGCAGGGUUGACACCGUAUUCAGUGUUGAAAUCUAUGACAAACCUGACAUGCCUCAGGGUCCCAUCGUUAUGGAGGCCCUCCUUAAGAACUCUGUCAUCAUCAGCUGGAAGCCUCCCAAGGACGACGGAGGCUGCAUGAUUACCAACUACAUUGUGGAGAAGCGGGAGGACAAGGAAGGAAGCGAGUGGGAAUUGGUGUCAUCGUCCAUUAAUGGCACAUCUUGCCGUGUGCCCAACCUUACCGACAGCGCUGGAUACUUCUUCCGUGUAUAUGCCCAGAAUCGCUACGGCAACAGCGAGCCACUUGAACUCAUCUCACCUAUCCUCAUUAAGAGCCAAUUGGAGAAACCGUCACCGCCUCAGGCAAUAGUUGUUUCUGGAAUCACCAAGGACUCCUGUGUAGUUUCCUGGAAGCCUCCACUCAGUGACGGCGGCUCCAAAAUUAAGAGCUACUGCCUUGAGAAGAAACAAAAGGAUAAGAAGGAAUGGGGCGAAUGGACACCUGUGAUGACAGAUGAGAUCAAACAGACAGUCUUCUCUGUCAAACAUUUGUCAGAGGGCAUUGAAUAUGUAUUCCGGGUGAAGUGUGAGAACCUUGGAGGACAAAGUGACUACAGUGGGGAAAGCUCUUGCAUUGUUCCCACCACAGCUGUUGACGUUCGAGCUCCUGCCUUUAAGGAGGAGCUGAGGAACAUAAGUGUCAAAUACAAGAGCAAUGCUACACUUGUCUGUAAGAUCACAGGUCAGCCCAAACCAGUGAUCAAAUGGUUCAGACGAGGAAAGGAGAUCCAUUCGGAUGAAAAGAAGAUCAAGAUUCAAGAAUUCAAGGGAGGUUACCACCAACUGGUCGUCACUGAGGCUGAUGAGGAAGACUCUACUGUGUACCAGAUCAGGGCCACCAACCAAGGAGGUUCCAUCUGUGCCACCAUCUCUCUGGAUGUUGAAAUUCCUGCAAAGAUCCACCUACCCAAGAACCUGAAGGACAAAGAAGCAAUUCCUGCCCUGCGUGGAGAAAUGGUCAAUAUUAAGAUACCUUUUGGUGGCAAACCAGAUCCUGUCAUCACAUGGCAGAAGGGACAAGAUCUUAUCGACAGCAAUGGCCACUACCAGGUCAUUGUCACACGAUCAUUCACUUCUUUGGUGUUCCCCAACGGCGUGGAGAAGAAGGAUGCUGGAUUUUACAUUGUCUGUGCUAAAAACAGAUUUGGAAUUGAUCAGCAGACAGUUGAGCUGGAUGUGGCCGAUGUGCCUGAUCCUCCGCGGGGUAUUAAAGCCAGCGAUGUCUCUCGAGACUCUGCCACACUUAACUGGGUUGCCCCAGCAAAUGAUGGUGGCAGCAAGGUUAUCAGUUACAUUAUUGAAAAGUGCCCCACCACAGCUGAGAGGUGGGAGCGAGUUGCUCAAUCUCGUGACAACCGCUACACUGUUAUCAAUCUUUUUGGAGGAACCAGCUAUCAGUUUAGAGUCAUUGCUGAGAACAAGUUUGGGCAGAGUGCCCCGUCUGAGACCAGCGGACCUGUCAUGACAAAGGAGGACAAAUCCAGAGUUCUUCUCUAUGACAGGGAGGUUGACGACAUGGGAAGUGUUCCCAAAAGCAAAGCCCAACACUCUGAUGCAAAGAAUCUGCAUAACAAAUUUGCUAUUGCAGAGGAACUGGGAAGAGGUCAGUUUGGUAUUGUCCACCGCUGUGUGAACAUCAGCUCUGAGAAGACCUAUAUGGCCAAAUUUGUCAAAGUCAGAGGUGCUGAUCAGACAAUCGUCAAGAAGGAAAUUGCCACACUGAACCUGGCUAAGCACACAAACUUCCUGCUUCUUCACGAGUCAUUCGAUAGUCCAGAGGAGCUGGUAAUGAUCUAUGACUUCAUCUCAGGCGUCGACAUCUUUGAACGUCUCAGCACAGCAGAUUUUGAGCUCAAUGAGCGAGAAAUUGUCAAUUAUAUUUGGCAGAUCUGCUCAGCUCUUGAGUUCCUGCACAGUCAUAGCUAUGGACAUUUUGAUAUCAGACCUGAGAAUAUUGUGUACACAACAAGAACCAGCUCAAACGUAAAAAUCAUUGAGUUGGGCCAGUCUAGACACCUGACGCCUGGAGAUCAAAUCAAGAUCCAGUACACCACUGCUGAGUACGCUGCCCCUGAGAUCCACCAGUGUGAUGUGGUUAGCACUGUGACUGACAUGUGGUCAGUUGGCGUGCUAUCUUAUGUGCUCCUCUGUGGACUAAAUCCAUUCACAGCUGAAACCAACCAGCAGAUGAUCGACAACGUUUCAAACGCAGCCUACAGCUAUGAUGACGAGUCCUUCAAGCAGGUCAGUGUUGAAGCAUUGGAUUUCACAGACCGCUUAAUGACAAAGGAACGUAAACAUCGUAUGACUGCUGCUGAGGCGCUGGUACAUCCAUGGCUGUCCACGCCGGCAGAAAAUCUGAGCACCAGAACCAUCCAGAGCAGCAGACACAAGCGAUACUACCAGACAAUGGUGAAGAAGGAAUGGAGCACUGUGGUGUCUGCAGCUCGCGUGGCCAGUGGUGGCUCAAUUCGGUCCCAGCGUGGCGUGUUAAUGGCCAAGGUGAAGAUUGCUCCAUUUGAACAUGGACCGGUAGCAGGCCAGAUCGGACACUCGGUGUCAGGCGAGGGUGACAGUGUGAAGUUGAUCUGCAAUAUUGACAACUAUGACAGUACCACUGAAGUCACUUGGUAUUGUGGCGUCAGACAACUGGAAGCAAGUGACAAGUACAAAAUCCAAUAUGAGGAUGGCCUGGCUGUGAUCGCAAUCACCAAUGUGACAAGAGUUGAUGAUGGCACGUAUAGAUGCAAAGUUGUCAAUGAGUAUGGUGAGGACAGUGCCUACGCAGAGUUGUUCGUCAAAGGUGUCAGGUCAUACCGUGACUUCUUCACUACCCGUGUGGUCAAGAGAACAAAGCGUCGAAUUGACACUGCCAGAAUGCUUCAGAAGCCCCCAGAGUUCACCUUUCCUCUGGUUAACCAUACUGCAUACAUUGGAGAAGAUGUGCGUUUCAGUGUCACCAUCACAGUUCACCCCGAUCCCCGUGUCACAUGGCACAAAUCUGGACAAAAGCUGAUCCCUGGGGAGGACGACAAAAAGUAUACCUUCAUCAUUGACAAAGGCCUGUAUCAGCUUAUUAUCCACAGCGUUGAUGAUGACGAUGUUGCCGAAUACAGCGUUGUAGCUCGCAACAGGUACGGCGACGACAACUGUAAGGCCCGUCUUACUGUGAUUCCUCGACCAAAACCAGCAGAUCUCACCUUAAGGCCCAUGUUCAAACGUCUUCUUGCCAACGUUGAGUGCAGGGAGGGCCAGAACGUUCGCUUUGAGAUCCGAGUUUCAGGCCACCCCACACUGAAGUGGGAAAAGGAUGGCACACCCAUAGCCUUUGGACCAUCGAUUGAACUUGUCCACGAAGGCUUGGAUUAUUUCAUUUUUCACGUGAGAGACACAUUACCUGAAGACUCUGGCGUAUACAGAGUAACUGCAACCAAUUCUGCUGGAUCUGCCAGUUGCCAAGCAACACUAAAAGUGGAACGUGUUUCUCAUGUAAAGAGAGAUUAUGAAGCCAGCCAAAAGGAGCAGAAAAGUGUGUCUCAAAAGGAGCAAUUAGACAAAAAGGUGAGGUUGCAUCAGAUUUUGUCUGACACCGUUGUCAUACCAUUACCACCUGCAGCAGUACAGGCUGUCAGGGAAGCAUCGACCAUGUUUAAACCUGCUGUGACGACUAAAAAGAGCGAAAAGACUGAGGCUGAAAUGCAGAAAGAAAAAGAGGAGAGAAAAAAACGGGCCGAUGAGAAGAGACUGCGUAUGCCAUACGACGUGCCCACACCACGUGUCAUGAACCCAGCAGUGCUCGAAGAGGAUGUCGAAAUCAAACACUUCAAGCCACUCUCGGACAUGAAGUGGUACAAGAAGCUCAGGGAUCAGUAUGAAUUCCCAGAGCCCAUGGAGAAAAUCAAACAGAAGAGGAUGAAACGUAUUCGUCUCUCCAGGUGGGACCAGUUCUAUGAGGUGCCUAUCAGGAUCAAAGACCAGUACAAGCCAAAGUGGCAUAUCCCAUCCAUGACUCAGGAUGAUUUAGAGACAGUGAGGCCGUCAAGGCACCGUGCAGCUUCUCCAGAGAUAGAUGUCUACCACAGGAUUAGGAGAAGGUCACUGGGUGACCUGUCAGAUGAGGAGCUGCUACUGCCUGUUAAUGAGUAUCUGUCCAUGAAGAGAACUGAGGAGGAGAGGCUUCGCCUGGAGGGAGAGCUGGAGCUCGGGUACUCUGCUUCUCCGCCCAGCCUCAGCCCCGUUCGCUUCGCUCUAUCAUCACUGCGCCCUUCAUCACCUGUAAGAGUCUACAGUGAUGAUGAGGAGACAGAAGCCUUGCAAAGAUAUGAUUCGUACCGAAUUCCAUCCAAAUAUGAAGCCGGCCCAAGCUUUGUUGAACUGCGGCAGCGCCAUGACAAAGCCACAUAUAAACCUCCCAGACAGAAGCAAAGAGUGUACGAGGAGAGAGAAGAUCAGGAGUUACUCCGACCUCACAUGACGGCUCAUAGAAUCGCCUCCUACAAGAGUGAACUCAAGCGCAUGGAGUUUGAGGAGAAGACUCGAAAUUUGAAAAAGGAAACAGUCAUCACUGUCACAAAAGCUGUGGAGGAUAUUGAAUCAGAGCAUCUGACAGUUUUGGCUUCUGAAUAUAUUCCUAAACCCAUUAAGAAGCUCCCGACGCCUGAAAUGGAGAGAAAAGUUCCUUCCUCAGAAAAGGUUGUCAAAACAGAGACAGCUUUGCCCAGAGUAGAUUUUCUGUCCAGGUAUGAGGAGAGAAAGCAGACUCUCAGGUCAGAGCGGAGAUCUGUGGAGAGGACAUCGCAGGCUCCUUUCAGCCUCGACCACAUCCCACACAUUAGCAUCCGAUUGCGAUCUCAUCGUGUUCCCUAUCGUUCGAACACAAACUUCACCCUGAAUGUCCAGGCCAAACCUGAGCCCAAGGUCAGGUGGUUUCACAAUGGAAAAGAGAUUAAACCGAGCAGCAAACACCACAUGAGCAACAUUAGUGGACUUCUGACGCUCCAGAUCAACAACUGUGUGACUGAAGAUGCAGGAACAUAUUCUGUGUUCUGCAGGAACGUCAAAGGGGAGACUUCAGACAGUGCCACAUUAGAUGUAGCAGCAGAAUAUGCUGCCCUCUCUUACAUCCACCGCGACGAGUAUCCGCCAUCCUCCCAUCUUCCAGACAUGACCAAAACGGAGGUAUACCACAUCUCGUCAGCAGCAGUCAAGGAAACGACGGCUGGAACGGUGACAAAAACCAUCGCCGUUGUUGAAAAGGAAAAGGCGAAGCCUAUGGUCCGAGCAAAGAUCCUGACCAAACCACAGUCUCUGAGUGUUGAGGAGGGAGCGCUUGUCAGAUUCUCAUGCGAUGUGGAUGGUGACCCAGCACCUUCCAUAUUGUGGCUUCAUGAGGGAGCAGCUCUGGGUUCCUCUAGCCGUCACCACAUUGUCUCUACGCAGUACAGCUCCACUUUGGAGAUUUAUUCUGUUCAUCCGUCUGAUGAAGGAAACUAUGCUUUAAUUGUGGAAAAUGCUGGUGGAAAACAAGAAGCCUAUUUUACUCUGAACAUUCACAAGUCUGAGUCCAAGCAGAGAAUUGUGGUCUCGCCUAGAGUCACCUCUCCUGAAGGCAAGUCCCCCGAACCUGUCAAAACCCCACAAAGAAUCAAGUCUCCCGAACCAAUCAAGAUGCCUCUGAGGGUCAAGUCACCAGUCUCACCGAAGUCCCCCACGGCAAAAUCCCCGCCUCCAUCUGUCAGUCAAAUAAAAUCAGCAAAAAGAGUCAUGUCACCAACUGUGGGAAAGAAGUCACCUUCUUCUGUUGACUUGGAGCAGCUCAAAUGUGGAACGCCACCUCACUUCCUGGUGCAACCCCGAUCCCAAAACGUGGAAGAGGGACAAAAUGUGAACUUCACCUGUGAGAUUGCGGGUGAGCCUUUCCCAGACGUGGAGUGGUUUAAAGACAACUUGACUUUAUCAGGCACAUCCAAUGUGAGAAUGAACUGGACCAACAGUGUGUAUACUCUGGAGAUACGUGAAGCAAUGCUGGCAGACAGCGGCAAAUACACCAUCAAGGCCAAAAACCAGCUUGGCCAGUGCUCCGCCACGUCCUCCCUCAAUGUCAUCAGUGGUAUUGAGGACGCAACACAAACAAUGAUAAGGGUGGAAGAAAAAGCUGAAGCUUUCUCUGCCUCUUCCGUUCACAUGAAGUCAUCGUCUAUGCAGGCCACCACUUUCAGCUCCAUUGAGAGUGUGUCUGAGACUAGCAAUCAAAUAAUGCAAAUGCGUGAUCAAUCACAUGUGGAAGCCUCUUCCUCCUCCUCCUCCUUCUCCUCCUCACAGAGGAGCCUCGUUAGUGGGAUGAAAAUAGGCGCACCACCGAAGAUCACAGCUCUUCCAGAGAACAUCAACGUCGCGGUUGGAAAAUCACUGACGGUGACGGGGGCCUUCUUUGGAGACCCCGCCCCAUCCGUGCAGUGGCUGCACUCAGACCAGACGCUUCCCGACGGGGACAAGCGUUACUACGUAGACAACGCAGCUAACGUUUCCACGCUGGUGAUUGCCAUGGUAAAGGAGAACGACGGUGGAGUGUACACACUACGACUUUCCAACGAACUCGGCUCUGCCUCUGCGACUGUCAACGUUCACAUCCAGUCAAUGUAAAAAAUAAAAAUAGAAAAAAAAAAGAAUUUAAAAGAAAAUUGUUAAAACUUGGAGGUAUAUGCCCCCGAACCACCCGCCCUCAAUUUCAAUAAUCUUUUGUUUAGUGAAUCAGCAACAAGAAUUGAUAGAUUUAUUUUCUUGUACAUAGGAACUAUUUUUUUUUGUACCAAACUUGACAUUAAUUGAUUGCCACAGUCAAGUCUCCAAUUGUUAGAAAAUUUGAUUACACUUUUGCAGUCACAUGUACAUAAUGUAUAUAGCCGGAUUUGACGGUUAUGGGGAAUGUAUGUAUUGUUAUUUCUGACAAUAAUAUGAAGUGAAAGAAGGAAACCAAAAUGCGGUUGAACAGGAGAAAGUCCCGUGUGGAACGAAUACCCUGCUAAACGCAGAAACUAAAACUGUGUGCCUCAACGCUACGUUGACGUUUUAAGAUUGCCUCGGCAGGUAGAGAGUCUCCCUGCUGAAGUUUACUCAACACCAAAAACAAACCUUGUUGUUUUGGAUACGUGUCGCUAUGAUGAUUUCCUGCAAACGUAAGACCCUGAGUGCUGCUUGCAUCACCCUCACGUAAGCAGCACGAUGGACUUGCGUUCUGACCGACUGCAUUGUACCACCAAUUUAUUUGAUGACCAGCUGAGAGUGUGAGUGGCCUGCACUCUCAUCUUUGACGUAGGAGCGCCGCUUCUGGCAUAGGACGGUCCCUUGGACUUUCCAUAUAUGAACAUCUCCUGGCCAGAAAAGAACGUCCCGGCAGAGUCUGCUGUGCAGAAGCAGCGCCAUCUCCUGGAGGAUUGCUCAUGAGCGUGUUUGUGUGUACUGUAACCUAUAGUCAGUGUUAACUUCUUAGCCACAGUGAGUCCAUCUGCUGUGGUAAAAUUGUUUUCUUUCAUUCAUCCUCCUUGAGUGUUUUAUUCUUUUUGUUUUAAUAAAGCAUGAUUUCAGCACCA